GAGGAAGAGAGGGAUGAGGGAAGAGGAAUGGCGGGGGGGGGGACUCCUUCCCUCCCGCCCCGCAGAAGGAAGCGCGGGCUCGUCGGCUGAGGGCAGGCGGCGGGGGCGCGAGUGCGGAGGAGAAGGGGCUGGCGCAUGCGUGGUGGCGCUGGAACCCUGGACCUGGGAGGGAGAGGGCGCGCGCACGUGCGUGUGGCUCCGCGCUCGCUCGCUGGCUCGCGCGCCGCUUAGCCUGAUCCUUCGGAGCUGCAGCUGCUCUUGCAGCAGCCGAGGAGAGCGGCUUCCCGUUCGGCUUCUCGGGCGGCAGCAGCAGCAGGUACGUGGCUCCUUUGGGGCGGGGGGUUUCCUCCCCCCCCGCAACCCCCCCACCUCUCUGCCUCUCCCGGCCUCUGCAAAGGCGCACGUGCUCACCUGCUGCAAUGGGAGGCGCUGGGGUCCCCAAUCCCGACUGCACUACCGAGCCCUGCAAAAGAGGGGGGGAUCCAGGGUGACAGCGGAGCAUCCCCCCCCCCCGAAUUGCGCCUGGGGUGCGUGCGUGCGUGUGCGCGCGAGAGGGAAGUCCCCUCCGGCUGGCCGAGCUGGGCAGUGGGCUUCCUGUGCCAAGGAGCCCGGCAUCCCCCACUGCAGAGGAGGAGGAGGAGGAGGAGGAGGAGGAAGGCGGCGGACGAACACCGUGCGAGUGUCAUGGUGGCGGGGAUAUCCUGUCUGCUAAGGUGCGAGGCAUCCCUUUUGUGAGGGACGGACAUAUUGCACAUUAAGAGGUUGCAUUAGUGGAGGAAGAGGGAUGGGGACUGGCUUGUUAGGAGUGCCGGGGACUCCCUUCUACAAAUUUUGUUUUCUUAAAAGCAGGCAUUUCUCAUGUGAGGAUCUGCACCACAAGCCGGGGAUUCCCUGUUGCCUCCCAAAUGCAGUUCAUACUUGACGUUGCUUUGUGGUGAGAUGCUCAGCAUCCUUCCCUUCAGUCCAAACUCAUUCUUAAAGCUGUAGAGUUAAAAAGAUUAGGGCAAUGAAUUGUCCCUUCCAUCAGCUUAUACAUAAAAGGUGCAUAUUUCUGUGGUGGAGGACCGGUCAUCAUUUUAUCCUGUUGCCACUGUAGUGGUGCUGAACUCCAUGGGAUUCUUUUAAGUGUUGCCACUGCAACACUUUCUCCAUAAGAAGAAGAAGAAAAAAAGAAUACAGUGUAUGGUUUUCCCCAAGGGAGACUGUUUUCCUUAAUCUUUCUUUCUCUGUACCAGAUUGCAAAUCUCACCACAGCAGGGAAAAGGAGGAGUGCAUGCUUUAUGAGCCAUUUAUCUGCAAAAAGGUGAUGAGGUACCCUUUGCCAAAGUGUGUUAGGAAGGCAUUCCUCUCUGCCCAUUGAAUUUUUUGAAGGUUCUCUCUGGUUACCUACAUACUUGAAAUAGAAAUAUGAAUUUACUACUUGUCAAGUUCAUAGAGUUGAUUAUGUGGCAAGGAAACAGUCCUUUGCUUUGUCACUGUAAAACAGUAUGCGUGUCAGGGUGGGUCUAGUGAGAAGUUCAUGAAUUUUCCUAUGGAAGUGUAUGUAGGACAAAUCCUAUUGAUGUAGUACUUUUUUGGAAUUCAUUCAUGGGCGUAGCCAGGAUUUUUGUUAGGGGGGCAGAACCUUAGUAAAGUAUUUUUCUUGAUUUAAUUGAUGGGGGCAGCUGCCCCCCUGCCCCCCUUGGCUAUGCCCAUGAAUUCAUUGUGGGUUUUUGUAUACAAGCUUGGUUGGCCUUUUGGGAAGGCUUGAGGGAAUCCUUUGUAUUUAAGAGAGGUGACUUUUGAUGACUUGUUAAAUGAGUGGUACUUGAAAGUCAACUGCUAUGAUCCUAGUGAUUUUUUUCCUACAGUAAGGGUAGUGGGAAGAGGUAAAACAACAGAAUUCUAUAUGACAGGGAAACAGAUUGUUUUGGAGGUCUCCGCCUUGGGCUUAACUGUAGUUGGUAAUUCAGUUAUUUCCUAAAACUGUGUUUUACAUGAAACUAAGAGGAGAGCUUUCCUUAAUGGCUGACUCUAAAAUAAGACAUUUUGAGUUACUUCAUGUUGAAAGCUCUUCUUUUUAAAAAGGUGCAUGACUAAGGGCAUUUCUGCACAGCAACGGGCUGUUUAGUGCAAUAAAUAUGCUUUGCUGUGCACUUGUUGCACAUGGAUUUGGGUUGCAGAGCCUCUCAAAGUGAAUGGUAGCAUACCUCUUUAUUUUCAUUUGCCUCUUUUUAGUUUUUCUGAGUGGCCUUGACAUGCUUUUCUUUUGCAUUGAAAAUUAAUUUGCAACAAUACAUUGGCCUGCAUUAAUAAAGAUUGCUCACUGACUUUCAAAGACCUAAUUUAAUGAUAUAUUGGUUCCUUGGUAUUUGGGUAACAGUCUGAUUUAUGUGUCCUUAACCACACUAGUUUAUGUAAUAUAGGCCGAAUUUGGGGAAAAAACCACAACACCAACCAAAUGAAAGCUAAACUUGACAAAGGACCAAGUUGGAGCACAUCAUAAGGUAGUUAGACUUUGUGCAACUCUUCUUCAUUUUGACCUGCUUCUCUUUAUGUGAACACAGUAUUGCUGUAUUUUUUUUUAGCUUAGGUUUGCUGGUAUGCAGAACUAAUGUACCUGCAUGUCUGCCUGCACACACAUGUGUACCAAAGGGUGGCUUGGGCCAUGGGUCUGGCAAGUUAUUUGCUCUAUCAAGUACCCAACUGAAAGACAACUAGAUCUGUGACUCUUGGAACACUUAAUUACAUAUUGAUCUUGUCAGCAGUUUUCAUUUAUCAUGCAGUAACUUGUCUUUUAAAUUUUACUGUUACCUACCAUCAACAAUGUAAGUUAUCACUUGGGCAAAUAUCUGCUGAUUAGCUAGCAAAUAAAUGCCAUCUUGAUUGUGAGACUGUAGGUCUAAAUUGCUUUUACCUAGAUUAAAAUGCAAUAGUGACCUCCUAAUUAGCAAUCUCUUCACAUGAGAAAAAUACUCCCAUGAGGCAUUUGCUUCUUCCUAUAUUACAUUAGUUAGCUGUUUACUGAUAAAAGAGAUAUUCCAAUGUGACUUUACCCAAAGUCAUACACCCCCCCCACAGCUCUAGAACUGCCACCUUGGUAACAGCGUUGUUUCAUUUUUAUUAGAGCAGCUGAUGAAGGUAAAUGCUUUGCCACGUGAAAACACACAAGUAACCUCUGUUAAUCACAGUAGCAUAAGUAUUAUUUUAGUGAUUAACCAAAUCCUAAAAGGGAUCCAAAGGAAGUGUGAAGUGUUUGUUGCUUUUAUAACUGUGUGUGCGUAAACCUAAGAGCAGGAGAUACCUGCAUGCAGAAAUGCACACACCGCUCUCUUACAGAGUUGUGUGUGGGAUGAGCUGGAAAACCCUAGCAGUGAGCUUGCAUCUGGUCUCAAAUCAUAGAGGAGGGCUGCUGUAUCCAGUGGCUUAGCAGCUGCCCUUCCCAAGAUCAAAAUAAGUGAUCAAUUCACUUGGGUGGGGCUCACCACCAGUGGCCCCCUGCAGCCCCAUGCCUCUUAGCACUCCCCUAGGUAAUCCCACAGCACCCUUUGGUAGCUAGGGCUAUAUACCUUAAAUCAUAUGGUAGUCAUAUUCUAGAGGUGUAAGUUUAAUUGUCUACUUUUCUAAAUAACUGUCCAAAAUCUGCAGUGGUUUUUUACCUAAAUGCAAACGUCUUAUGUAAGGUAAAUGGUGGUGUUGGAGAACGCCUCUGACUUCUCUGCCCUUGUAUUCUAUUCUAUUGCUAUGGCACCUUCCUUUGGCUGUCUCUUGUGGCUUCUGAAAAAGUUCCCCCCCUCCAUGUUAAUGUAACAAAGGCUAAUAGAGUUGUGCAAGUGUGAUGUGAAAUCUUUUCUGCCUUAAACAUUAUCAGAAAUCAGUUGGCACUUCUAUUUCCAGAAAACGAUUCUAGAUUCAGGUAGGUAGUCGUGUUGGUCUGACGCAGUCAAAAUAAAUUUAAAAAAUUAAAAAAAAUUGUCCAGUAGCACCUUAGAGACAAACUUAGUUGGUCUCUAAGGUGCUACUGGACAGUUUUUUUCCUGUUUUUUUAUUUAUCCAGAAAACGAUGUUGUUGAAAGUGAUGUACCAGGAACUAUCGUUUUCUCUUCCCUUCUCUCUCUCCUUCCCUCCUCCAGCUUCCUUGUAAGUGUCUCUCGAGUGGGGAGGAGCUCCUGGUACUAGCUGCUAGUGAUACCUAACAGUACUGCACACAGGAGUCUGAGGGUGCCCCUUUCAAAGAUGGUGCCAGGCUAUGUCUUGCGCUGGGACACAGAAUGAGUGUUGCAGGCAGCAGGGGAGGGUUUGCGACAAGCAGACACCCUGGUUGUUUUUUAAAUGGAGGAACAAAGUCAGUGAUGAAACAGACCCUUGCCAGGCAGUGCAUACAUUAGGGGCCUGCUUUGUCUCUGGGGAGCAGGAAGUGAGAAAUCCAAACCUCAGUGAUACUAAAACCGUCAUUGACUCUGAAACUCAGUGAAUAGUUGAAAUCUGUAGGUGAUUAAUUUCCCCACAAAACUAGUUUCAGCCAUGGUUAUUGGUGGUGUUAAGGGGCUGCAUAAGUUUGAAGAGUGCAGGAGCCAUAGUGCUUAGCAGGCACCUACAUUUUAAAACUACAACAAUACUGAAAGAGAAAAAGGGCAGGCUCAUCUUUGUUAGGGGGAACACUAGAUGGCAAAACUACCGUAUUUUUCGCCCUAUAAGAUGCACUUUUCCCCCUCCAAAAAUGAAGGGGAAAUGUGUGUGCGUCUUAUGGGGUGAAUGCAGGCUCCUUGGCUUCAGCGAUAGCAACGCGAAGCCUCCGAAGCCUGCGCUCCGGAGGCUUUGCGUUGCUUCCACUGAAGCCAGGAGAGUCUGCUCUUUGAGGCUGGCGGUGGGGGAAAGCAGCGCCUCCUCCAUCGCCAGCCCCAGAGGAUGGGGGGCAGCGGGAAGGCGCCGCGACGCCUUCCCGCUACUCUCCGACCCGGCUUUGAGGCUGGCAGUGGGGAAAGCAGCGCUUCCCCAAUGGCCAGCCCCAGAGGAUGGGGGGCAGCGGGAAGGCGCGCGACGCCUUCCCGCUAUUCUCCAACCCUCCUGUGGGCUUUUGCGGGAGAUGGGGGAAUUCCCCCACCUCCCACAAAAGCAGGCAAAAGCCGCGCACUCUUUAAAGGGGCUCCGCGGCUUCUGCUGGCUUUUCUAGGAGGUGGGGGAAUUCCCCCACCCCGUAGAAAAGCCCGCAGGAGCCGCGCACCCUUUGAAGAGCGCACCGCUCUUGGGGGCUUUUCCCCGAGGAGGGAGAAGGGACUGACUUGCCAUUUCAGUCCCUUUUCCCUUCUGGUCGAAAAGCCCGUAGGAGUCGCGCACGGCUCCUGUGGGCUUUUGCGGGAGGUGGGGGAAUUCCGCCACCUCCCGCAAAAGCAGGAAGAAGGUCUUGGAGUAGCGCACAGGCUGCGUGCAGCCUGUCCGCUGCUCCCAGAGCUGCGGGGGGGGGGGAAUCAUACUUUUUUCCUUGAUUUCCCACCCCUGAAAACUAGGUGCGUCCUAUGGGCCGGUGCGUCCAAUAGGGCAAAAAAUACGGUAAAUUGACAAUUGGCCCCAAACUCAAAACAGUUAGAUUUUAUCCAGAAAAGACUAAAUAAACUCAUCUCCUGGGGAAACAAUUCUAGGAGGUGACUUCAACCUAAACACCAGAGAUACCUCUCCAAGACAUUCACCCCCAAAUCCUCUGGACAACCUUCCUCUGAAGGAAGCCAAAAAAAGAGCAGCAGAGACUCCUAUAGACUACAGUCGUACCUCGGGUUACAGACGCUUCAGGUUGCAGACUCUGCUAACCCAGAAAUAGUACCUCGGGUUAAGAACUUUGCUUCAGGAUGAGAACAGAAAUUGUGUGGCAGCGGCGGAGCAGGAGGCCCCAUUAGCUAAAGUGGUGCUUCAAGUUAAGAGCAGUUUCAGGUUAAGAACAGACCUCCGGGACAAUUUAAGCACGUAACCAGAGAUACCACUGUACUAAAAAUGCUGAAAAACGAAGGCCUGUAUGAAACAUGGGGUGACAAGAACCCAGGCAGCACCAGUCUCACAUUCCUGUCUGGAUGCCAUGGCACAAGGUCUAGGCAGGACUGACCAUGCCAACCCUAACUGCAGAGGAACAAGAAUUAUGGACAGCCCUAUUACCCCAGAGGAAAAAGAGACUGUCCUCAAAAAUGUAGAACCACACAAAGCCCUGGGCCCAGAUGGCUUUACAGCAGAAUUCUGCAAGAAAUUCAAAGGCACCCUGAUUCCCUUUAUGGCACGCCUGUUCAACGACCUCAUAAAAGGAGCCCCAUGCCUCCUCCAAAAUAGUCUCUAUCCCAAAGCCAUUCAAAGACAGCACAGCCUCAAAAUAGAAUCACACCGCCCAAUUUCGCUGAUAAAUCAAGACUACAAAAUAUUCACAUCAAUUCUGGCCAACCAUAUAAAAUGUUUCUCACACAAACUUAAUAGCCUUGGACCAGGCUGGCUUUGUCCCCAGUUGCAGUAUAACAGACCCCAUUAGGAAACUACUGAAUUUGAUUGAACACAGCAAAACAACCAGGUAUUUCCAUUCCAAACAAUCAAAGGUUUUAAGGAUAUACCCAAGGUAGUCAGUGGGGAUCUGGUUGUUUUGCUGUGUUCAAUCAAAUUCUAAUAGUACUAGGCAGUUUUUGAAAUUAGCCAGGUGCCGGGCGCAUUUUGCACCUGACUAUCAGCCACUUGCUACCACUUUGCACAUCUACUCUGCAAAAGAAUGAAAGUUCAUCACCCACCUUCUUUCUCCCUGCCCCACCUCACAGUGCCUAUGACGCCAGUGCCUCACACCGAAUGUAACUGACAUGUAGAAAGGACUCUGAAUUGAAACAGAGACAUUGUAUGUACCCUUGUGAAAAUGCUUUAAUAAAAACAAAUUAUAUAUUUUUUGAAGCGUGUGCAUGGAAGCAAUUCAACUUAGACAUGUGAUCAACUUUUAACUGGAGGGUGGGAUAUCUGCUCACCUUCCCAAAGUGGGAAUUUGCCCGUUUCCAUCCUUUGUUGAUGUUGUGCUGCUGUGAUCUGAUCAGAUUAAAACAGUAAUCUUUCACGGGCGCUCUCUCCCUCCCCCCACUUUUUGCAUGGGUGAAAUGACAUUUCACAAAGCAUUUGCUCAAGAUGGUUGCAACAUUCCUACUGGGAAAGGAUGACUAUAGGAACUUGCUAGGGAUGAAAGUAACAGCAGGUGAAUAUAUGCAUGUAGUCCUUCACAUCUUCUGAAUUAAAAUUUGGGCUCACGUGCUACAAAAACUGCACCCUUAAACAUUUUGGAUAACUUGGACUGUUGCUAUCCUGUAGGCAAAUACAGACACAAAAGUUUGAUUAAAUCAUGACUAAAAAGUAUAUCCAGAUUUUAAGAUGUAGACCAUGGACAGAAAUGCAUUCCCAAUUUUUAAACGUCAUAAAAUUUGUAGCCACUCUCCCAGCACAGAGCUGAAAUAUAUAUUUCACAUUCUUAAGUGGUGACACAUGAGACUUAAGCCACUAGGCCCCUGGGUUUCCCCCUCUGCUUUGACCUUAGCCGGUUUAAGGUCCAGUGAAUCCAUUGCCAUAAUUCACAAACAGGCCUGUUAGUAUUAAAGGCCAACUAAACUCCCCGUAGCCAUUUGUUGAACAACCAUGCCAUCAUUAAUAAUAAUAAUAAUAAUAAUAUUUUUUAUGUAUACCCCGCCCUCCCCAGCCAAGGCUGGGCUCAGGGUGGCUAACAAGCAAAAAUAAAAACAAGUUGAAUGAAUACAACUUAAAAACAAAAUUAAAAUACAACAUUAAAAUAUUGAAACAUUAAAAUAUUAAAAUGUAGCCUCAUUGCAGGAGGAGAAAGGAAAAGAAAAAAGAAAGAGGGGGAGGGAAUCAAAUUGACUCCAAGUCAAAGGCCAAGUGGAACAACUCUGUCUUACAGGCCCUCCGGAAAGAAAUCAGAUCCUGCAGGGCCCUGGUCUCAUGAGGCAGAGCGUUCCACCAGGUCGGAGCCAGUGUUGAAAAAGCCCUGGCUCUGGUUGAGGCUAAUCUAACUUCCUUAGGGCCCGGGACCACUAGGGUAUUGCUAUUUAUGGACCUUAGGUCCUCCGUGGGGCAUACCGGGAGAGGCGGUCCCGUAGGUACGAGGGUCCUAGGCCAUGAAGGGCUUUAAAGGUCAAAAGCAGCACCUUAAAUCUGACCCUGUACUCCACCGGGAGCCAGUGCAGCUUGAAAAGCACUGGGUGAAUAUGCUCCCAUGGCAGAGACCCCGUGAGGAGCCUCGCUGCAGCAUUCUGCACCCGCUGGAGUUUCUGGGACAGCUUCAAGGGCAGCCCCGCGUAGAGCAAAUUACAGUAGUCAAGCCUGGAGGUGACCGUUGCAUGGAUCACUGUGGCCAGGUCGGGGCGGGAAAGGUAAGGGACCAACUGCUUGAUGCGGCGAAGGUGGAAAAAUGUCGCCUUGGCUGUUGCUGUAACCUGCACCUCCAUUUUCCAUGGAGGCGUCAAGGAUUACACCCAAACUCUUAACGGAAGGCAAUGGCACUAAUUGGACCCCCGCAAGAGAAGGGAGUUAAUCCCUCAUCCCCAUGCCAUCCCGACCCUGCCAUAGGACCUUCCGCUCCCACGAAACCAUCCAGCCACAACUUCUAAGCAUCAGGUCAGUGUGUCCGGGGCCGAGUCGGUGUGGCCAUCCAUCAGCAGAUAGAGCUGAGUGUCAUCAGCAUAUUGGUGACAGCCCAGCCCAAAGCUCCAGACAAUCUGGGCAAGGCGACGCAUAAAGAUGUUAAAAAGCUUCGGGGAGAGGAUUGCGCCCUGCGGCACUCCACACACCAAGGAGUGGCGCGACAACAUUUUCCUCCCUAGUGCCACCCUCUGUCCCCGACCAGAGAUAAAAGAGCACAGCCAUUUACGGGCUAUGCCCUGAAUCCCCACGUUGGCAAGGCGGUGGUCCAGAAGAUCAUGAUCGACCAUGUCAAAGGCUGCUUACAAAUCUAAAAGGAUCAGCAGUCCUGACCCGCCUCGAUCCAGUUUUCUACGGAGAUCAUCUGUUAGGCAACCAGAGCCGUCUCGGUCCCGAAACCAGGACGGAAACCGGACUGAAAUGGAUCUAAAGCCGAUGUUUCCUUCAGAAACCUACCAAACUGUUCAGCAACCACUCUCUCAAUUACCUUACCCAGAUAUGGAAGAUUUGAAACUGGGCGGUAAUUGGAUAGGUCUAAAGGAUCUAGUGAAGUUUUCUUUAAGAGCGGACACACCACUGCUUCCUUCAGUUCCCCUGCGAAUGUCCCCGUGCCAAGGGACAAAUUGAUAAUUUCAACCAGGGGGGUCCGCGCGACAUCUGGACACAAUUAAUUACUUAAUUAAGCAAUUAAUGAUGCUUGGGGAAUGUACCAGAAAUCCUGUAUUGUAACUCAUCUCCCAUUAAAUCUCUCAUGACCAGUAUGUGAUACAUAAUGUAUGUAUUUCCAACCUGACUUUUUAAACAAAUGGAAAUCUUCAAGGGGUUGUGCAGUUUCUGCUUAAUAUCUUACAUGAUCCUUAGCUGUUGUUGUCAUGUGGGAAAACAAAUUGAACCCUAGCUGAUUUAUUUUAAUAAGAUAUUUUUAAAUAGAAAUCAGCAGCAUUAAAGUUAUGGUCUUAAUUGUGAUCCUAUUGUAAAAUAUGGGGGAAAUGGUAUCAAAGGGUCUUGGAGACCGUGCUGGUCACUCAAGAGCCUCGGACGUGCUCCCUUAGGCAGAAGAAACGCUCCACGUACACUGGAGGGCCAGGCUUAAUUAGUGAGCGGCUCUAGACCUUGUUCUUCAUGACAAAAAGCUGGAACUUUGAAGAGGAAAACUAAUAAAUGCCUCUGAGUACAUGCAGAGUGCUUUUCCUUCUUCAUUUAAUAGCCAGAACAUAGAGCUUCACUCCUGGGAUGUGGGCGCAGGGCUUUCCUUUGGCUUCAGAAAUUUUGCAGAUAAUGCGUUUUUAUGAUAGAGAGAGAGAGAUUGAACUAGGAUUGUCCUUGCUGGCUGUGGAAAUGGCAGCAGCACCCCGGUGGAAGGUUGGGAUACGAAUGUAAUAUUAUACAGGCAACGCCCCAUUUACUCAGGGGUUAUGUUCUAAGGUACUGUGUGUUUAAGUGAAAUCACGUAUAUCUGAAACACCAUUGAAAAAGCCUGCAAACAUAGCUUUAGUCACCUAUCUAGACUUUCUUGUACUGUGUGUGCCCAUUUUCAGACUUUUCUGCCAACUAGAAGUGUAUUGGACUAUAUGUGCCCCAAAUGUGAGCUUUCUACCUGCCAAUCAGUUUCUUGGCCCAAGUCAAAGUGAUGGUUUUGACACAUAAAGCCUUAAACAGCUUAGGAUUGCAAUCAGUGCUUCUUUUCUGGGGGGGACACAGUGUUACACAUACCCCUAAACAUUUUGUGAAUCUUUGUACUUUUUUCCAUUUACUGUAUUUAUUCCCCCCAAUUUGAACUAUAAAAUGCUGGUUUUCUUGAGUCAAAAUGAGAGUAUCCCUAAACAUUUUUUUAGGAAAAAAAAAAGCACUGACUCCAAUACCUCAAAGACUGUCUCUCCCCGUGUGAACCAACUUGGACCCUGUGAUAAUCACCCGAGGCCUUUAUUUGUGUGCCUCCUCCAUGAGAACGGGCCUGUUUGUGGAAUGCUCACCCCAGAGAGUCUUGCCUGGCGCCUUCAUUAUACGUAUUUAGGCACCAGGUGAAAACAUUCCUCUUCAACCAGGCCUUUGGCGGAUUGACAUUCUAUGUCUUUUUAGAUGUGUUUGUGGGGUAUGGGUUUGUUUUGCUCUUGUUUUUAUUUUGUAAUUUUAUGCUGUGGACCGUCUUGAGAACUUUGGAUGAAGGGUGGUAUACAAAUUUAAUAAAUAAUAAAAAACAAUACCUAGUGUGUCAGCAAUGUAGUCAUUUUGAUGUGCAUUUCACGGGCUCAUUAUUACUAUACAUUUACGUAUACCCCACCUUUUUCCCUUAUGGAACUCAAAACAGCUGACAGAUAAAAAUAAGAAUCAUUAAAAACAUAGAGAAAAUAAUUAAAUAACAGUUAAACAAUAGAAUUAAUAGAACUAUAUACACAUGUAAAAUAGGUUUAGAACGUACAAAUAAUUACAGUAAAAGCAGCAUGGCACCAGCCUUCCAGCAAGAAUGAAACAAGAAUGUCUUCACCUGCCUGUGGAAGGAGAACAAGGAGGGAGCCAGUCUAACUGCUCUAGGGAGGUUGUUCCAGAGCCUGGGGGCAGCCACCAAGAAGGCCCUUUUCCACGUCCUCACCUAGUAUGUCUGUGAGAGUGGUGGGACCAAGAGAAGGGCCUCCCCUAAAGACCUCAGAGCCUGGGAAGGUUUGUAUGAAGGAAUAUGGUCUUUCAGAUAGCUUGGACCUAAGCCAUGUAGGGCUUUAUAUGCCAUAACCAGCACUUAGAACAGGGCGAUAUUUCAGUUCAUUGUCUGAAACUGGUAUGAAGUUCAGAUUGCAAUACUGGUUUCAGACUUCUUGAGCUGGCAAUACAUCACGGCUCCCUGGCUGCCGCCAGCCCUCCUGGCUGCCUGCGCUGUGCUGGUGGUAGCUGGGGAGCUGCGAUGUCUUGCCCGCUCAGAUUGCGUGCUCUGUGAUUUACCUUCACCUGAGCAAGUGGGGUGGGCUGCCUCCUUCCUGCCGGUCGGUUGCAGGCAGAAUGACCAACUGGGAGGGAAGAGGCAGCCUACCCUGCUUGCUCGGGCGAAGGCAGAUACGCAGGCCAGCAGGCGCAUGGAGCACUUUCUUAGGCUUUCUCUACCAAGGCUGAGGCUCGACUGGGGAGGGAGGGAGGGAUGGAGUGCGCAGAAGCGCCGUUGCUUGAGCAAGCAAGCAGCCUCCUUCCCUUCCUCCUGGUCGCUCCUCCCUCCCUGCACACCCCAGCUGCUUUUUCAGUGUUAUUUCAGACAUCAUAAUAUAUAUCACAAUGAUUAACUGGUUGAUAUAUCAUGAUGUUGAAAACCAGAUAUCGCCCAACUGUAACCAGCACUUUGAAUUGUGUCCAGAAACAGACCAGUAGCCAAUGGAGUUGUUAUACUGAGUAAGUCAUAUGCUCCCUCUAACCACCUGCGGUCAGCAUUCUGGCUGCAGCAGCUCUUUGAGCCAGUUGAGGUUUCUGAGCACUUUUCAAAGGCAGCCCCAUGUGGAGCACGUCACAGUAAUCCAAUGGGAUGUAACUAAGGCAUGUGUCACUGUGACCAAGUCAGACAUCUCCACGAAUGGGUGCAGCUGGUGCACUAGCUGUGACUGCACAGUUGCACUCCUGGCCACUGGAGAAACCUGAGCAUCCAUGCUUAGGGACAAGUCUAGGAACACGCUCAGUGAGCCUGUGUCUUUAGGGGGAGUGCUGCCUGAUUCUGCACAGGCUGAAUCCCUAUGCUGCCUUCUUGCUAUUGAAGUUGCAUAAAUAUCCCAUUCUAAUCAUUCAAGACAACUUGUCUAUGCAGCAGAUUUCAGCUUUGGAGUUGCUAUGGAAAUACCUUAAGUACUUGUUCAUGUCUCUUCAUGAAAUGUCCUGUUUCAGACUCUUGAAGUAAUCAAGACGGUCUGCAAAAGCUUCCAAACUCUGUUUUCAACUAACCAUGGUUAGUUGUGUUAUGUAUGAUCUCAAGCAAAUAAUUGGUUUUGGGAGCAAGCAAACUUAAUAAACUGAUUUCUGAUCCUAGUUUGUUUCCCUAAACCAUAGGGAAACAAACUAGGAUUAUAGAUAACUGUAACUGCAAGUUUGUUAUAAUGUGUUGUUAUGAAGUUAGUAAACUGUAUUGUUAUGGCUGGAUACCAAAGGAACUGAGCCUUCUCCCCGCUUCUUUAGCACACUGAAACAAUCACACAAAUUUAGGCUUCCCAAGUGCCUUUCAGUUCUAGAAGGAGAGGGACAACCUAUGAAAAAUAAGCAGUAAUUUGUGAUGAGUAAAUGAGACUGACAUGAAAUGUGAUGUGGACAGGUCUGGACAUGCCCUAUGUCAUGGGUAGGCAACUAGGGCCCAGGGGCCAAAUCUGGCCCAGUAGCCUUCUAAAUUUGGCCUGCGGACGGUCCAGGAAUCAGCAUGUUUUUACAUGAGUAGAAUGUGUGCUUUUAUUUAAAAUGCAUCUCUGGGUUAUUUGUGGGACAUAGGAAUUUGUUCUCUUCCCCCGCCAAAUGUAGUCCAGCCCCCCCCACGAGGUCUGAGGGACAGUGGACAUGAAGAGUUUGCUGACCCCUGUCCUGUGUGCUUUCCCUCCCUUCUUGCUCCUGCAUAUUCACAUUGCCUCCCUUCCUUGUUUGAUCAAGCCAUAGUUUGCUAUUGCAUCUGAACUGGGCAAAAUGUGUAGCCAUACUUUGCUUUCAAGCGAAGACCUGGAACAAUGGCUUGAAGUGGUUAGAGGAGUGGGAACAUUUUGUUUGAUCUCAUCCGUCAGCGCAGCAGAACAAGCUGUCCUAUGGCAAGAGAACCCUGUAUGUCCCUAACAGGCACCUGCCCUUUCUUCAUUUUGAAAGCCUGUGGGGAAAGAGUCGCCCACAAAUAAUCGUAGCAUCUUCCUGCCCAUGCAGAUGAGUAGCAUAAAAAAUGAGGACCUCUUUAUAAAAGUUUAUAAAAACUUCCAGUUCACCUAGUCCUAGAGGCAAUUCUUACCUUUCAAUGCAAAUAAGCAAGUGACUUUUUAUUUACAAGCCAGCUGUAGAUAAUUUCCUGUAUUAAUGAGCUCCCCUCAAUAGAACAGCCUGUCUUAAUGUUGUUUUAAAUCUUCAACCAGAUCAAACUGACUGUUUCAUGCCUAUAUCUUCAGUGGGCAGGAGAAACAAACUGUUCUGUACCUCACUUUUAUUUUAUUUUUUUUUUUCUAAAAUGGAAGAAGUUUCAACCUACCGUAGCUUUGCAUCGAAAAAAGUCCUAAACUCAGUUACUGCACUUCCAGGUUGCAGCAGAAUUAAGAUAAUCCUUCAUCUGUGAAACCUUGGGGAGGAACUACAUUUUAUAGAUGGUUCUGAUCUAGAUAUGUUUGGUGUGUGGAAAUUGCUUUGUACUUUCUUCCACUCUUCUCAUCUAAACCUAUGCAGGCUGUUCUGGCUGGAUCACAGGUGCCACGAGUGUCGUUAUUCUUUGAGGUUUUCCAUUAAAAUGAACAGCUUGGGCUUCUAUCAUCUUCAUAGGUUUCCACCGAAUUCUUUCUGCAUCUUACUUGACCAGUUCUGAACACAGUACUCCGUAUGAGAUUUUGCUAGCACUUUCCAGUUCUUCUUGAUAUAAAUUUGUUCUGGAGGCCCCAUAAAAGCUGUAGCCAGGUUGGGUUUAGGUUUGGCGUCACCUGGUGGUCAAUAAGCAACAUUGCAAGCUUGCAAAAAUAAACCAAUCAGGAUGUCUUGGCUCCUUCCUUCUUCAGUUUUUUAUUUUGCCUUGCAGAAAGCAGUCAUUUAUUCCUGAGACUCCUGGUGUUCACCUUUUUUUCCAGGAUGGUUCAUUCUGCCUCUCCUUGAAUUUCUCUGUGGCUCUAGUUCCUUUACCUUCCGCAUUACCACCCACAUGGUCGCCACCUUCCAGAUUCCUUUAUCAUUUCCAGAUGAACACUUUCGCCCUAGCUGAGAAUUAUUUUGACAAACUUGCAAUAUUGCCUGUUGACUGCCAGGUGGCGCCAAACCUAAACCCAACUUGGCGGCAGCUUUUUCGGGAUCCAGAAAUACCUUUCAUUGUAAGUAUAAUGGCCUUUUUUGAUUAUUACUCUGUUCACACAAGCCCCAUCAGGUUUCUAACCUUUUGGUGUGCGUUAAAAAAAUAAACUUUAUUAUCAAAUAUGCAGAGUUUGUUUUGGAAUAUUCAUUUUGUAUGGCUUCUGUCUGUUGACCUUCAGUUCAACUUUCACUGUGGGUUUUACUGGUGCCUAUCCACUGGUACUAUAUCCAGAUGUUUAAAUUAGCAGACAAUCAAUUCUGCAAGAAAGCAUCACCUUUUGAAGUUCUCUCUUGACUGUGCAGCACAAAUGGUAGCAUUGCCUGCUUCAUAAAUACAAAAAAAUGAAUAUUAAUUCUUUGUUUUCCAUUUGUUAAGACUAUUAUUUGUAUCUCCCUCAUUCAAUUUGACUGACCUAAAAAACCCCCAAAGCUCACCUCACAUCCUUUUUCAAAGGCUGCAUUUUCAAAAUUGAGACAGUUUUGAUAACUCAUUUUGAUAUGGAACUCUAGUGCAGCCUGCUAUCAUUAUUUCCUAAGCCCAAUAUUUUUUAUUCUACUUCUGGGUAUCCACAAUUCUGAAAUAAUAUAAAAUAAUUAUGUUUAUUAGGUGGGAACUAGUUUGAGUAGUACUUUUAACUAGGGUGACCCAGAUGCAAAAAACAAAACAAAACCAGGGUUCUUGAGUGUGUGAGAGAGUAAAUUUGGAUAAUGCUGAGAAGCUGUGCUUGCUGGCACGCUCUCUUCUUCUCUACCACUACUAAAGCUGUAGCAGUUCUGUCUUGUUUUGCAUAGGGUCACCCUAACUUUUAACAAAAAUGCCAAAGAGCGUGUUGUAAAUUAACACUAGCUUCAUUUUCAGAAAGACAUAAUAGGAGGUCCUUCUGUUUCAAUGAGCAACUGAAAAGCAGGCCUUCUUGGGAAGGCUAAGAAAUACAGUUUAAUCUUCUUUAUUCUUUGACAGGAAGAGGCAGGGCUCUGUGUUUGCUGCAAUAAACUGAAUAUUGACAAAUUCAAGCCUUCAGAGAGUAUUUCAUGCAAUGAGGAGUAUUUUCGGUUUCUUUUUCUCCUAGGUGUUGGCAAAGGUGAUGAGAAGUUUAACCCUGCUUCUUUCUGAAGACUCCAAUAAAAGUUUUAAAAACUUUUAUUUUAAAAUAAGAGUUGUCCUUGCAGGACACUCAUUAAAACAGGAUGCACACCACUUAGACGAAAGCAGAUAAGUUGUAUAUAAAUAGUUAGAAAAUAAAAAUGAAAUGAAAUUCAGUUAAUAUACGUUUUUUCAAACACACUAUAUUGAAGAUUUUUCUUCUUUCCUUUUGUUCUUUGCUGGCCACCCCUCUUUCUUGCCUUCUGACUACUACUAUAUGGGCAGUCUUCAGAAGUACUGCAGAUCAACAAACAGAACGUGGCUGUUGCAUUUCAACAAAUCUUUUGGAGAGACCUGAGCAGGCAUCCUGGACUCCCUUUGAAGUUCUUGCUGUAGCCAAAACAAAACUGCUUAAGAGGCAGAGUGCUUCUCAGGUUAGAUUUUUUCAAGGUAAACCAGAAGUGGGUUGCCUCUACAGAAUGCUAGCAUGCCCUCCUUAGUUGAGUCUUCCUUUUCUGAAAUGAAAAAGCCGCACAUACUUCAGCUUUUUCUCAUGGACUCACACCUUGAUCAAAAGGAGAGUGGCACAACCUGGGAUCUUACCAGUAGUUGCAAACUUCCUUACUUUGCCAUCUUAGAACUUUAACAUACUGUAGCUGGGGCUUCUCUUGUGCUCUUUGACAGCAACAUCUAUUUCUCCCCACCAUAAUAAUAAUAGUAAUAAUUUUAUUAUUUCUACUCUGCCCACCUGGCUGGGUUUCCCCAUCCAAGGUAUUCAAUGUAUGUGAACUCACUGUUUUUGUGUUUUCUACUUGCUCACUGAGCAAAGCAAGUGGCACUCAACUUUCUUGUUUUAAAACAGAGAUUCUCUCUAACAGUAGCCAGAUGCUGUUGGACAGAUGUGUAUGAUCAUAUCCAUUUAGAGUUCUAUCUAGACCCCUGUGACAAUGCCCAUCUGUGCUGGCUUACUUAAGAGAGUUUAAGCAUGUGAUUCCCUGGCUGAAAUAUAUCAUUUGGCUAUUAGCUUUUCUGGAUGUGUGGAGAGCAUUUGUCAGGAGUAGACCGUGCCUCAAAAACCUUUAAUUAUACACCACAGCUUGUUCUUCUGGGGUCCAAAGACAACUCACUGUCAGCUGACAUGUUGCAGGCAUUCUGCUUAUAACAGCUUGACUGUAGUUUGACUGAUUGGUUUCUGUCAAGUAAAUGGCAGCAGUGUUUUUAUUAAAGCUUACGUCGAAAUGUUUCCACACAGCAUAUUUGGAUUUUAAAAGUCUUGUUCUAUAAGUACUGUAAAAACUGGAUGGAUUGUGACGUAUUCAAGGAAAUUGUUAACAGGCCUAGGAUGUGCACCUCACAUUCUUGUCUACUUUCAUUGUACUAAAUGUCUGUUAGAAGAACUCUGCUAGUAUUAAUUUUGGGUUUUUAUGUGUUUGGGGUUUUUAGGUAUAAGUGUCUGUGGUGGUGGUGAGAUGAGCUUAAAAGGCAUUUAUAGUUCCAAUUUUCAGGUGGCUUCCUAUGAACACUUGAAGUAAUAAGGCCACUAUGGGGUGGGUUGAAUGAUGGAGUGGGUAGGUACCCGUAAUUGUUUAAUGCAUGAGACUUAUGGGAAGACGGACCAUAGCUUAUCUCUUGAUUCCAUACAGAUUUAUAAGUUUCUCAAGAUGUGUGUGUGAGGGGGGUGACAUGCCUUAACUCGGGAAACUGUGAAGCUUUAAGCAAACCCAAGUUAUAGCAAGUAAUGACAUCUGUCUUGGUUUAAACUCUAGUGAGAACAAACCAGAAUUUGAAACCAUAGUUUGUUCCUGGUUUAUUCUUAAUAACUGGGUUUUAAUUACAAUCAGAUAAUGGUUCUGUGAGUUCAGGCAGCAUGGGGAUUUGAGUCCAUUUGUUUAAAAGCUUCCAUCGCCUCUUGGCUGCGGAAGGGAGAGGCAUGAAGAACAUGAGCCCAAGACUUGUGCAAGCCUGUUCACAUUUUGUUUGAACUGUGCUUAUGAGUGUGCUGGCCCACUCCAGUUAGUCUUUGAAUGCAUUAAUUACUGUGUCUGUUGCUCUCAAAGACGACAUAGCUUUGUUGUACAGCCUGCUAAUGUCUUCCUUGCCCUCUGUAAUCAGGCUUGGGAAUCGUCAAGGUUAGCCCCACACAGGGCACAGUUUGGGUCUGCUGCCUUCUUUGCUUGUGCGCUGGAAGCCUCUGUGCAAGCGUGCCUUGGAAAUAUUCUCUAGUACGGUCCCAGUUUUGUUAGCUUGUAGAAGCAAAACUCUGUGGCAUGUGGCUUGUUUAUGCAUUGACAGCCCCUUCCUCAAGCAUCCUGCCUUCCUCUGGGAUCAUUCCCUAGUAACUAUGAUCAUGAUUCCAAUCUCCAAGGUAAUGAGACACAUAGAAUAUAACACUUUGGUACAGUUUCUUCAGAUAGAAGAUCAAAGCGUACUAAUAAUAGGCUAAAAAUGGGAGCAGUUAAUCAGAUUAUUGUGUAAUUCAACUGAGAACUGAAUGCAAGUCUUGCAGGCUCAUCUGGGCAAUCUUGUGUUUGCAACGGGGAGAAUUAAAGAAUGGCAAAUGGCAAAAACAAAACACAAAUUCUUGCUGGAUCUGAGCAAGAGUCAAUCUAGUUAGCCUUCUGCUUCCAGCAGUGACCAGCAGUGUCUUUAUGGGAAACAUGCAAGCAAAAGCAUGAUUGUGAGAGCUAUCUCCUGAUGUUUAUCCCCAAAAUUAGUUGUUGGAGGUGCACUGCCACUGAACAUUCUGUUUUAGCUGUUAUGGCUGGUUUCCAUGGAUGUAGCUAUCCUCCACACAUUCAUCUAAUUCUGUUUUUUAAAAAAAUCGUAUGCUGGAAGUGGCUGGAAGAUGAGUGAUCUACUGGAGAUGGGCCCAUGCUCCUCAUGCACAUUCUCUCCACGAUCAAGAACUCACCUCCAGAACGGGAUUACGAUAUUGGAGAAAAUGCUUUCUGUUUGUCUCUCUGCUCUCUGCCCCCCCCCUCCAAAUAUUACCACAUUGCUUUGGUUCUCUAUUUUUGACUUGCAAGAUUUUUAGUGGAAUUUGUGUUUGGUUCUUGUAAGCUAUGCUAGCAACUCCAAUCAAAAAGUGGGAGACAAACCUAAUAAAUUGGAGUGCAGUUCAGUAAUUUAUUUGUGUGUGGUAGCCUUUCAGGACUAUGUGGAAACAUCAGUUGGCCCCAGAUGCUGUGGCCAGAUUUUUGAGUAGCGCAGACAGUAUGUACUAUAGAAUUGCCAGACUUAUGAGAUCUUCAUUGGUUACCUGUUUGUUUCUGGGCCCCAUUCAAAAGGAUGCUUUUGAUGUGUUGCCCCGCCCCUCAAGGCCCCAGAAAGAUUAGGUCCCCCUCCUGAAAAAUGUGCCUUGUGCCAUAGAUUCAUCUUUCUGUCCUGCGCACCCUGAAUGGCCCAAGGAGGUUCUUAUGCCCCUAAUUUUGUGCGGCAGUUGGCUGUAAAAUCAGGAGCCUUCUGGACAGGAGCAUUCUGAGUUGCCCCAAUCCUUGCCUCGUGGAGGUUGGUCUCUUCCUUUUACAUUUUUGGGUUUUUUAGCUUGUUAUUUCAGAAAGGUUUUAGCUAAGGGAAUUUUAUAGGUGAACUUCUGUUUUAAUCGUAGGCAUAUUCCUUUUCAGAUAUAGUGAAUUAUUAUUAUUAUUGUUUAUUGGUUUCUUUUUUGGAAACUGUUUUGGAGAACUUUAGUUGCAGAAACUUGAGAGGGAAAUUUCACACAGAAGACUUCUAGACACAGUUUGACCAGCCCUCCUUCCAUCGCAUGUUCUCCCAUAAUGAGAGGGAGCUUGUCAAGUUGGGCUUUCAGACCCACCAGCAGUGGAGAAAGGACAGAUGUCUUGCGAAGGUGGUCGAGCCCUCUGCCUGGUUCCCUGUAACUUGGCUUCUCGCAGCGAGGGAACCGCCAGAAGGCCCUCGGCACUGGACCUCAGCAUCCAGGCAUCCCUCGGUACAAUCACAAGAGUGAAAGAUCUUCAGUUAAGUCUCCCUCCUUUUCUGGUGGGCUGAGCGCAACAUCCACUCCAUCAUGGCGGAGCACAUCUUGAUGGGGGGGGGGUGUUUUCCACAAUUUUAUGGCAGUUUCUCCAGGAGUUGCUGUUCACUGUGUAUUUCCAUAAAAACCACCCAAAAUAUAUUUCAACCAGUUAGAAUUUUUGCUUAUCUACUUUGCCCUUUUAGGAAAGAAUUAUCAUAUGCUAUUUUUGUUGAAGAGUUGCUAGGUUUAUUUUUCUAGUAUUGAUCCAAAAGUUUAACCCAGGCAUCCCCAACCUGUGGCCCUCCAGAUGUUCUGGCCUACAACCCCCAUGAUCCCUAGCUAACAGGACCAGUGGUCAGGGAUGAUGGGAAUUGUAGUCCAAAACAUCUGGAGGGCCGAAGGUUGGGGGUGCCUGGUUUAACCAGAAACUUUCUGGUGCAUGCAAGGAGGGUGGGGGUUAGAGCUUUGAGAGGAAGAAAUUAUUUCCCUAACUCAGUGUGUGAAGAAAUUAGUGCAUUUUCAUGCACAGUACAAUUACCAGUAAAAAUGAAGCAGUGGCAACAUUUUCUCUUGCCCCAUCAUGCCACUUGCUUAAAAGAAUUUCCCCAGGCUUCAGUCGACACACAACUACCACAACUGGCAAAGUGGACACAUUGGGAGUUUUUAAUUUAGAGAAGAGCGAGGGAAUGUGGCAACCAACCUGUCUGCCAAUUGCUGCAGCUCAGUGAUGACUGAAGUGGUGGGGGAAACUGCCUUAAAAUCAGAGGGGGUGGGGGAAUAUGCUGCUGCCACUGCUUUUACUAAUAAGCCCCCUGCCCCUGAAAACUUCAUGACUUGGAACUUGCCAACAAUAAUACCCUCUCAGGUUUUGCAGUGGGGGAUGAUGGAGGAUUAGGGUUGGGGGGGCACCAGGUUGUGGGAGACUGGUCUAAACCAUGGAUAGGCAACCUAAGGCCCGGGGGCCGGAUCCGGCCCAAUCGCCUUCCCAGUCCAGCCUGCGGAUGGUCUGGGAAUCAGCGUGUUUUUACGUGAGCAGAAUGUGUCCUUUUAUUUAAAAUGCAUCUCUGGCUUAUUUGUGGGGCAUAGGAAUUCAUUCAUUUUUUUUCAAAAUAUAUUCCGGCCCCCCACAAGGUCUGAGGGACAGUGGACCAGCCCCCUGCUGAAAAAGUUUGCUGACCCCUGAAACAAUCACCAGAAGAUUCUUAAAACGCUUCUUAUAUAUUUUUACCUCUUGUGUGAGUAGUGACUCUGUCCUUGCUUCAGAAUAUUGAUUUAGUUUGCACAGAGCCCUUUAAUUUCUGUGCUUUCAAAAACUAUUAUUCCCUCUGGUUUCAUUGCUUCUCUUCAUACAUUACCCAAAUAACUAAUGAGUCUAUUAACUCCAGUUAGGCUUUGCUAAUUGCAGCAAGAUCAGGUUUUCACAACUUAAGUUGUGAAACUUCAUCAUGCCCCAAUUAUCACAGCCUAUUUAUUCCAUAUGCUCAGGCAUUGCUACAAAUCAAUUGUUCUAUCUUAAUAUUUAGUCCUGUACUGAAAAACAGUAAAGCACUGGACUUUCAAAACACAGUUCAAAUAAAUUUGGUAAUGAAACUCUUUUUAGCAGAAGAGAAAGUUUUAAGUCUUAGAUGUGUAUUUUAGCCGUGAAAAUACUCUUAAUGAGUCUAGAUCAUUAGGUAGACAAAAUUGUAUUAUUGUAUAUACUUGCUAAGUUCCAGCAUUCUAAAGGAAAUUUCUCUUAAUAUAUACAUUUUGUUUUCAAUUCUGCCUAGUACACAUUUUUUUAGGCAAAACAUUAUUGUUAUUAUUUAUUAAAUUCAUGUACCUCCCUUAAUCUAAAGAUCACAAGGCAGUUUACAAGAUAAAAACACAAAAUGAAAACACAAAAUACAUAACAUAAUAACAAAAAACCAAUACAUUUCCCCCCAAACACAUUUAAAAGGCUAUAGAUUGUUUACUCAGUCAGUUUUGGUUGAAGAGGCACGUUUUCACCUGACACCUAAAGAUACGCAAUGAAGGUUCCCGGCAAGCCUCCCUGGGGAGAGCAUUCUUCAAACGGGGAGCCACCACAGAAAAGGCUUGUUCUGUGUUGCCGCCCUCUGGACCUCGCAAGGAGGAAGGCAUUCGGAAGAUGAUUGCAGGGUCUGAGUCAGUUCAUAUGGGGAGAGGCGGUCCUUGAGGUAUUUAAGGAUUUAUAGCUAAGCCAGCGCUUUGAAUUGGGUCCAGAAACUAAUUGGCAGCAAGUGCAGUCGGGCCAGGAUCAGUUCCCAAUGCUGCACCAGCUGAAGUUUCCAAAGUAAGCCUCAAGUGACCAUAGUGGAUCCAGGAAGACCUCCAGGCUACGGACGUGCUCCUUCAGAGGGAGUGAAGCCCCAGUUCCCCCUAUAAUGUGUUUUUGUAUGUUGCGUCCACUAUUGUGUGCAUUUAUUUUAACAUAGUACUGUAUAUGCAUUUUUGUGCACACGACUUGGCUGGAAAAUUGCAUUGUAAAAUUUGGAGGCGUGUGAAUCUUGAAGGAUGACUAUUUCAGUUUGUGUACUGUUUCAAAAUGAGUGAAUAAUGUAUGUUUGCCUUUACAGUGGUGCCCCGCAAGACGAACGCCUCGCAAGACGGAAAACCCGCUAGACGAAAGGGUUUUCCGUUUUGGAGGCGCUUCGCAAAACGAAUUUCCCUAUGGGCUUGCUUCGCAAGACGAAAGCCCAUAGGGAAGUCUCCGGGACCUCUUUUAAAUGCUAGCGGUGGGGAGCAAAGCCUUCCCCCUCCGGCCUUCAGAAGAGGUCCAGGAAGGCUGGCGGGGCCGAAAGGCUUUGCUCCCCACCGCCAGCAUUUUAAAAGCAGUCCGGGAUAGCAGGGAAGCGCUUCCCGCUAUCCCGGACGGCUUUGAAGGCAGGAGAGGUCCGCGGAGCCUGGGCGCGCUGAUCUCAGCGCGCGCAGGCUUCGGCAUGCCGGCAACUCUCCGCAAGCAGCGGCAGCGCUGCCGCUGCUCGCGGAGAGGUCCGCGAGCCUGGGCGCGCUGAUCUCAGCGCGCGCAGGCUUCGGCAUGCCGGCAACUCUCCGCAAGCAGCGGCAGCGCUGCCGCUGCUCGCGGAGAGGUCCGCGAAGCCUGGGCGCGCUGAUCUCAGCGCGCGCAGGCUUCCGGCAUGCCGGCAACUCUCCGCAAGCAGCGGCAGUGCUGCCGCUGCUUGCGGAGAGGUCCGCGAAGCCUUGGCUGGACAGCUUUGAAGGCAGGUGGGGGGACAAAGACUUCGCCCCCGCCAACCUUCAGAAGAGGUCCAGGACCUCUUCUGAAGGCUGGCGGGGGCAAAAGUCUUUGUCCCCCUGCCUGCCUUCCCAGGGGCUUUAAAUUGCCCCGGACAGCGGAGAAGUCCUCCGCUGUCCCGGGGCAAUUUUAAAAUGCCGCCCGCCAGCAUUUUAAGAUCGCCCCGGACAGCGGAGAAGCCCUCCGCUGUCCCGGGGUUUUUUAAAAUGCUGGGGUGGGUGGGAAGAAAAGCCCUUGUCCCCCCCCCCCAGCCUUCAGAAGAGGUCGGGGGACAGACUGUCCCCGGACCUGGUCUGAAGUCGGUUUCCCUAGGAACGCAUUAAUUGAUUUUCAAUGCAUUCCUAUGGGAAACCGUGCAUCGCAAGACGAAAAACUCGCAAGAAGAAAAAACUUGCGGAACGAAUUAAUUUCGUCUUGCGAGGCACCACUGUAAAUGCAAACAGAAUUGAAUUUCUGCAUCCUUAGAUAAUAGUAGGGACCUGAGUAUCAUUUGAGUAUACUGUGCACAUGAUUUCUGUCCAGCAUUACUCCAACUCAUUGCAACUGUGUCCCUUGCCAAUAAUAAUAAUGAUAGUAAUUUUAUUAUUUGUAUUCCACGCAUCUGACUGGGUUGCCCCAGCCACUCUGGGCAGCUUUGAACCUGCUUGUUCUUUACUGCUUUAGAAGUGUUUCCUUCCCCUUCACAGAUAAGAUUGCUGAUAUCUAGGCAAAGGAUCUUUUUGGUGGUGUUGCCCUAAGACCGGAAAGCUGUCUCUGAACACAUUUAUGUCUGCUGGCAUUUAGGACACAUGUUAGGUAGCUUUAACUGACUGCUGUUUUGUUGAUGAUUGAUUUUUGAUUUUCGUUUUUAACUGCUGUUGCUGCCUAUGUCUAGUGGUAUUAACUGUGUAACUUUUUAUCUCAGGUUAUGUUUUAGUCAGAAAGUAGUGCAGGAACACAUGCUCUGAAAAAGCGUAUGUUCCAGUACACGUUAAAAUUGCACAUGUUGACUUUCCAUGGCGAUGAGGAGGCAGGUGGAAUUGGUCUCUCUGCAUUUGAUAAUGUUAAAGUAAAAAAAGAUUUUGAAAGAUGGGGAAGAAUGAAACUCUCACUGCUAGGAAGAAUCUCUGCAAUUAAUAUCUGAAGCAGUGUGCAUGCACACGAAAGCUUAUACCCAGAACAAACUUAGUUGGUCUCUAAGGUGCUACUGGACAAUUAAAAAAAAAAAAAAUUAUAUUUCAAUUACCGUAUUUUUCGCUCUAUAGGACGCACUUUUUUCCCUUCAAAAAUGAAGGGAAAAUGUGUGUGUGUCCUAUGGAGCGAAGACGCCGUAGCCCCGCGACCCUCUCCCGGCUGGAGAGGUGACGGGCGGCUAUUGAGGCUCUUGCCAUAGCCGCCCGUCACCUCUCCAGCCGGGAGAGCGCGCGGGCGAAAGCAGCCCCAGCGACCCUCUCCCGGCUGGAGAGGUGACGAGCGGCUAUUGAGGCUCUUGCCAUAGCCGCCCAUCACCUCUCCAGCCGGGAGAGCGCGCUGGGCGAAAGCAGCCCCCAGCGAUCCUCUCCCGGCUGGAGAGGUGACGGGUGGCUAGCUGAGGCUCUUGCCAUAGCCGCCCGUCACCUCUCCAGCCGGGAGCGCGCGCUGGCGAAAGCAGCCCCAGCGACCCUCUCCCGGCUGGAGAGGUGACGGGGGGCUAUGGCAGGAGCCUCUAUAGCCGCGCGUCACCUCUUCAGCCGGGAGAGCGCGCGCGGGGCUAAAGAAACCAUAGCCCCGCGACCCUCUCCCGGCUGGAGAGGUGACGCACGGCUAUGGCAGGAGCCUCUCCGCUGCGCCUUUCCGCUGCUCCCUGAACUGCUCUUUGGGGCUGGUGGUGGGCUCCCCCCCGCCAGCCCCAAAGCGCAGGUCGAAGGUAACCUCAAGCCUGGAGAGCGUUGGGGGUCCGGGCCCACCGACCCCUAUCGCUCUCCAGGCUUCCAAGGUAGCCGCCUGAACGCACCUUAAACGGCACCUUGUUUUAGAGCGGGAAAACAAGAGGGGAAGUUCUCCCCUCUCUGCACAGCGCCUCCUGCCACUUCGCUGAAGGGGCGCUGGGCAGAGAGGGGGAGAUUUUUUUUUUCUUGUUCUCCCCCCUCUAAAACAAAGUGCGUCCUAUUGUCCGGUGUGUCCUAUGGUGCGAAAAAUACGGUACGUCAGACCAACACGGCUACCUACCUGAAUCUGCAAUUGAUAUGAAAGUUUUGCCUAAAAUGUUGUUUCUGUUUCAGACAAUUCCGAUAAUAAGCAAUACAGGAUGCUUCAAACAAUGGCAAAAGUAUCUCUCAAGGUUUAUCUGGCAAGCGAAGAAGCCCAGAAUUAAGUAUAAAAUAUUAGCAGAUAUUAAAGAAAGAGGUGCAUUCACACUGCCAGAUUUAAGACUAUAUUUUGGAGCAUCCUUUGUGUUGAUUAAAAGAAUGGAAUUCACAUAUGCUAGACUAUUUGAUCUGGAAGGAUAAAGGAUAUGGCAGAAGAUUUGGAUGUCUCGCAUAUUUAUAGUAUGCUAAAACAAAAGUCCACAAAUGGUUUCUGAAUCAUGUUGUAAGGAAAGGUUUGUAUGGUGUAUAGAUGAGAUAUAAGAAUUUGCUUGAAAGAACACCUUUGUGGUUAUGCCCUACUGAAGCAAGUUCAGAAAUGAAAAGUAAUAUGGAAAUGAAAUGGGAAACCUAUAGAGAUGUAUUAUGUGACUUCCUCUUUGAAGCUUAAAAAGUUAGAGGAUGUUAAGGACUGGAUACAAAAUUGGCUUCAAUAUUACCAGGUUAAUGAACUAUUUAAGAAACUAUUUAACACCAAAUAAGCUAGCCAAAAUGUAUAAAACUAAGUCAGGUAUGUGUUGGAACAGCAAAAUGACAGAAAGAACAUUUUUUCAUAUGUGGUGGACUUGCAAAAAAGCUAAGGACUAUUGAGAAAUGAUAUAUAAUGGGAUUAGAACUAUGUUUAAAUUGAUGAUUCCCAAGAAACCCAAAGCGUUUAUUUUAGACAUUAUAGAUAAUGAUGUACCAAAAGAGUUGGUUAACUUAUUUAUGUAUCUAACGACAGCAGUUCUGAGUACUGUAUGCCCAUAGAUUGAAAGAAGGAGAGGUUCCAACAAAGGAAGAAUGGCUUUUGAAAAUGAUGAUGCGGAACUGGCAAGAUUAACAGCAAAGAUCAAAAUGAUGAAAAAUUCCUUGAGGACUGGAAACUUUUUAUUGAUUAUUACAAAAACUACUAUAGUGAGAUGAAAAUGCAAGCAUUUGAAUGAAAUAUGAGCAACUGCGUGAAUUAAGAUAAAUAGGUUAAAUUGAAUGUAUUGAAUAGUAUAGGCGGAAUAUGCAGCAUUUAAGGGUAAAUAUGGAAACAAUGGAAGGGGAGGACGGGAAGUCAAUUGAUAAAGUAAUUUAUGGUUUAUGUUAGUUUUUUUUCUUUGUGAAAAAUUAAUAAAUUCGAUUUUAAAAAGAGGAAUUGCUGAUGGAGGGCCUGGGAGGGAAGGAGCCCGUGUGGUCUGGGUUUCUACUGGAAACCUGCUGGGAGCUAGUGAUGGCUAUCCCACAGAUCAGGCGGAGAAGCAGGAGGAGCUAGGCUUUAGCAUUCCAUCCUGUCCAGUUGCCACGCUGAAAGCAAACUGUGGUGGAAUCUACACACCCAUUAAAAAACGCUGUGAAAAUGCUUUUUUAAAAAAAUGUUUUGAAAAACAUAUUGAAUUUGCCAUAGUUCACCAUUGCCAUCUAGUGUCACGUUUGUAUAUUACACUUUACAGCACACUUAAAACGUUUUAUUUGCAGCUGUAUAGCUGAGUCCUGUGUCUCUGUUUUGUCAUCUCUCUCCCUCUCCCCCUUCUGGGUGAAAGCCAUUAGCACUGAUGCAGGCAUGUAAUGUGCCAGUCCACCCUCGCUAUCCUGCGUGACAAGGGCAGCAAGACCUCCUUUUUCAGGGCGUAAGCUAAACCCUAAGGCCAGCAGAGGAGGGUUGCAUCUCCAGUUUAAGCAACUAAGAUUGUCCAAAGCACAAGGCAAAAGAUAAAUACCACAUUUGAUUGAUUACUUGGUCCAGGCUAGCAAAUGCUGUACCAUAUGGGACUCCAGGAUGAAGUAGCUGUAGCUUUUUGGAAAUGCACAGUCUUAAAACAUCAGGAAUAUUUGUCACCAGGAACUAAACUGCAGAGCACCUGGCAUCUGGGAGAAGAUUGCUGCACUUCAUAUUAAUAGGGUGACCUUGUGUUAUUAUGCAGGUGGUAUUUAAAAUAUACAUUUCGAGCUACAAAUUCAUACAGAUUAAAUGCAUCCUUUCUGGAAGUAUGCCCAUAGUAUUAAUGGCAGAUGCUAUCUCUAGGUUCCAUCAAAUUUUAUUUUGAGGAGAGUGGUUUUUAAUGCAAAGCUUUUGCUUCCUAUUAUUGGAUUUGACGUCCCUGUUGUGCCAGUGGGAAGAAUGCUUAAGCCUGGUCAUAACUCAAAAAUUACACUGUAUACAGCUUUGGAUUUUUUUCCAGAGUAGCAUCAUGUCACUGGUCUUUGAAAGUAGUUUAUAUGUGUGUGACUCUGUGAAGGCAAACAUGGGUAAUUUAUAGGCUGUGUGUGACUUGAAUCCUGUAGUGCUUUUGUAUGCCAGGCAGUCUUUUGGUAGAGUAUACCAGCUUACAGUUCCAAGUUGCACAUGAGGAACUUCAAAUGUCACAGUAAGAAUGCUUUCAUUUUUCACAUGUGUGUGCUUUAACACCUUUUGUCUGCUUGUAAUAUAGAAGAGCAAGUUGGGAUCUAACUGCAGAUCUCUGGGUGACUUGCCGCAUAUUGGUAAAGUUUUCUUGCUCCCAAUAGUCAACAGGUUUGAGUGAAAAAAGGAUGUUAUCUGCCCGGGGCUGGUGUUGUGAUAAUCAUUUAUCUUUCAGCUUCAGUCUUCCAGGCCUAUAAAAUAGGAGUAUUAAUUAUUGCCUUUGGACAGGCCUUUGUGCAAUUUUCAAAUUUUGUGUUCAGAUCCCCUAUCUGUAGUAAUUCAGAUCUAGAUUUGUACUCCUGUGUACAGGUUAUCUUUUUCUUUCUAGGAAAAGCAGCUUGCAUUCAAAGUGCUGAAGGAAGUGCUUUGACUACAAACUGCUUGAUUGAAAAAUGAAACUUUUUUUUCCUUUCAAGGGGAAGCGGUUUAUGUCCAAAGUGCUGGAGGAAGCACUCGGAGGCCAUCGCUUUGUCCAGUCCCCUUGGCUCCACUGGGAACAUUCUAGUGCAGCCAAUUCCAGCUGAUUGCCAGACUGUGCAGGGCUUAUACUCAACCAGUUUAUUGACAAUUCAGAUCUCUCUGCAAGGCACAAUCCCUGUGUCAUCUGAACCCUGGGAACAAUGGGUGGUGAGAGAACAUGCCAGCAUCAAACUAUAGGUUCAGCACCUGUCUUAUUCUCAUUUACCAUUUAGAGAAACCAUAGUUCCCUGAAUUUGAUUGUCAGAGAACAGUGGCCUGUUUAAAAAUGGAAACAAAUGCUGUUAAGGUAGAAACACAAAACCUCAAAGUUUGUUUUAGGUCAUUGAUAUACUGUGUUGGAAAACUGAUGCUUGCUGUCUGAAAUGAGCCAAAGUAAAUUCAGUUAGUGGACAUUCAAUGACAGUUGUCCUCAAAUUUAUAAAUACAGGCAAUCCUUGUUUUGCCCAGGAGUUCUGCUUCAGAUCCCUGUAUGCAUCGGCGGAGCAUGCCUAACACUGUUAGAAAGUCAUAUAUAGAGCACACCUUAAACGAGUCUUGCAGUCACCAAAACAGAAGGUCUAGUUGCCAUUUUUGUAGCUCUAAAGUCUUAUUUUUCAAAUGAUGGGCUGUUUGUGAUUGAUUAUCAGUUAAACAUCUGGCUAGUUCAGAUGACAACUUUGAGCUAGGUUAAGAACCUUGAGAACUUAAAGAAGAUUAUAUAUAUAUAUAUAUAUAUAUAUAUAUAUAUAUAUAUGCCUAUUCCUACAGGAUGUGGUAUUGGUAUGUGAAAACAUUCAAGAUCCAAUGAUCCGCAGGCAUGCACCUCCAGAAGGCAGAGAUGUCAGGCGUCAUCCUAGCGCCCAGACGUCUUCACUUGGUUGCAGGUGGCCGAUAGCCAGGUGCAAAAUAUGCCUGUCUGAUUUCAAACACUGCUUGCCAUGUAGAAAUUGCUAUGUAUAAAUUCUCAGUCAAAGAUUUUCUAGCUCAGACAUGUGGCAGAACAACUACUAAACAAAUAUGGAAGACUGUACAUUAGCAGCAUUUGAAACUGACUGAAAACAAACCCAACAAAAUUAAUAACUAAUGUUUACACAAUUCUUUCUGAAGUUAAAUUUACUUAUACACAGCCCACAUAUAAGACGAAAUGGGAGACAGACUUGAUAAAACAAAGUUCUAAUAUCCAGCAAGUGGAAUGAGCUUGGAUGUCUAAUAACAUUCCUAGAUCUUUGAUGAACUGUAGUCUGAAAACAUAUUUCUUCCAAGACAAUCUGUCAGUGGUACAGGGGCACCAUCUCCUUGGGGUUGAGCCCUUUUGGGGCCCCCAAUAUAUUUUUGGGAGUCCAAAGAGCUCCCAAGGAGGCCAAGCCCAGAGCCGAGCGUGACGCAGUGGAGGUGGCAGGAGCAGAAGUCAAGGCCAUUGAAGCUGUGCUGCUGCUGCGCCUAGAAGCAAUUGCAACUCUUCUCGUGACAGCCAGAAUUUACAUUGCUCAAUACGGAAAGACUGAGGCGAUUCCCACCCCCCACCCCAUUUGAAAGAGUGGCUAGAUAAAAUAUGGCCCGUGCAUUAAAACGACACAAAAGAAGUCAAACCAGCAAGAGAGCGUGUUCUCAGAAUGAGUCCUUUUCAUUUGUUGUUGGAAUGAAAAGGUUGGAGAUAACACCCACCCUUACAACUAAUGUUCAACUCUUUGGGUUAUCACUGUUACUUCUUUUGGUUUGGUUCCAAGGCACCUCUCUUUACUGGUUUCCCAGCCCUCCCCCGUGAGUGUGUUGUAUCUAAUUAUCCUAGUGUAGUUUCUAAUGGAUGGCAUCAGGUGGUUGAGUGUGUGGUCACAUCUGAUGAAAUUUGUUGGUUUUCUUCUCAUUUGCUUUCAACCUUUUAUUGUUUAGAUAACCCCUCCCCACCUAAAAAGAAAUGCAAUGAUAAGAGAGCGCUGAAAUGUCUGAACUAUAUGACAACACAAGCUUUAAUCUGAGCUUUUUUAUUUUUUAAAAAUGGUUUUCCAGCUCUAUUUCCUCCUAUACCUUCUAGAUUAAUCCUGGGAUGUAUUUUUCCUAGUUCUGUUCGGAUAUGAAUGGUAUCGAUAACAUGGGCUCUGUAAUGGAAGACAUCUAAGCACCCUAUUGCCACUUCAGGGGUAUCACUGUGAAAUGCUUUUCUCCCUUCUGGCAAGAAAUGUCUCUCACUGACAGCUGCCUAGUAGUGGGUCUGUGCCCAAAGGUGGCUGUUGAAGGGUUUGGAGGCUGCUGGAUUUGGAUGCUCUGCUCUCCAACAGCUUAUCCAGGAGCAGAGAACUUAAGAGCUGGGGAGCAAUGCUUGAAGAGAUGUUAGGGUUGGUUGGGAUGUGAGGGUUAGGUCUCUGGACAGCAUGGAGAGGGCGCUUUCUUGCGGAGGAGGCAAGGCUUCUGGAAUGGAUGAGAACAGUUGCAUGGGUUACUAUAAUGGCUCAUACUUUCCUACUUUUAAAACCUACCCCUCCCUUCUCUCUUGGUCUAAAUCUUCCAACUGUGAGAGCUUUAUCUGGAAAUUCUUUUAAAAUUAAAUAUUGAAAUACCGGUAUUUGGGGACAGAAUUGGUCACGAAGCGCUGUAAAACGUUAUUUUCUCCAGGGUGAAAAGUACACAUGGCUGUGCUGGAACUUGACUUCAACUUUUCUAUCCAGGUUUUAGGGAGACUAAAUAAGACUGAAAUACUUGCUGUACUCCCCUAACUUGCAGGGGCACUUUUCAUUGAAAAGAUGCACAAUGUCUGCUUUCCUAAUGACAUUUUCUGCUGUGCUUCCAGAUGUGAAUGGAGCUUUGUUUAUCUCUGGAAAUCUACUCAUCUCUUAAAUGAAAAGGGCAGCACAACUUCGCAGCGGCACAAUGGGCUUCAAAAGUGUUCCACUUUAGUUCAAUAGAUGGUGGAUGUAUCCUAUGACUAAUGGAAUCUUUCUGCAGCAUUAGGUGAGAUGCCUGAAGCCAAGGUCACCACUAUGGUGCAAAGGUAUGGUAAUCUAUGCGUCUUAAUGGAGUUGGGUCUACUGGGGCCAGUAAUAGUGGGCUUCAUUUAAAAUAAUAAUAAUCUUGGGUCAUUUUCUGGAAUUCUGGUUCACUCUUCUGGUAUCUGAAGCACCCUUUGGACUGUGCUAGCCAAGUUUGCAAAUCACACUAAAUCAUUGUUAAUUGCUUAAAGCAGGGAUGUCCAACUUCCCAGAGACUGUGAUCUGCUCCCACUACAAAAACCCUGGCAGUGAUCUACCCAUUGGAUUGACCAAAGUCGUUGAGCUUUUCUGGGGGAGGAAGAUCAAAAGUUGUUGAUCUAAUUUGGGGGAGGCUUCAGCAAAGCUGUUGAGGCCCCCCCGCUAGUAUGCAGGGGAAGCAAACUACAGUCUAUGGCAUUGUGUUGUAUCUGAACCCAGGGACGUGGUUUGUUUGUUUCUUCUUGGGUUACAGACUGCAGCUUCUGGGGGGGGGGGGACCUUUGGCUACCAAUCUUGGUUUGCUGGGAGUGAAACCCCCGGUUUGGAUGUACUGUAAUGCUAAGCCUAGGAAUCAUUGUUUCCUCCCAGUGUGAGCCAGCAGGAGCAAAGCAGUGUUCUGCCAUGUGUGGUAAGCCAUGUGACCUCCAGAUGCAUGCCUUGUGACUUUUGUGGCAGAGUCAUGGAAAAGAGAUAAAAGGAAUCGAGUUUCCACUUCUUUGGCACUCUCAGAAUGGUGUGAAUUUGCUAUCCUAACUGCAAAUUUCAGAUCUGAAUUUGAACGGGUCUUGAUGCGUCAUGCUUGGCAAAGUCAUCCUCUUAAGGAUCAAUCUUGGAUGCCUUGAAAGGUCUUAAGACUGUCAUUGUCUCCAAGUGGGGGGGGGUGUUUAUAUUUAAAUUUCUGGAAUUUACACACAUUCCCUCCCAAUAUUUAUCCCAGGAUGGUUUGUCAAGCAGGGAUUGUAGCUCAGUGGUGCAUCAUGUGCUUGGCACACAAUUCUAGGUUUGAUCCCUGUAUCUCCCAGUUUCAAAAGGACCAGGUAGUUGAUGAUGGGGCAGAUUUUUGUCCAGCUCUGCAAAGAGCUACUGCUAGUCAUAGAAGACAAUAAUAGUGUAGUCUGACCUGAUGGAAGAGAGCUUUCAGGGUCCCUAGGGAUUUCAUUUUGUAUCUUCCUUGACAAGUGUGAGCUGGAAAUCUCAAGGCAGUGACUGUGACUGUGACUGCGGUUGUUCUUCCUGCCCAAUAUGACCAAGCACUGCAGGACUGGGAGGGAACGACUCUAUGGAGCCGGAGCGCCAUGGAAAGUGGUCUUAUCUAAAGCCACUUCAUAUGCUGCAACACACCAAGUCCUUCUGUCUUCACUGCAUAUCAACUGCAUCUCUUGUGUGACGAUAGAAGGAAUUUGGGGUGGCUGAAAAUGCAGUUAAAAUUUUCUCCCCGAAGCGAGUUGCAGGCCCAGAUGUCAUGUUUGCCAGAUUGUCACCUCCCCGCUUCUCCAAACACAGAUGCCUUUCCACCAACACAUGGUGGAAACACAAGGAUCUAUCCUUGCUUUAAUGUUUACUUAGCCCCUAGUCAUAGAAUCAUGGAAUCGUAGAGUUGGAAGGGACCCCCAAGGCUCAUCUAGUCCAACCCCCUGCAAUGCAGGAAUCUCAGCUAAAGCAUCCAGGACAGGUGGCCACCCAACCUCUGCUUAAAAACCUCCAAGGAAGGAAAGUCCACCACCUCCUGAGGUCUGUAUACUGCAUUUCCAGAAGGAAGCUAAGUCUGUAAAAUAAUUAAUCAGGAGCUACAAUUUGACAUUUCAUCAAUUUUGUGAGUGGAAAGGUAGAGACCACAUUUGAGAGGGUAUUUCUUUCUCUUGAAAUGGCUCGCAUUUCGAAAUGAUUUUCCUUUGUCUUGUCACAUGAAAUUUUAUACACACUUUCCAGGAGUAUAAAUAAAGGAGUAGUAAUAAAUAUCUGCUGGAUCUCCAACUUGAUGUCUUUAUUCUCCCAUUUAGAUUAAUUUUUCUGUACCUCCUGAGAAAUUAUUUCUUUCUAUUUGACUUAGGAUUGGGCUAUGUUGGGUUUUCAACAUUGCAAUGUAUCACCAACCAAACAUCAGUCGGUGAGCAUGGGGUGAAACUGACUCAGCUCUCUCCACGGCAGCUGAGGCGCUUUCACCCCAGUGCCUUGCGGGUCUCCUGCCCCCAGCUGAGCGAGCCCCACAUGUUCAGCAGGGACCUGGGGCUCUUUUGCAAGACUCAGCCGGGCAGUGGGAGGGCUCCCCUCCCCCAGCUGAGCGAGCCCCGACGUCCCUGCCAGUCACACGCAAGCAGCAGGGACCUGCUGAGGAGCCCUGGGCCCGGCGGCAGCAGCAGAGAGACCAGUGAUCUAAAUAGGGUGGCUUGGGGAAACUGGCCUGUGGGCUCAGAGGUGUCCUACCCUGAUUAUAAGGAAACAACUCUCUUCUUCCUGACCCUUGGUAAAGCAGCAAAACUGUUUUUUUAGCUGAACCAUCUUGUUGCUAUGUUGCGGAAAGUAAAAAAGCAAGCUUCUAAGUUCUAGAAAACUAAAAUCACAGAAAUACGAUUGUUUCAGGGAACCUGAAUAAGUCCAUGCAUACAACUGGCCAUCUGCAACCUGCUCUUUUCAUAAAUAGAACUAUGUUCAGUGUUAGAAAAACUAUCGGUAGUUAAAAGACCUCGGCCCAGAAGGUAUAAAAAGUACAUCUCCCACUCUUCCCCCAGUUUUCACUGAAUGCAUUUCUACUGAUGAGCACACAAGGGAGUGAGAUGGUGUCGUCAAAAUUCUUCUUGCACUCUGUAAGCAGCCAGAUACAGAUGAGCAUUCCAGAACUUUUGUUACCCAAAUGGUUCUGGCAUUCCAAAGUUCUUUCCAAAUAAAGACUAUGGUGUUUGCAUUUCGGCUGGACUGUGUGCAGUUACCUCUGCAGUUGCAUCACAGAAAGGGCUACACUUUGCUGAAUCAUAAUAACUGCCAGCCCAACUUCACAAGCUUGAGCUUGAGCCACACGCUUGACUUAAAGCAAAGCAUGCUUUAUAUAUUAAAGAGGGGAACCACAAGACUCCUGAGGACAUCAGCUCCGAUCAGUUUGGCCACAAAGCUUAGAAGAUGUGCAGACAAGAAGCCUGUAUGUAAAAAUGUCUGGGCUGUAUCCCAUCUUGGCUCUCCCCACCCUCCUCCCUUUAAAAAACAAAUGAAAACCCCACUUCACUGAGAAAUGAAAGGAUCCACGAAGCUCACAUUUUACAUGCUGCUGAAACAUGCAGACCUUUCAGUGUCCCUAGAAGUAAAAUAUGUAUAUAGUAAUGUCAGUAUAUUUUUGUACUCACACAGAAGUGUUGAUUCUGCUCCUGUGUCCCUCCUAGGCGGAUAUGGAGAAUGCCAAUCACGUGUUCAGGAGGUCAAUGAAACAUUCUCAUCUGUAUAAAGUGCUGACCAGGGCAUGUGGUGAAGAGACCGUGCAGAAGAGAAUAUUAGCUGCUUUGGUUCCUUUUCAGGCACAUCCUCAUGGCAGCUUUUGUACCAGGGCCCUCCCCCUUCCAUUGACAGGGAGGGAUCUGUGUUUCCCAGCAUUGCCUGUGCAACACCCCUCUGGAGUGCAAACAAAAGAUAAGGGCAGAAAACCCACUUGCUCCUGAUAGUUGAACCUCCGUUGACUUUCAUUGUAGGUGCUGUAUAUCAAAAACAUAUGAAUGGAUCAUCUCUCAACUCAGCAAGCAAUUUGUAAAUUACUUACUACUCUUACCAUGUUUUUGGCCCUGCAAGGGCUUUCUUUUCCUUCUUCUCUUUCUCCCUCUUUGCCUCUUCCUUCUUAGUUUUCCUUCUUUUCACAGUUCUCCCCUUUCUGUGUUGUCACUGUCUGUGCCCUUUCACCUAAGGGCACAUGGACUCUGCGCCUUCCCAGCCAUCACUGAGUUUUAUAUAGUUUGUCAAAGAACCUUUUAGAGUUGUUGUUCCUCCCUCUCUGUGCGGGUGGUAUGUUUGGGUGUGCAUGUGCCGAAUGACAAUGCUCGUCCUUUACAUCUAUGAGCAGCUGCAGAGCAUGGGAAUAAAUCUGGCAUCAUUUCUUUGUACUGCUCUGGUUUGAAGCACCUGUUGUCUCAGUCUAAACACUUUUAUUUGGAUAAGCAUAUUUCUCCUGUGUGUCUCUGUUUCUCUUAGGUGGCCAGUGUCACCCAGACUUUGACAUCACUGCUGCCAGGAGUCUCCACACAGUUGCUUCACUUACCUAGUUUCUCUCUUUGGCGGAUGGACUGUAGCUGAGUAGUGGAAUGUGAGGUCCCAGAGGCUCAAAGCAGAGCAAACUGGGCACCAGCAUUCAGGGGUUUUUUUUCCCUCCUUUUAAAAGUGUUACUUUAGCAGGCACACACUAGAUUACACAAAGUGAACCCUGUACCUCAUGAAGCAGAGGCAUGGCUUUAUCUGGGGGACACUUGCGCUGAAAAACCACACACCACCAGUUCUUGGGGUUAACUGUAGUUCUCAGACUGAAUGUUUGAGAACCCACUAAAACUGUAAGGUGGGAAGUAAUCUGGAGAACCUGAAGUUUGAGCCUUAUUGCCUUGGUUUCCAAAUAGGUGGUUGAUACUCUCAAAUGAUGAAAACAGUGACUUGGGCAAUGGGAGGUGCAAGUAACAGGUAUUUGAGAUGUGAUUUAAUUAAUUAAAAAUGAGUAGUCUCAUCAGAGAGUUCUUGUUUAUCCCUACUGACCACUAAAAUCUGUGGCUCUAAUCACAUUCCCACUGUCCUUUGGUCAACCUAGGCUUAAUUCACCACACAUUAAUUCAACACACAUCCAGUUCACAGGCCUGAAGUUUUGUGCACCUGUGGUCAAGUUAUAAAUUGCAGGUGCCAGGGUGUUCUGGUUAGAUGUCAUUGUUUACUCUCCUUCCCUUGCAAAAAGUAAGGGACCUAUAUGGCAGUGGCUGCUGAAUUUUGAAGUCUUCUUUCUGCCUGUUAAAAUGAAGGGGGGGGAAAUCUUGCUUGGGUUUAGAAGGGGCUGCAUCCAUCAUCAUCAUCAUCAUUCUGCCCACCUUACUGGGUUGCCCCAGCCACUCUGGGCGGCUUCCAGCAAAUUAAAACACAGUAAGACAGCAAACAGGGAUGCGGGUGGCGCUGUGGUCUAAACCACUGAGCCUAGGGCUUGCCGAUCGGAAGGUCAGCGGUUCGAAUCCCCGCGACGGGGUGAGCUCCGGUUGCUCGGUCUCAGCUCCUGCCAACCUAGCAGUUCAAAAACACGUCAAAGUGCAAGUAGAUAAAUAGGUACCACUGCAGCAGGAAGGAAAAUGGCAUUCUGGUUUCUGUCACGGUGUUCUGUUGCGCCAGAAGCGUUUUCUGUGCGCUGCUCUGGUUUCACCAGAAGUGGCUUAGUCAUGCUGGCCACAUGACCUGGAAAAACUGUCUACGGAAGUGGAUAAACGCCAGCUCCCUCAACCUUUUAAGCAAGAUAAGCACUGCAACCCCAGAGCCGUUCGCGACUGGACUUAACUGUCAGGGUUCCUUUACCUUUACCUUUUUAAGACAGCAAACACUUAACAACUCAAUACAGGGCUGCCUUCUAAAAGUCUAAAACUCAGAUAGCUGUUUAUUUCCUUGAUGGGAGGGUGUUCCACAGGGCAGAUGCGACUACUGAGAAGACUACCCUUUGCCUGUAGUUUCACUUCUUGCAUUGAGGGAACAGCCAGAAGGCCCUCAGAGCUGGAUCUCAGUGUCCGGGCUGAACAAUAGCCUUUGGUUGGUUUUCUGUUGCUCGUGUAGUUCUAUAAUUUUACAGUUCUGUAUUGAUAGCUUUCUUUUAUAUCUUCUUCACUGCUUUGAGCACUUGAAAGGCAGUUGCUAAAUAUCUAAACAAGUUCAAUCCAAGAGGCCAAGGAGGAGAGGAAUUAAUUUUAGAUUUAAAAAAGGCUUCAGGGGAGUCAUGCCUUUCUUCAACAUUUUUUCUUAAAGGAGCACAAGCGCACACUGGAUUUAUUAUUUUACUGCCAAAUGUAAGGGAAAGAUAACUAUACAUGCUGUAAAUCAGACACAUGGCGGACUCUAUUUUCUUUAGUUCCUUCUUCCCCAGAUUAAUAUAGUUUAUUGGUCUGCCUCAAUUCAGCCUAGUUUGAUCAUGUUAUUGUAGCUAGUUAGGUCCACCCAACUGAAAGGGUGUACUACUUCUUAAUAUUUUGCAGUUCCCUCCAGGCCUGUUAAGAUUGAUGGGGGGUAAAAAUGGAUUGGUUGAGAGCCAAUACUGAAGCUCAGUCCAGACAAUACGGCAGUCCUCUUGGAUGGGUGGUUCAUCUACCAGGUUAGUGGUGGUGACUGUGUUGAAUGAGGUUGCACUCUCUGCAAAGGAGCAAGUUUGCAUUCAGUGGAGGCACAGGCUGCCUGCGUGGCAUGGAGGGCCUUCUUCCACCUUAGCCUUCUGUGCCAGUUGCAGCCCUGCCUCCCAUUAGACUACUAUAAUGCAUUCUAUGUAUGUCUAAAUGGAGACCUUCUAAUUUCCCCAGCCUUUGGAAUCCUCUGCAAAUUGUUUGAUGUUGCUUUAUAGGUUGGUUGGUUGGCUGGUUGGUUUUAAAUUCUGCUGGUUGUUUUUCUUAUUGCUCUUUUUCUGUUGUGGUGGCUUAUACUGUGAUAGUUUAAUGUUUUUUUACAAAUCCAACUUGGCCAUUUUUAACCUUCAUUUCUGCUUCAUGUCCAUUUCCUUCCAACACCAAUGCAGCUCCCGCCCACAUGCCAAAUUCCUUAGCCUACCACACUUGACCCCAUUCCUGUGCCACCAAGGUAGCCCAUGUGCCCUGAAGGUGUUGCUGGAGUCCAGUUUCCAUCCGCCUCAGUCAGCAUGGCCAGUAGUUAGGGACCUGGGGAAUUGUAGUCCAGAAGCCUUCCCUGAAUCUUCCCUGAAUCUGCAUUUCCCUCUAAGCCGGUGGUGCUCCUCCCUUUCAGAGCAAACCUUUUUCUCCUACUGUCGCUAAGAAGCACACCUCUAACGCUUACCACCCUUCCAUCACCCUCUUGAAUGAAGGAAUGAAUUUACUUUAUUACGGUCACAGACCAGCAUAAGCAAAGCAUCUAAAUAAAUAGCAUAACAAUAUGACUCUAAGCGAAUAAUUAUUAAAUAAAUGGGAGCAAGAACCAAACAUAGCUUAAAGCAUAUACAUAGAAUACUUAAUUAAGCGUAAAUAAAGGAUGGAUCAAAACUGAUAAGAAAAUUUUAAAAGACCAGUUAAAACAGCUCUAUGGGGUGGGGCUUCAGAAUUGCAGAUCUAACAAUAUGAGCCAUAUUGUAGCAUAGACCAUCCUUCGACGAAUAUCUAUCAUGGCAACGCAAAAUCUGAUGACCGAAUAUGUGACUUCUGGGCUUUUGUCCUGUAGUAACAGGGAGAUGUUGUGUUGUUCUGAACGCCCAGGGAACUUAUAUAAGAUGCAUUGGAUAAACCUGGUUUGAAUGUCUAUGUAAUACUGGCAGUGAAGAGGGGCACGCUCCGUUGUCACCCUCUUGUCAUCUGGGGACUCUUGUUUUGCUCAGCAGGGUUGGAGGGCAGACAAAGACAGCAGACAGCUGUGCAAUUAAGUAAGUGGCCCCUCCUGGGCCUUCGUUACUUCCUUUAGGUGUGAGAAUCAUUAAAAUGGGAGGUUAAGGAGAGACUCAUGCUUAGGGAUGUUUAGUGGUAGUAACCCAGAACUAUUUUUUUCUGGAUCAGAGAUUGAUAUCUUUCCACUUUACCUAUAAAACAAGCCUGUCUGUCUCUCUGUCUCUCGCCUCCCCCUGCCCAUAAGAGAAAGAUUGCUUGUAGCAGAGUGAGAAGUCCUGACUGCAGAAAGUUUUCCAAUGUCACUGCAGAUUUUGGCUAAGGCUCCUGGAUGCUCUUUGUCCUGAAGUGGGACAGGCGCUUCCCACUUCUCACAGUUUUGCUGGAAGCAAUCCUUUGAGAGAAAGAUGAUUAAUGGCAAGCUCAGAGGAAUCAGUCUGUGUCCUACAUCAUUCUGAGCAGGAGGAAGGAGUAAACUAGCCUUUGCUGAAGUAGGCAGAAUCAAAGAAUACCUGUAAUCAUUCCUCUCUGUGCCCCCUAGCAGCGGGCGAGCCUCAUCGCCCUGAAAUGUGAACUCUCACAACACACAAGGGUGAGUAAAAGAAGAAACAAAAAUUAUCCCAUAAUCCCUGGCCAUUGACCAUCCUGACUGGGUCUGAUGGGAUUUCAUAGAAUCAUAGAAUCAUAGAGUUGGAAGAGACCACAAGGGCCAUCGAGUCCAACCCCCUGCCAAGCAGGAAACACCAUCAGAGCACUCCUGACAUAUGGUUGUCAAGCCUCUGCUUAAAGACCUCCAAAGAAGGAGACUCCACCACACUCCUUGGCAGCAAAUUCCACUGUCGAACAGCUCUUACUGUCAGGAAGUUCUUCCUAAUGUUUAGGUGGAAUCUUCUUUCUUGUAGUUUGGAUCCAUUGCUCCGUGUCCGCUUCUCUGGAGCAGCAGAAAACAACCUUUCUCCCUCCUCUAUGUGACAUCCUUUUAUAUAUUUGAACAUGGCUAUCAUAUCACCCCUUAACCUCCUCUUCUCCAGGCUAAACAUGCCCAGCUCUCUUAGCCGUUCCUCAUAAGGCAUCGUUUCCAGGCCUUUGACCAUUUUGGUUGCCCUCCUCUGGACACGUUCCAGUUUGUCAGUGUCCUUCUUGAACUGUGGUGCCCAGAACUGGACACAUUUGUAGUUCAUAACAUCUGGAGGACACCAGAUUCUGUAAGGUUGGUCUUAACAAGAAGAGUCCAGUAUUUACCAUAGAUUCCGGCGUAUAAGGUGACUUUUUAACCCCGGAAAAGAGGUUAAAAAGUCGGGGGUUGCCUUAUACGCCCGGUAUGGGUGGCGCGGCGAGCGGCAGGCUCAGCUGCGCGCAGGGCUGCUUUCUCCUGCCGCGGAGCUGCCCAGCGGAUUAGGCGACUGGGCUUAUAAAACAAACCCCCAAAUUGCAGCUGCUAAUUUGGGGGGUCGCCUAAUACGCCGGAAUCUAUGGUACUUAGCUAGAGUACAGGUGACUUUUUGUUUUUGUUUUUAAAAAAACAUGCUUUUAAAAAAUGCCCCUGUUGAAUUUCUAGUUUUCUAAUCUGCUCUUCCUAUGUAAUCCAGGCGCUGUUCUCUUCUCCACUGUAAUCUAGGAACACAGAUGGUUAAAAAAACAAAACACCUUGUGCUCUGAUUGGCUCCUCCUUUUUCUAGUUUUCCAGUUUCUCCAAACGAAGUACUGUAUCUGGUUAAGGUUCUUGCAUAAUUUCUGCCCCUUGUGUGGAACAUGAGAGCUAUUAAUAUUAUACAGAUGAUUGUCCAUGUUACUUAAAUCAAUAGAUUGUCCAUGUUACUUAAAUCAAUAGAGGAUUUUGAUCACCUGCUUCAGAGAGGAAUGUCUGCAGCCAAAUUAUAAAGGAAAAGUUGGGACGUUGGGGUACAAAACAUUCUUGUGGCUGCUUCCCUAAGGAAAUAAUCAUGCCUUUUUAUAGUCACUGUUUCCUUUUCCCUCCUCUCCCCUUCCCUUGAGAAAAUCUGCACAAAACACCCAGCAGUUGCUAAAAGAAACCUAAAAAGCUGCCCUGUCUUAUUGGAGCCCAAACUGGAGUUGAUGCUGAAGAUUUAUGAUUGAGUCUUCUGGUAUCGGUCUUUAAAGCAUCUGAUGGGGUGGGGUGCUGUUCCCUGUAGCGGAACCCCAAUUUUAAAUUUCAACUGCUUGAUCUGCUAUCAAGUGUGUGGCGGGGGGGAGAGAAUUUGGGGUACCUCUCUGUCCCUGCUCCAGCAGGGGGUGUGUGUGUGUGAUGUAAAUCAGGUGUUAAAGAAUCGCCCUCCUCCCGCAGCAUCCCAGCCCCAGUCUAUAUUUUUCCCUCCAUGGCUGCUUUUAGGACACUGGAAGAUGCUUUCAUGCAUUUUCUCAUAUAAUAUAUAAUUUCUCAUAUAAUAUCGAAUUAUAAAUCUGUAACUACAUCCCAGUGUGGGUCAAACUGGAAGAGAGGCUUUUGCCUGGAUUUAUGGGGAAUCGAAGCCCUCCCUCCUAGGGUCCCGUGUGCAUCUCUCCUCAGCUUUCUCAUCGGUUCUGUUGCAUGUAAAAUAAGAUAUAUAAGAUAUUUAUUUGUAUAUGUAGAUCACUGAACUGUUUUUGAGGACACGUAAUGAAUGUCCCCAUGGGUGGUGUUGGUGGGGCUGAAGCCCUGGGUCUGCUGAGGCCAGGCCCCUUCCCCCGCCCUUUUGUAAGCUUUACAUUUUUCUUUUUAGUUUUUUUUCCCAGGGCAGGUGGGUGCCCUCAAAAGGGCAAACCCCAGCUGCCCACCAUCUUAAUUUUCAAGCAGAGGCUUCAGUCUCAUAUCUUGGAUAAUAUUUUGCCCUCCCCCACGAGUGCUGCUUUCUCUUUUGAUGGCUGUGCAGAAAGAAUUACUGUAUAUGUAGAUAACCCUGUUUAUAUUCUCUGUGCUGCUUUACAAAGGAUGAUUGCACAGCUUAUUGUUAUAUAAAAUAAAAUUUGAGUGGUGCCAGUUGUGGUAUAUAGCUUUCCAUUUUUGGUGAUCAUGUGUGUUCUGUUUUUUGUUUCUCAUUUCUGUUGACUUUAUUUGUUUAGGCCUCCUAUAGAAGGCGGAAUUUCAGAAGUUGAAAUAAUAUCUCAGCAAAUAGAAGAAGAGACCAAAAGCAUAGCGCCUGUACAGCUUGUUAAUUUUGCUUAUCGGGAUUUACCACUAGCUGCACUAGAUCUGUCUGUAGCAGGUUCCCAACUCUUGUCAAAUUUGGACGAGGAGUACCAAAGAGAAGGGUAAGUGAAAAAUGACAUAUUUAUUUGAAACCUUUCUUUAAAAAAAUAUAUAUAUUUUUUAAAAAAUUCAUUUUCACUUUUAACAUUUGUCAUCAUACACAAAUCAUAAUCAUUUUACAAAUAGGAUUCUCAGAAUCCCCAAACUUCCCUCCACACCUCCAUGGUUUCUCCAGAUAUUCUUUUCAAACUGCAUCGUAUCAUAUUCUCCAUAUUUUCUUAAAUCUCAAUUUUAUCAUCAAUCUUGCUUCAUUGCAAGUGUUUUUAAAAUCCUGCCAAUGUUUUCUUUUCUUUUUUAAUUUCUUUUUAUUGAAUUCUUUUUAAAACAGAACAUAAAAAGUAAAAAAAACAAAAACAUACAAACAUGAAAAAACAAAAACAAAAUAACACUUACAAAAGGAAAAUAGACACAAAACAAAUCAACAUUGAUUAUAACAUUGAUUAACUUCCCUCCAUCUCGGUUUUGGACUAUAUUUCCACCAUACCUUCCUGCAGUAUCGUUUUACAAUAUCUAUACAUCGCAGGUUUUAUAUUACACCUACUGUGAUUUUGAUAUUUCCUAAAUUUGCUUCUAUAUAUGUUAUAAAUUUAUUCCAAUCAUUAUUAAAUUUUACACCUUUUUGCUGCCUGAUUUUUUGUGUCAUCUUUGCUAAUUCUAUAUACUCAAAUAAUUUAGUUUGCCAUUCUCUAACGGUUGGGAUAUUAGGCGUUUUCCAAUUUUGCGCUAGCAGUAUCCUGGCGGCUACCAUUGCAUAUUGGAACAUUGUUUGGUCUUCUUUCUUGAUCUCCUCUCCAACCAUUCCCAGAAGGAAAGCUUCGGGUUUUUUGGGGAAGGUAUAUUUCAAAAAAAAAAUUAACUCAUCAUAAAUAAGCCCCCAAAACCUUUUCACUUCCUCACAGGUCCACCACAUGUGAUGGAAAUUACCUUCUUUGGUUUUGCAUUUCCAGCAUGUUUUGUCUCCGGUCUUAUACAUUUUUUCCAAUUUUACAGGGGUGAUGCACCAUCUGUACAUCAUUUUUUCCAUGUUUUCUCGGAGUCCAAAACAUGCUGUGAAUUUCAUGUCCUUGUUCCAAAGUUUCACCCACCUGUCAUAUUCUAGAUUAUAUCCCAGAUCUAUAGCCCAUUUGACCAUAACUUCCUUUAUUUCUUCAUCCUUAGUGUCCCAAUCUAGUAGUUGGUUGUACAUUUUGGAUAGAAGUUUGGAGUUACCUUCUAGUAUUUCCACCUGAUAUCUGGACUUUUUCUCAUUCAUUCCUAUUUUUUUAUGUUCAUUCCAUAGGGCAUUAAUUUGGUGGAAUUGUAGCCAUCCUGUUAAUUUAUCCUUUAACUCUUCAUAUGUUCUGAUUUUCCAACCUUUUUCAGAUCUUACCAGGAGGUCUUCAUAGGUCCAUCUUUCACUUUCCGUGUUUAGUUUUUUGAUUGUUAUGAUGUCAAUUGGUGAUAACCACCAGGGGGUGUCUUUUUCAAUAAGUCUUUUAUUUCUAUCCCAUACCUCAAGCAGCGAACCUCUGAUGAUGUGGUUAGAGAAGCCUUUGUGUACCCUCUCUUUAUUCUGCCACAGAUAUGCGUACCAGCCGAAUCUGGUGUUAAAUCCCUCUAAAUCUUAAAAAAUCUGUGUUUUUCAAAAUAAUCCAUUCUUUGAUCCAACAGAAGCACGAGGCUUCAUAGUAAAGUUUCAAGUUCGGGACGGCAAACCCUCCUCUAUCUCUUCGAUCUGUAAGUAAUUUAAAUUUAAUUCUUGCUCUUUUGCCUUGCCAAAUAAAUCUGGAAAGGGUUUUCUGCCAAUCCUUAAACAUUGCCGUGCCUCUGAUCACCGGGAUAUUCUGAAAUAGAAACAGCAGUCUUGGAAGAAUACUCAUCUUAAUUGUGGCUAUUCUUCCUGACCAGGAAAGCUUUAUCCUACUCCAAGUAUCUAUAUCUUUUUUAAUCUCUCUCCAGGUCUUAGUGUAGUUAUCUUCUACUAAGUUUAUAUUUUUCGUGGAGACCCAUAUUCCCAGGUAUUUCACCUUUUUCACCACCUUGAUUCCUGUAUGCAACUCUAGCUGGUUUCUUAAGUCUUCAGCCAGAUUCUUUGUCAACAUCUUGGUUUUUACUUUAUUUAACCUAAAGCCGGACAAUUUUCCAAAUUCUUCUCAUAGCUCUAAAACUUUACCGACACUUUUUACUGGAUCUUCUAACGAUAUUACUAAGUCAUCGGCGUAGGCCUUUAGUUUAUAUUCUUUUACCCCAAUUCUGAUUCCUCUUAUUUCUGAUGUUUUCCUUAUUUUAUUUGUAAUUACUUCAAGCACCAUAAUAAAUAAGAGGAGGGACAAAGGGCACCCCUGUCUUGUACCCUUCGAAAUCACAAACGAAUUAGUUAAAUUGUUGUUAAUAAUUAGUUUAGCCCUUUGACUUGAAUAAAUCGCUUUUAUUCCUUCCAUAAAGGGGCCCUCUAUCCCUACUCACUCCAUACAUUUUAAUAAGAACCGCCAAGAUACAUUAUCAAAGGCCUUUUCGGCGUCGAUGAAAAUUAAUGCUGCGGGGAUAUCAUUCUUGAGUUCCAAAUAUUCAAUAAUAUCUAUUAUGUGCCUUACGUUGUCUUUUAAUUGUCUGUUGGGGAGGAAUCCGGCAUCUGCGCAGCUGUUGUAGCACACAUAAAUAGUCUCUUCUAAUUCUUAGGUAUUUCUGGAACUAAAAUUCCUAGUAACAGAAGUUAUUUUAAACAUUUUUUUCAACUCAUUAUAAAUCAUUUCCCAAUAUGCUUUUGUUUUUUUGCACAUCCACCACAAGUGGUAAAAUGUGCCUUCCUUCUCUUUACACUUGCAACAUGUAUCUGUAGCAGUUCUAUACAUUUUUGCUAGUUUAGUAGGAAGUACCAGUGAUACAUCAUUUUCAUAUAAAUAUCUUUCAACAUACAACAUGCUGUAAGUUUUAAAUCUUCCCUCCAUAUUUUUCUCCAUCAUGCCAAUUGUAUAUUAGGUCCAGUUACCCUUGCCCAUUGUAUCAUUACUGAUUUCACUUCUUCCUCUUUAGUAUACCAUUCUAACAGUAGUUUAUACAUUUUUGAAAUCAGUUUAACAUUAUUCUCCAAUAGUUCUUUUUCAGACCUUGACGUUUCUGUAUUAAAACCAUUCCUUUUAUCCUUCAUACACACAUCAUUUAAUUGGUGGUAUUGCAGCCAGUCUUGUCACCAAAUGUAUUACAUGCUCAAUUUUUUUUAUUCUCAAUUGAUCUUCUGCUUCAAAUAGCAACUCUUUAUAAGUUGCCCACUCACUUUUUGCAUUACGUUUUUUCACAGACGUUGCUUCCAGUGGGGAGAUCCACCAAGGUGUUUUCUGUUCCAAUAAGUUUUUAUAUUUCUCCCACACCAAGUAAAUUGAUUACGCCCCUUUACACACUUUUGUCUUUUCAUACCAUAGAUAUGCAUGCCAACCACAUCUAUUAUAGUGACUGUCUAAGUCCAGAAUAUCCAAAUUCUUUAAAUCAAUCCACUCCCGCAGCCAGCAAAGACAGGACGCCUCAUAAUAUAAUCUCAGAUCUGGCAGGGAGAAGCCACCUCUUUCUUUAGUGUCUGUUAACAAUUUAUACUUUAUCCUCGGUUUCUUCCCCUGCCAGAUAAAUUUAGAAAUAUCUUUCUGUUUUAAGUGCCCUGUUCCACUGACUCCUGGGAUCGACUGGAACAAAAAUAACAUUAUUAGCAAUACAUUCAUUUUUACUACUAAUAUCCUUCCCCACAGUGAUAAAUUCAUCCUCCCCCAUACCUCUUUAUUUUUUUCGAAGUGUUAAUAUAGUUAUCUUUAAAAAGUUUAUAUUUUUGCUGUCAGCCAUACCCCCAAAUAUUUCACUUUUUUCUGUAUUGACAAUUCUGUUUUUUGUUGUAAAUCCUUAUUUUGUUGUUCUGCCAUAUUUUUUGGCAUCAUUUUUGUUUUAUUUUUGUUUAACUUAAAGCCUGCUACUUGACCAAACUCCAAAAUUUAUGCAAUUGGUAUACUUACCAAUGGGUCACCCAUUUGAAACGUUUCUAUCCCCCACCCUUUUCCCCAUAAGAUCAAGGCAACUUGCAGCCCACUCUUUAGUAAGAACAUAAGAAGAGUCUGCUGGGUUAGGCCAGCAUCCUGUUCUCUCAGUGGCCCAGCAGAUGCCCCAAUGGGAAACCAGCAAGCAGGAUUCAAGCACAAGACCCCUCUCCCCUCCUUCAGUUUCCAGAAACUGGUGUUCAGAACCAUCCAGCCUCCGACUGGAAGCCGUGACAAAAUACUGGUGUGAUAAGUUUAUAUCUGCCAGCUCUCAUUAAUCUCCUCAUUACAAUUUGUAUUGUAAACCGCCCUGUGAUCUUUGGAUGAAGGGCGGUACAGAAAUUUAAUAAUUUUUUUAAAAAGAAAAGGAAUAAUAGUCCAUCUAUACCUCGAGUGACAGUGCUGGAUCUAAGGGUACUGCCAAACUCUGAAUCUGUUCCUUUUACAGGGAGUGCAAUCUGAUCCAAAACAGUCUAAAACCACCUAACUGGGUAGACGAACAAACCAGAAACUGUACCUCCAUCUUGUCUGAUUGAACUUCUGUAUAUUGGCCCUCAUGUAGUCCAUUAUUUUUAUUUAUUUAUUUCAUAAGAUUUGUACACUGUUUGAUUUUUACAAAAGGAAAAAAAAACCUCAAAGCUGUUUACAAAGAAAUAAAACAAUAAAGUGGAGAAAAAUUCACAACCAUACUUUAAAACACAAAAGUUAAAAUACUAAACCAGAUUAAAACCCCAUCAUUAUGAGCUUUAAGCACUGGUUUAGAAUGCUUACUGGCUCCACCUGGGAUGCAUGAAAAGGAAAUGUAGAGCUGGGUGUCAUUGCAUAUUGACAGCGCCUGGAUAGUGUCCCCCAGUGGCUUCGUAUGGACCUUAAGAAGCAUAACGGAUAAAACAACCCUGUUGGACAACGUAUCCUCGAUGCCAUGAGGCAGAGCAAUAGUCACCACUUUCUGGAACGGCUUUCCAAGUAGGAGUAGACUCACAAUUCAGACCCUCAACUCAAGAGAGCCUGUCCAGAAGGAUGCCACAGUCAGUAAAUUGGGGCCUGUUUUUCCACUUGGAAAAUUAUCCUGUGAAAAGUUCCCACUCAUAUUGGGCUCUUCGCCACCACCUUCCUUGAAAGGCUCCUUAACUGGUGUGGUGACUUGACAUCCCAAUACACGCAGCGCUGCUGUCCAAGUGGAAUUGUGGUAUGAGAGUUUCCAACUGCUUUGAGGUUGCCAACAUAAUGUCAGGAAUGAAGAUGCUCAGGAAUAAAACUGACAUAUCUAGACACUUUUUCUGUAUUUAACUGAGGCGACUUUCCUGCAUACUGUGUUAACAUUGUGUUUACAGUACAUGCUUCAAACAGUUAUGUUUCUGAACAAGAAAUGUUUUGAAUUAUCAGGGGCAAAUAAUCCCCCCCCCCAAAAGCAAUGUUUAUUCAGAAGAAUGCUGAAGCAUAAGUUCAAGAAUUCAAAAAAACUGAAUAGUGUAAUACAGAGCAUUUUUAUUGUUCAAAGUGCUUUGCAUAUGUUAUCUGAUGUAAUUCUCCUACGUGAAUCCUGCAAAAUAGGUUAAUUUUAUUCCCUACUGCAGUUGGGGUGGAGGAAAGAGGCCAAGAGGGUGGCUUGCCUCUUGACCGACAUGAGGGAGUCACUACUAGUAGCUUCCUAAUUCAGAGCUAUGCUAAGCAGCUUCUAGCUCUUACAUCGAUAGGCACUUGGAGGUUAAAUCCAAUGCUGGUCAGUGGCGUCCGGUAUGGCAUGGAAGGGGCACCCUCCCAACCACAGUGUGACUGGGGUGGGAAGACCAGGGCUGCACGGUCACACUGGCGAACCAGCCUGGUGCCUGGCUUAUCUGCAGCCUUCUGCCUUGCAGCAUGGAGGGCUUCUGUUCAGGGUUCCAGCCAUUCCAUUCUUGUGUACCACCACCCCUCUCUUCUGGUGCCCCCACUGCUCCCCCAGUCAGCAUUUCUUGUGGGAUGGGCGCUGCAGGGCCCAGUCACAGCUGCAUUAAAGGCUUGGAUUUCUUGAGCAGCUCUCACAUCGAUGAUGUGAAUGGAGUCAGCAAACUGUCAGUUGGCCAGUUUUCACUCAGGCUGUUCCAUACUUUGGUUUUCUUUUAAAAUGGAAGUCUCUCACUCUUGUAGAGCUAGACAAAAGCAAGCCAAUGUUCAGCCAGUGAGUGAUGGGAGCACUGGCAGCCAUAGUGCUUGGUUUGUUCAUUGUAGUUUCAAGUGAAGAGUGUCUCACCCACUAUCUGGAGAAGGGACUUCCAGGUUCAUUUUGAAUCCGUGUUUUGAAAGAGAAGUGAUUGCUACUGCUCGUGAGAAAUCUAGAGUUUUAAUGUAGCUGUGCUUGGACAGUAACCUAUCUACCCUGAAACAAAAUGUUCCAGCAAAAACAGGAGUUCAUACUUAUUAUAAGCUUGGGCCUUAUUUCAUUGGGGGAGAGGAGGCAAUUUCAUUCCCCCAGCCUUGAGUUAGAAAUGUUUUUAUUCUUUUGCUUUUAACCUGAAUUCUUAUGUUCUCAUUUUGUAUUUUUGUGUUGUGAACUGUGAUAUUCGGACGAAUGGCUGUAUACACAUUAAAUAAUAACAAGGAGGCUAAAUUUUGGACAACUGCAUAUAGUCUGUAAGCCUAUAUUUGACCUUUGUUUUAACCUAUCUUCCUGGUGGCAAGUGCCUAAUGUUUGUUAAUUGUCAAUCUUCAUUCUUGUCCUGUAACCUAAAGCAGAUCACGCAGUUGGGUCAGUUUUGCAAGAAAGGUCCUAUAAAUAUGCCAACUAGUAUUUUGAUAAGGGUUUUCAGCUGGAGGGAAAUGCUGAUAGGAUUUCUGGAUCCAUGCUGCAUCAUUUGCAGGGAAGACAGUGAGAAAACCCCUCUUGUGACUUUCCAAAUUUGGUUGCCCAGAUUUGGGAGAACAUGGAAUAUGGCAACUAAAGUGGAAAAUGCUUGAAAUGACCUAUCCAGACAAUGACUUGACUUGUUUUUCUAGAUACCCUAUUGCGCUCCCCCUCUCACUUCAGCAGCCAGCAUUCUGUAGCCAUUGAUCGCCCUCUGUUCUCGCUGGGCUGCUUUUAGGAGUGUUUCUCCCUAACGGCCAGGUUGGCUUAUACCGUCAUGCGUGGUUUGUUGAUAGUUUGGCUGCAUAAGCCUGUGAACUGAAAAAUGGGAUCACUAUGAGUAUACAGAUGACAUGAAUUAGUAAAUGUGAAACGAUAAUCCUCUUAAAAUACUCAAAUUCAUCCAUGUGCUCCUGUGGCAAACAACUCCUAGGUCUCCUUAGACAUCCUUAGGCAUCCUCAUCUCCUUAAAAUCAUUUUUUACACUGAAGGGUUGGCUUCCAUCUGUCCAUCCUUAAGUGACCUAUUUCUUUUCUAUUUUGUGAUCUUCAAAUCAUACUGAGCAAAACUGUGUACCUGUUAAUAUGCCACAAUGCGGCACGUUGGAGUAGAGGACCCCCCCCCCAAAGGCAAGGAAGCGGAAACAGGGGCAGCUGUUAGCAGCUUGAGUUGAAGUGUUUGUCGUGGCUCAUUACCAAAGAAAUAUGGUAAUCUUUUCCCACUCUUGUUCCAUGUUGAACAUUCAUUUAAAUACUAGUGUAUUACAAAAAAUCUGAGCUGGUAACAGAUUGGCUUUACACAGAGACAAAUGUUGAAAGAUGUGCUUUUCUUCCUUCUCUUUUAUAGUGGCAUUCCUGACCCUUCCCACUCAGUAUAUUUUAAAGACUUUUUUUUUAGUGUCCUUGCUUCCUUGGAAGCUACUGACCAUAGUUUCCCAGUUCAGAUACAGUAGGAAGCUGGGGCUUCUGGGAUUGUUUCUUUGCUUGUGCAAAGCGACUCAUUUAUAUUUCUGCUUUUUAAGCUGUGAUGGUCAUCUGAAUCCAGCCACUAUCAUAACUAAACAUUCAUAACAGGACUGUCAAACACCAGCCCUUUUUUAUUAUAACAGUUUCAUGCAGAGCUGUAAGCUAUAGGUCAGGGAUCCUCAAACUACGGUCCGCGGGCCAGAUGCGGUGCGCCAGGGUCCUGAACCCGGUCCGCUCGGCAGUUGCAGAACCCACCGCUGUCUAACGGGUCUUGGCCCAAAACUUUAGCUGCACAGGAACAUGGUGGGUGGCGCCAGGGAACAUGCGGAUCCAGAGGGCCAGGGAAGGCGAAGCCUCGUCGGCCGGGAGAGAGGCUGCUCUAGCUUGACGAGGUACGGAGGAGCCCCAGGAGCGGCGAGGCUGUUGUGGACUGAACCCCAAGGUUUUCUCUCACUCCACGCUCCUUUCUUCCUGUCGCCUUGCUAAGCGACUUCUUUUCCCUGGUUCGCUUGGCUUUCCUGCCCUCCCUGCUUUGUUUCCUGGCAGUUUCAACCGAAAAGCCGCUCCUCUCGCUUCCCUUUCUUUCCCCAUUUUCCUUUCCUUCGUCUUUCUUGUGCAGAGGCAGUUUCUUACUCAACUAUUCCCUCAACAGUCAUUUGGCUUCGAGCGCCACAUUUUGCUUUUCAUUCUCCCGUUCCCUGUCAAAUCGCAGGAACAGGAGAGAAGGGGAGUCGUUAUGCCGUCACACUCUCCUGUGCAUUUACAGCCUGCCUUAAGAGAGAGACGAUUACCUGGAGACCCGCUUCCUUUCCUGCAAAUCCCCAAGCCAAAGUCGCCUGGACUCUGAGGGUGGUGGUGGCAGCUGAGGGAAAUCAAUACGCCGAGCCUUAACCUGGGAGUUGCCCCUGCUUGCGCUGAGGGGGAAGAGACCUGCGCUGGCCAUCGCCCGCCUCCGGCAGAGCUGAGGCCUCCAUGGCAAGAGCCAGCGCUGCCAGAGCCACCAUGGUUUCUCUGCAGGAUCCCAGCGAGGGCUGCUACUUCCAUUGUAGCUUCCCCUUCUGGUCGGCAGCGCUUGCAGUCUUCACCUUUGCUCAUGGCCAGAGGGCAGGGAGAUCCCCUUAACCGGUCACUUCCCUCGCCUCCCAACAGUCGGGGUUUCAGAAAUCUCCAAGAGCCUCUCCCUUUAAGUGGACCCCACCCCAAUCGCCACAUACUUCCAAGCCCAUGGAUAGAACACGCACACAGCACCAAGUUAACUGGAAGUUGCUGGAUUGGACCAAUUCAUGGAGGAGAAAGCUCUCAACAGCUCUGCCUGUGCUGCCUCUUCCAAUGUCUUCACUCUUAGAGCAACUGCACUGCAUUUAAUCCAAAUAUAUCUUCUUGAAAAUGUUCACAUUCUGCAGAAGGAGAUCCUUACAUUUCUGGCAAAACAGAGCAAAUUGGCUAGUGCCCAUAAUCUCACCAUGUGCAAUGCCCUUAAAGUAUAUUGUAAAUAUUGUAUUGUUUUUCCUGUUUUUGUGCACCACAAAUAAAAUAUGUGCAGUGUGCAUAGGAAUUCAUAUUUUCCCCCAAACUAUAGUCUGGCCCCCAGCAGUGUCUGAGGGACAGUGGACUGGCCCCCUGUUUAAAAAGUUUGAGGACCCCUGCUAUAGGUAGUGAGUGCCCUGGUGCAGGGUUACAUUGUGUCAGAAUCUGCCUCUCCAGGGCCACUGCCAUCCAUUUCCAGAAUUGGAGAACCGCUAGCUCAUUGGUACAGCAAAUGCUUUGCAUCCAGAAGGUCCUAAGUUCACCUCAAGUUUAAAAGUAUUGGGAAGGACCAUGAAACCCUGGAGAACUGCAUCUAGUUAGAGGAGUCAGUGGGCAAAAAAUGUGUUCUCUUGCUGUGUUGCUCAUUUCAGGUUACAUUGACAAAGUGUUUGUCUAGUGCUUAGGAUUAUAAGUGGAGGAGCUGCUGCCAGAGUGCUGUGAUGGAUCACAUUUUGACUUGUACAAAGCUCAGUGGUUGCCUGAAGCUGGCUGCUGCCUCUCAGCCUAACCUACCUUACUGGAUCAUUGUUUGAGGAUUCAAAGGUGUGUGGAGAGCUCCUGGGGGAAGAACGGAAUAAAAAUAUUACUGCAGUUUAGCUCUCCCUUUUAAUCUAUGCUGUAAGAUGGAACCGGGCUCGACCUCAGUGGCAGAGGGCUGGCUUUGCAAGCAGACUGUCCCCGGUUCAAUCCCUGGCAUCUACAGGUAGAAACUGGAUGGUUUCCUGGUCUGAAGUCCUGGAGAGCCAGUCAGUGUAGACAGUACUGAGCUAGACGGACCCCAGAGUCUGACCAUGUGUGAGGCAUGUUUGUAUGUUCUUGUGCCAUCCAUAAAUACAGCUGUUGCCAAGGGGUGAGCUAUUAUACAGAGCCUUGCCAAGGGGUCCAGGCAGCUUUCCCUCUACACACCACAGACUUGUGGUGCUGUGGAGAAAAUCUCGCUUUAGUGUUUUCUGAGCCACUGCAGAUAAACAACCUUUGUACUGUGACAGGAUGCGGGUGGCGCUGUGGGUUAAACCACAGAGCCUAGGACUUGCUGAUCAGAAGGUCGGUGGUUUGAAUCCCCGCGAUGGGGUGAGCUCCCGUUCCUCGGUCCCUGCUCUUGCCAACCUAGCAGUUCAAAAGCACGUUAAAGUGGAAGUAGAUAAAUAGGUACCGCUCCGGCAGGAAGGUAAACGGCAUUUCCAUUCGCUGCUUUGGUUUUGCCAGAAGCGGCUUAGUCAUGCUGGCCACAUGACUUGGAAGCUGUACAUCAGCUCCCUUGGCCAAUAAAGCAAGAUGAGUGUGCAAUCCCAGAGUCGGUCACGACUGGACCUAGUGGUCAGGGGUCCCUUUACCUUGACCUUACUGUGGCAGGAUUGGCCGCCUUAUGUGGCAUGUGCUUUUUUAAAAUGUUUCUUUGUGGCACCCAUAGCAUGCUGACCAGCCCUUUUGUGUGAAUCAUUGUUUUGCCUGUAUCAGUAUUCUCUCCUACAUUUUAAACCAAGUAGCAUGAUUUAUGUGUGGUUGAACACAGGCAUGUCACUCAAGAACUGAUUUAAGGGCGGUGGGAGGUAAAUAUAAUACUUUCAGCUGCGGGCUGCAUUUUUCACUUCAGGAACAUGUCUGAUAUUUGGCGAGCUUAACCUCUUGACCAUCUCUCUGUUGUUCAUAGUUUCCCCCUCCCUUAGAUUUACUGUCGCCACAUGGACAACUUCAACCAGUUGUGAUGUGUCUGUCAUGUUUUAGCUUUUGGUCUUUGCAGCCAGGAGGAUGCCCUCUUGACUGUUUUGUGGUGGCAUGUUGUUGGUUUUUAACCUCAGACUCUAUUCUAAUUCAUGGGCAUUAUUUAAAGUUUCAUUUGAAUGAAUGCUCCUUUGCCCCAAAGUGGAUUGAUUCUGCAGAAGUGCAGCCCAUCCUUGGGAAAUCUCAGCUGGCCACCUCUUUCUUCAAUGCCAACAGAAUAUUUUUCUUCUUGAAAAUGUUUGCUGUAGUUUGAUAGUGGCUGGUGACUCUUUUAAAUUUGUACUUUUCUGCUGUUUUGCUGUUAAAUGUGUUUAGAUAAUACAAGCUUUUUAAAUAUUUAUAUAUAACUUCGCACACUUCUGAUGAAUGGCAAACAUGACUCUAUGUAAGGAAACAAUAAAUUAAGGUUUUUCCAGGCACUUCUGGCUCUAAAGCAUCUUUUAUCAUUGGCAAUACAAACCUGUGCCAGUUCCAUUACUGCUGUCAAUUUUUUUUUAAAAAACCUGUCCCAGUCAGAUUGAAAUUAAAAUGUUAUAUUCUAUAAUCUCUGUAAAGACAUGCAUCUCUGCCCUCUGCUGUCCAUUCUGGGAAAUUUAUAGGAAAAGUCAAGAGUUAAAAAGCAGAGUUGUACAGUGGUACCUCGGGUUACAUACGCUUCAGGUUACAUACGCUUCAGGUUACAGACUCCGCUAACCCAGAAAUAGUACCUCAGGUUAAGAACUUUGCUUCAGGAUGAGAAGAGAAAUCGUGCUCUGUCAGCGUGGCGGCAGCAGGAGGCCCCAUUAGCUAAAGUGGUGCUUCAGGUUAAGAACAGUUUCAGGUUAAGAACGGACCUCUGGAAUGAAUUAAGUUCUUAACCCGAGGUACCACUCAUGAAAAUGGUAUGAAAUGUAGAGAAAAGACAAAAGCAAUAAUGUAGUGCUAGUAAGAUCAUUUACAGAACCCAAGUAGUUGCUCAGUUUAAAUGUAAAACGUCUUGUCAAGAAGCUGUGAAUUUAGAAAAUGGAAACAGCAGUGCUGCUAACCGUAGUGGGGCGGCUCAGUUGGUGGAACAUGAGACUCUUAAUCAUGGGUCAUGGGUUUGAGAUCCAGGUUGGGCAAAUAGAUUCCUGCAUUGCAGGGGGUUGGACUAGAUGACCCCCAGGGUCCCUUCCAACUUCAGGUUAAGAACAGUUUCAGGUUAAGAACAAACCUCCGGAACGAAUUAAGUUCUCCACCCGAGGUACCACUGUACAGUUCAAAAAGGAUGCCAUACAACUGGAAAAAGUUCUGAAUGAGCAAAAUUUGGGCCCCAGGAAUAGAAGAGCAGUUUUCUUGGAAGGAACACUGAAGUGGGAAAAGUAGAAGGCUAAGAGGAAAAUAUAUAUUAAUACCAUGCAUAAAGUGGAGAAAAUGGAUAAAGAAAUGACUGUUCCUCCUUUUCCCAUAACAAUGAUUUUGUUUUGGGGUUAGAUUCAUUAUUUUUUAUGGUAAUUGGGAACUGGUGUUUGUGUUUUGUUGUCAGGACUUAUUAAUGUGAAUUGUUUGAGGGUUGGUCAGUCUCGGUGCAAUUUGAUAUUUGGUGUGUUUGGUCUGAUGUGUUGACUAUAUAGACUUCCUUAAGGUUUUCCUUCAUAUCUUGUAUAGUUUGGGCUGAUACAUUUUGCCGUUACUGUGGAUUUUGACUCAGUAUUGUUAUUGCUAGGGUUUAAUUCAAAUUAUUAAAUGAAGUGUUCAGACUUCAGAGCAGUUCUCACCUUGUCCAGAGACUAUUAGAGCAGGUGAGUCUCCUUCACACCUGAAUCCCUGCUGGCUUCUGCCAGGGGUGGCUGGCAUACCACUUUUUUUAUGAUGGCUCAUACCACUUUUUUUGGGGUCCCUUCCAACCCUACAAUUCUAUGAUUUUCAUAACACAGCACAUCUGUAGUGGCAUUUAGAACCUUUUAAAAGAAGAUUUUUCUGUAUGGUGAUGUUACUCCCUUUGUUUCAGUUUCCCUCUAAUGGGGAAAUCUGUGGCCCGUUAGAUGUUACUGGACUCCAUCCGCCUAAGCCAGCCUGGCUGAUGGUCAGAGAUGGUGGGUGUUGGAGUUUUAGCAUCUCUACCCGUGGUGUGAUGUAGAGAUGGGCAACAGACUAGCACAGCUCUCCCUCUGAAAAGGAAUAGUAUUUUUAUAUGGAAGCUUUGAUUUGCCAGGUGUCCAGUUCUGUUCUACUUGCGGAGCAAAUACAAAGAAAUAAAAGAAAACAGAGAGAUACAGGUAUUCAUCAUUCCAGUAAGAGUUGGUUUAUUAUUAUUAUUAUUAUUACUAUUACUAUUAUUAUUAUUAUUUCACAAAAUUUAUAUACCGCUUGAUUGUAAAAUGGCUGACCAAAAGGUAAAACAACACAAUUAAUAAAAAUUUGCAACCAUACUUAAAAACAUACGAAAAUUAAAAUACUAAAAGAUUAAAAUUACCUCAACCUUAUAAGCAUCUAGGUAGGCUUGUCUAAACAAGAAUUUCACCUGUAAUGUAAAAUGUACCCAGAGAUUCAUACUUACUCUUUGUAUUGUAUAGGUUGACCAAACAGAAAAUAUGAAUAUUCAGAGGAUACUUUUCAAAUGAGAUUCCUUCUGCUUAUACAGACAGCUGUACAGUUUCUGUCCUGUUACUCUUUACCUAUCUUCCUUUUUUUCCUGUCGCUUUUCUUCCCUUCUUCCCCCUGUUUUUCUUUCUUCAGAUCUAACUGGCUUAAGCCGUGCUGUGGGAGACGAGCUGCUGUGUGGCAGGUAUUUUUGCUCAGUGCAAGUCUCAACAGUUUCCUGGUAGCCUGUGUAGUAUUGGUGGUGAUCCUGCUGACUCUGGAACUCCUAAUAGAUAUAAAGCUUCUCCAGUGUGAGUAGCAGGUUUUUCUUUUUCCUGAAACUUUUGGCAAUUAUAUUGAGGCUAAUGCACUAUGGGUUGCAGGUGGGUGGGUGGAAAUAGCUUGGGAAUAGUGUCUAACCCAGGCUUCCUCAACCUCGGCCCUCCAGACGUUUUUGGCCUGCAACUCCCAUGAUCCCUAGCUAGCAGGACCAGUGGUCAGGGAUGAUGGGAACUGUAGUCUCAAAACAUCUGGAGGGCCGAGGUUGGGGAAGCCUGCUCUAGACUGUAUGAGGUGUGAAGUGUAUGGAAUUUUGUGAACCUCUGAUGUGCUGAUAUUCCUUUGGGGCUCAUCCCAGACCUAACAUUACCCAAUGUCUCCCCACCUGUCCCAUUCAGAUGUACAUUUGAAUUCUUUCCCCCCCCACCGGCAGCACUAUGGGGUUGGUUGGUCUUCCAGAGUAAUUAAUAGGGCUGGGUAAUAUCUGAUUUUCAACACUGCAAUAUAUCACCAGCUAAACAUUGCAGUAUUUCAAUAUACUGUAUCAAGUUGUCUGAAAUGAGGCUGGAGCUUAUAAUAAUCUGGGGAAAUACUGAAUUUUAUUUUAUUUUAUUUGAUGUGUAUAAUUAAAUGAAAUUUUACUCUGAUUGCAUGCUUGACUAAACCAUUAAAGAUUUCUGGAGAAUAUAUUACUGUUCUGUUAUGGGCUUUAUAUGUCCAUAGUAACACCUUGAACUUGACCUGGUAACAAAUUGGGAACUGGUGCAGAUCGGUGUUAGAAACUCAGUUAGACAAUCUAGGUGCCACAUGGUGCCUGAAAACUAGGUUACAGGUGCAAUAACAGGAUGUCUAGGCCAUUUUUAUGUAUAACAAGAUUACAAAGCUGAAAAUGAAUGAACUCUAGCUAAAAUCUUAUGUUCAUUUUUAAUAUGGUCUUGUCCUCAUUGGAAGACAAAGUCAUGCUUACCCUGCCCGCCCCCUAAUAUUCUUUUUUAAAAUAAUGGUUUUUAUUAGUUUUCAAUUAUUAAACUCCAAUAACAGCCACAUUUUAUCAAUAUCAUAUUACAAUAUCAUUCCCAUCCAAAUAUAGAUCAAUUAUACAGCCAAUUAUAAAUUUUGAGUGACUUCCUGUGUGCUGGGUUUUGGGAUGCAAAGUUCUUAUUUUCCCCUGCUUCCAAAAUCUUAGUUAAUCCAGUUGCAUUAAGUCCUGAUCUUGGUCCUUUAUCCAUAGCUACAGAGUUCUUGACUUCCAUUCGUGUUGAGAUAUUUAAUAAAAAGAUUUUUUCCCCGCAAGGAGAGUUCUGUAUCCUGUAAAUUCUCUGUGUGAGAUGUUUAUUUUCCCAUUUGCUUCUUCAUUGUUCUAAUCAUGUCCUGCAGCAGCAUCUCUUCUUCCGCUUUUCCAAUCUUUCUCUUCUUCUGCUGAAAUUCUAGCUGCGUCAUUAUGCCAUCUUUGUUGUUGGUGUCUGAGUAAGGGAGUAAUCUGGUUUCCCGCUGUAGCUCUGGGCGAAAUUCCAGUUCUCCUCCCAAUUCUUAGAUUUCUUAACAAUCUGGCGCCGCGCCAGGUCCGAAUUGCCGUCCAGUGGAAGUUAGAUGCUUUAAAUCAUUUCAGUGUUCUCACACAGUUCUAUUUUUAUAUUAAUACAUAAAUAUAAUUCUCUUCUCUUUUUCUCUUCUUGCUUUUUAUCAAUUUGUUAUCGUUUAGGGGGAGGUUUGCCAAAUCAUUUAUAUAGAAAAUAUAGUAUAUGUAAAAAAGGGUAAAAAACCCCCUCCUCCCUCACGUACCGUAUUUUUCAGUGAAGGAAAUUUUUCCAGUUCAAAAUGUUGCAGCCCAGUAAUGGGAUUCACUUGGCAGUUUAUAAUCUUGUCCUCUUCAUUCUGCACCUGUCUGUAAAUUAGAGCCAAUUUCAUCCUAAUAAACAGAAGCACCUCUGCUUUUCAUGGCUGCGUGGGGGGGGGGGGUUACUGUUAUGCGAAGCGCUUUUACACUCAGCUUCUACUGCCUCUUGGGUUCCAUACCAGAGCGAGAGCCACUUAUCAAGACGAUCUACAAGUGAAGCUCACUCCCCCCGGGCCCUGGGGGAGCUUGCAAGGACAAUUACUCCCAAAUCAUCCUUGUUUUCUUCCGCAAAUGAUCUCUGCUAGCAUGGGAGCUGCAUCCAUUAAGGCAGGAAGCACCGGAAGUCUGCCCCCCUAAUAUUCUUAAGAGGGUCCCUUCUCCAGUCUUCAAAGAGUGACUGGAAGUGGGGAAGCAGAAAAAUUCUUCCUACAUCCCCUUUCCUUCAUAUUAAUACUGUAUUUACUCGAGUCUAAUGUGCCAUUGAAUCUAAUGUGCACCUCAGUUUUAGGAACAUUGAAACAAAAAAUAUUUGCUGGUGACUGUAAAAGUAAAGGGACCCCUGACCAUUAGGUCUAGUCGUGGCCGACUCUGGGGUUGCGGCACUCAUCUCGCUUUAUUGGCCAAGGGAGCCGGCGUACAGCUUCCGGGUCAUGUGGCCAGCAUGACUAAGCCGCUUCUGGCAAACCAGAGCAGCACACAGAAAUGCCGUUUACCUUCCCGCCGGAGCAGUACCUAUUUAUCUACUUGCACUUUGAAUUGCUUUCGAACUGCUAGGUCAGCAGGAGCAGGGACCGAGCAAUGGGAGCUCACCCCACCACGGGGAUUUGAACCGCCGACCUUCUGAUCAGCAAGUCCUAGGCUCUGUGGUUUAACUCACAGCGCCACCCGCAUCCCUUGGUGACUGUAAAUGUGCCAUCAAAUCUAACGUGCACCUUGAUUUUCACAACAUAAUUUGGCCAAAAUGGUGAGCAUUAGAUUUGAGUAAAUAUAGUAUAUCUUUCUAGCACAACAACUAACACAUAUUACAGGCCUACACAACUGACAGCAGAGACACCCACCUUAAGUGUACAGUUUGCACAACCCAAGACUUCAGUGCCCCUCAGUGACCCCAACCCAACACUGCUUUAGAUUUUAAGCACCGCUGUGAGAGUGAAUUAGGCAACACUUUAAAAUGUGCUGCAUUUCCCCCCAAGAAAAAUUCACUCCCAUCCUUUAUUUAAAACUUACAAAAGUUAGAAUACUGAAACAGCUUAAAAUUACCUCAAUUCAAAGUGUGUGUUGUGGAUGUAUAUAUAUUCUGUACCCCAUCUUGUAUGAACGGGCAGGAUACAGACAUUAUUACUUUUUAAGAAUUGUUCUAUUAAAGAUUUUAUUGGAUUACAAAAGAACAUACGUCACCUCUGUUUUCAGAUCAUAAAGUCCUUUCUAUAGAUCAUAGAUUCCCUGGAAAAGACCUGAUGUUGGGAAAGAUGGAGGGCGCAAGGAGAAGGGGACGACAGAGGAUGAGAUGGUGGGACAGUGUUCUCGAAGCUACCAGCAUUAGUCUGACCAAACUGCAGGAGGCAGUGGAAGACAGGAGUGCCUGACGUGCUCUGGUCCAUGGGGUCACGAAGAGGCGGACACGACUAAAUGACUAAACAACAACAUAGAUCAGUUAUAUUCGACGUGAGACUUUAAUGUGGUAUACAGUAUAAGGUUGGGGGAGGAGAGAGAAGGGAGGUGGAUAGUAAACUUUCAUUCUUUAUAUCCAUUUAUUAAUUUUCAUUGGCAUUGAGAGAGGCUGGGGGCCCCAGAGCGUGGUGGCCUGCCUUCAGUUGACUGCAGUGGGAUCUGUUUGUGUGUAUGAGGGUGUGUGGGGUUCUUGGGUCAAGUUAGCCAUAUUGAUUCAUAUGCUGUUGGUGGGUUCUUCUUCUUGUCCUGUUGGGCUGUGUGUGUAAUAAAAGGGAGCCACACCGGGGUGAAAGCGUCCUCUACUUCGUUGUUUAGUCGUAUCUGACUCUUAGUGACCCCAUGGACCAGAGCAUGCCAGGCACUCCUGUCUUCCACUGCCUCCUGCGGUUUGGUCAAACUCAUGCUGGUAGCUACGAGAACACUGUCCAACCAUCUCGUCCUCUGUCGUCCCCUUCUCCUUGCGCCCUCCAUCUUUCCCAACACUAGGGUCUUUUCCAGGGAGUCUUCUCUUCUCAUGAGGUGGCCAAAGUAAUGGAGCCUCAGCUUCAAGAUCUGCCCUUCCAGUGAGCACUCAGGGCUGAUUUCCUUCAGAAUGGAUAGGUUUGAUCUUCUUGCAGUCCAUGGGACUCUCAAGAGUCUCCUCCAGCACCAUAAUUCAAAAGGAUCAAUUCUUCGGCGAUCAACCUUCUUUAUGGUCCAGCGCUCACUUCCAUACAUCACUACAGUGGUACCUUGGGUUAAGUACUUAAUUCGUUCCAGAGGUCCGUACUUAACCUGAAACUGUUCUUAACCUGAAGCACCACUUUAGCUAAUGGGGCGUCCUGCUGCCACCACGCCGUCGGAGCAUGAUUUCUGUUCUCAUCCUGAAGCAAAGUUCUUAACCUGAAGCACUAUUUCUGGGUUAGCGGAGUCUGUAACCUGAAGCGUAUGUAACCUGAAGCGUAUGUAACCCGAGGUACCACUGUACUGGGAAAACCGUAGCUGUAAGUAUACGGACCUUUGUCCGCAAGGUGAUGUCUCUGCUUUUUAAGAUGCUGUCUAGGUUUGUCAUAGCUUUUGUCCCACGAAGCAGGCAUCUUUUAAUUUCGCGACUGCUGUCACCAUCUGCAGUGAUCAUGGAGCCCAAGAAAGUAAAAUCUCUCACUGCCUCCAUUUCUUCCCCUUCUACUUAAACCACCAUAAACUUGCUGGCGGGAGGGCCCAAGAGCCCUCCCACCACCUUCUCAAAGCCUGAGAAGCCCCUCCCCAUCCACCCUCACAAGCCACUGCCUGCUAGUAUAUUUCAAAUUAAAAGCAUAUCACACAUUAAAAGUACAUUAAACAAGGCAACUAAAACCUAAACCCAACGUCUUUGUAUUCUGGACAGCACAAGCUCAGGGAAGGAAUUUUAAUCUCCAAAUACCUCGAUAGACACUAUCUGAUAUUGCAACAACUUUUUGGACUCGCCAGCCGUCCUAACACUGGGAUGUUACUGCCAAAUACAGCCUGACUCCCCCACUACACGCACAGCUCUCCCUAAGUGCCACCUAACCCCUAAGUCCACUCUUAACUCUUUCUUCUGCCAGAAGACCUUUAGAUAAACUCUUACCUGCUUCCCACCCAAAUAAGACUCAAAACAACCAUCAUGCCCACCCAUUCAAACGUUCCCUUUCUCCUCCCCAAGCCAACUUUCAUCGCCCUUCCUGCUCCUUCUGUGUCUCCUUGGCACUUGUAAUAGUUGCUAGCUUGAAGAGCCCACCCCACUGCCCCAUGCAUUCGUAGGAACACAGAGCCUGCGGGGAAUGCCAGCCUUCAGAGCUGACAUGACGAGAGACAUGGUGGGGGAGCCACACGCAGAGAGAGACGGGCAGAAGUGAGGAAGGAGGUUAAACAUGCUGCCUGCAUUACAGAGGAAAGUUCCUGUAGGUGUCUGUGCUCUUCGGAAAGUUCCCAGGCAGACUGGUGGCUUUCGUCAGCCACCUGCCCUUGUGGUUUGCUGCUGCCUGCAGGAGGCAGGGGAGAGCUGAGCCAGCCGCAGAAAUCUUGAGCGACGAGACACAUCAUGAUUAGUGAUACAUUUCCAGGGUAUUAUUAUGAAACUGGUUAUCACGAUGUGAGUUUCAUAUUGGGUUUUGGACAAGUGUAUCAAUGCACAUUGGCCAGCCCUAGUAAUGAAAGCACCUGGUUUGAAAGCUGGGACUAAAGCCAUUGAUGCUGUUGUUUGGGAAAGGGUGUUGCUUCUAUACCUUUUCCAAAAAAGGUUUUGCUCUGUUUGAACUUGGAAAUUCAAGAAAUAUGUGUGGAAAGAAAUGCACAUGGGAAACCUGCGACAGUGGAAUAAAGGGAUUUUUUUCAAUGGAGGACGGGAGCCUUUGGAUCCAGUCUCCCAUUCCUAGAUCUGGAAGGAUAGGGAUGCUCACAUGACAUCUCAUGGGAACUUGGAUGGCCCUGCGAGAUUUCACGACAGCAUCCCAGAACCAUCAUGCUGAGAGGGAAAGCCCAGCAUUAAAAGAAAUGUUAAGCUCUCUGCUUUGCUUGCAUUAGCCUGCAGAAUUUCAACCAGCUGUCCUUCAACUGCAUAGGGUCACUCUUUCACACAGCACACUGAAAGUAGAAUAGAUUUUUUCUCCAUUUACCGGUAUUCUAUUUUUCUAAGUGCAGGGAGCUUUAUGUGGAAAGAGCAUUUCUUUUUCUGGAAUUUUCUGGCACUCAAGAUUUUUGCCCAUCAGAGAAUGUUGCAGACGAAGACCUUAAAAAAAAUCCCAGGCCGUAUAAAUCUCGCUGUAGUUUUUAAAUUAGUUCCAGCCUUUUGUGUUAUUAUUUGCGCUUUACUUUUAAUCUUAAUAUUCAUUUUUAGUCAGUUUUUAAUGCUACACCACUUUUUAUUUUAUUAGUCCCUUUAUUUAUUUAUUAAACUUUUUUGUUUUUAUUCUGUAAGCUGCCCAGAGAACACUUGUUACAGGGCAGCCUAUAAAUGUCAAAAAUAGAAUGAAUAAGUAAAUAAUGCAACUGAUGAUCUUUUCAUUGUAUGGCUCUUUAGAAUACCCAUUAGCAUUCACAGUCAAUACUGGCUUGGAGUAGGGGGGUGCAAUAAAAAUAUUUUAUUGUCUUGCAUGUUGUCCAUUCUGCACAUCUUUAGUUGAACACAAGAGGGCAGACAGAAUGUUGCACAUUCCUUUAUUCCUUCCAAUAUAUGGGUUGCUGCCUUGUUGAUAGCAUUUUCCCAUUUCCCUUUAUUGCAGCCAUCAGGACGUUGCUGAAAAUGAACAAUGUAGCUGAGGUUUUUUCCUUCUUUCUCUUAGCAUUUCACAAUAUGGAGACAGGGCUAUAAAUGUGUCAGUGCAACAUUGCAUAGGUAGUGGAGUUACAGGAUUUAAAAAAUAAAACAAACCUAAAAGUGAAAUACUGUGUUUCACUCAAACAGAUUAAUAUUCUGCUACAGUUUUGCAUUUUUCUGUGCCUGCACACAACCCUGAAAACUUGAAGUUUUUUUCCUUCUUGAGAAGAAAACAAAACUCGUAUGUAUUCCCAAAGUUAUUUUAACACUUUACUACACAUGAAACAUUUUCAACAUAAAGAGGGGAAAUUGGUCUCCCUAAAGGCUCCUGAGAGAGACUUGCAUCACAGGAAGAGUCCAGGGUGUUUUCUAAGGUCUGCUUUGUGCUGGCAGGUGGCUAACUUGGAGUUUUCCUUUCAUGCAUCCAGAUACAGCGAUACCUCGGGUUACAUAUGCUUCAGGUUACUGACUCCGCUAUCCCAGAAAUAUUACCUCGGGUUAAGAACUUUGCUUCAGGAUGAGAACAGAAAUCGUGCUCCGGCGGCAGCGGGAGGCCUAUUAGCUAAAGUGGUGCUUCAGGUUAAGAAUGGACCUCUGGAACGAAUUAAGUUCUUAAUCCGAGGUACCACUAUGUAAGGCCAACAUCUUUUCUCUCAUGAGAUGUAUUGCACUGUGAUCAUGGUAAAUAAUGAUAAACUGUGCUUAUUUUUGCUUUCCUGAGUCCUCCCUCCAAGCUACUAAUCCAUCACACGCAGGCACUGAUCGGGUUCCCAGGCUUUUUGGCUUCUUCUCUGGCACCAGAUACAGAACCUCAAAACAUGGCGUGUUCUCUUCCUCCCCCACCUACAUCCAGAAUUAGACAUGGUUGUUUAGUAAUAUGCCUUUCCUACACUCUACAUGAGGACAAAGGAAGGCUUAAUGCAGGUCAGAUUGAAGAUCAGUCUCAUGGCAUGUGGCCUGGUUCACACAUCAUGUAAUGACACAAGCAUGCUGGCUUCCAAAGAGGAGCACGUCUCCACUUUAUUACUGACUACAAAUCAUGGUUAUGGAGACUACAAAUCAUGGUUAAGGAGAUUAACCACAAUCCUGAGUUCCAACCCUAAACCAGAGCUUUCUGUGCUGAGGUGAAGGACCAUGGAUGAACAUAGCAACCGCAGUCUUCUUCCUGCAUCAUUCAAACUAAACCAUCAUUUGGCCUAGCAUUACAUGCAGUCAUAGGCGUUGAGUGACUUUAAUUCAUUCUUGGCUCUUAUCUUCUACUUUUGGUACCUUUUGAAUCCUGAAUCUUGGACUUGUUACUGAAAGAAGCCAAACCUGGAACCAUCGUUUAUAAACCUGAUUUGUUUCAAUGAACCAUAGUUCAGAUUAACCACAGUUUGGUUUGGACAAUAAUGCUAAUUGCAGCUAAUUGAAAACGGAGGUGAAAUGUCUGAUCCUGUGCCAGUAGGGGAGAAUAUGUGUUGGAGGCUCAGAGAUGGGAGAGUUGAGAAGAUGGAAAAUGGAAGCAGACAAGUAACUGUAAAUCAUGUUAAGCUUUAGUGAAGCUUAAACCAAGGUGGGCAUUCUAAAUGAUUGUUAAUAAAAACCACAAUUGGUGUUAUGUCUUGACUGAGCCUAUAUCUCUAAUGUUGUGUACUAGCUGUGAAUAUUUACCAGUGUUUCUGCAAUUGGUGGGGAGUUCACUUCUUACAUCAUUUUGUCCCUUCUCUCCCAACCCAGAUUUGGCCCACAGUCUCCUGGGGGGUCAGCCUUAAUCAAGGCAGGCUUCAGAAUGUUUGGUUCAUUAUGUAUUGUGCAACUUGCAUGCUGGGAAACCAAAAUGAUGCUUCAUAAUAAUCUUUAUUUAAUUUCAGUUUCAAAUGCAUCACAGUUUGCUGGAGUUAUUCACUGGAUCAGUCUAGUUAUCCUCUCUGUGUUCUUUUCAGAGGUAAGUGACAUGUGAAAGUAAGUGACAAAGGACAAUAUGACUGAAAAACUGGUUACUUCCUUAGGAAAUGUGUUCAGUUGUAUAUCUAGGCACCUAAAUUGCCUUAGUUACCUCAGAACUGCAAUACCUCAAGGACUGCAUCUUUCCAAAUGAACCUACACAAACCCUGAAAUCAUCUUCUAAGGCCCUUCUUCAUGUUUCGCCUCCUUGAGAGGUCCAGAGGGUGGCAACAUGAGAAUGGGCCUUUCUGCAGUGGCUCCCCAUCUGUGGAAUGCUCUCCCCAGGGAAGUUUGACUGGUGCCUUCUCAGGAAAUCUGGCUACUUGUUUAUAACUGCAUUGAAGGCCCUACUUUAGAGUCCUUCAUCACAGAUGUGGCAGAAGGUUAUUCAAAGGAUGCCCUUUUUCACAGUGGCAUCUAUGUUUUGAAACUUCUUCACAGGAGAAGGAUGAUCUGCCCCCUUGCUAGUAGCCUCUUGACAGCAAGUCUUAUUCCAGAGGGCAUUUGGAACCCUCUAAGCUGUUUUUAGCAGAUUUGUGGGGGCUGUUGGUAAGACUGGGUUUUAAUUAAUAUUUUCUGCAAUGCUAUUUAACAUGUUUGCUACUUGAUGAUGAGCCUCCUCAAGAUGGACAGAUGUGAGGAUAAAUGAAUAUUAAAUUCUUCUUAAUAUUUCCAAUUAUGUAUCUCUCUACAUUGGGGAAUUCAGAAGGUUGCAGCCAUAAGAAUUUGUAGACCAUGUCCUAGAACAAAGGCUUUCUGGUGUGGUCACAUUCUAAUUAUGCUAUACAGUGGUACCUCGGGUUACAGACACUUCAGGUUACAGACUCCGCUAACCCAGAAAUAGUACCUCAGGUUAAGAACUUUGCUUCAGGAUGAGAAGAGAAAUCGUGCUCUGUCGGCGUGGUGGCAGCAGGAGGCCCCAUUAGCUAAAGUGGUGCUUCAGGUUAAGAACAGUUUCAGGUUAAGAACAAACCUCCAGAACGAAUUAAGUUCUCCACCCGAGGUACCACUGUACAGUUCAAAAAGGAUGCCAUACAACUGGAAAAAGUUCUGAAUGAGCAAAAUUUGGGCCCCAGGAAUGGAAGAGCAGUUUUCUUGGAAGGAACACUAAAGUGGGAAAAGUAGAAGGCUAAGAGGAAAAUAUAUAUUAAUACCAUGCAUAAAGUGGAGAAAAUGGAUAAAGAAAUGACUGUUCCUCCUUUUCCCAUAACAAUGAUUUUGAUUUGGGGUUAGAUUCAUUAUUUUUUAUGGUAAUUGGGAACCUGUUGUUUGUGUUUUGUUGUCAGGACUUAUUAAUGUGAAUUGUUUGAGGGUUGGUCAGUCUCAGUGCAAUUUGAUAUUUGGUGUGUUUGGUCUGAUGUGUUGACUAUAGACUUAUUUAAGGUUUUCCUUCAUAUCUUGUAUAGUUUGGGCUGAUACAUUUUGCCGUUACUGUGGAUUUUGACUCAGUAUUGUUAUUGCUAGGGUUUAAUUCAAAUUAUUAAAUGAAGUGUUCAGACUUCAGAGCAGUUCUCACCUUGUCCAGAGACUAUUAGAGCAGGUGAGUCUCCUUCACACCUGAAUCCCUGCUGGCUUCUGCCAGGGGUGGCUGUGCUGGCUCCAUGCAGUAGAGGGGUCUUGAUUGGGCCCCUCACCUGGCAGGGGAUCACCAUUGAUUUAAGUAGAUCCUUAACUGGCUCAGCUAUGCCCCAUACUUUAGUGUAUUAUUGGAUUUAGUUUAUUAAUGUUAAAAGAGGUGUAGAAUAUCCUGGGUGUGUUUGUGUGUUUCUACACUAGUAGCCAAAAUUGUGGAAACCUUUUGGAGAAAGUGGAUUUCCGAGGUUUGAUGGCUCAUACCACUUUUUUGGGGGAGUAGUACCAUAACAUUAUGCAUCAAUGGAAAGAUAAUUUAAUAAAGAAUGUAAUGCAACAAAGUUUAUUCAAUUAUCCGUAUUCUAUCAAAAAUUAUAGCCAAAUAACCAGAAAAAGGAGUGUUUAGAGAGCCAAUCAGGUGUCAUCUUGUUUUGGCAAUGAUGGCUUAUAACACCACUUUUUUUUGGAGUAAUACCAUAAAAUUAUAUAUCAAUGGGAAGAUAAUUUAAUGAAGAAUGUAAUGCAAUAACUUUUAUGAAGGAUUAUUUAUUACAACAGCAGUCAAAAAGAAGAAACAUGAAACACAUAGAAAAAAAUGAGAUAUACAAAAAUUCUCCCUAUGUCAGUUAAUACUUAGUUGGGCAACCUUUAGCCUUCCCAUGGAGUGAACCAAAUUUUUUAGUUUUGCAUCAGUAAAAAUGUGAAAUCAAAAUUGAAUUAUUGCCUCUAUUAAUUGGGUUUUAUUGCUGGGUUGCUUCUGACUAACAAGUUUCUUUAGUCGGCUCCAUACAUUUUUGAUUGGGUUAAAGUCUGGGAUAUGUAUUUGGGGGCAUGUACAUUCCCAUUAAUGACGCAAAUUCUGCCCACACCUUUUGCUGUCAUAUGACCCCAGAUCGUAACACUAACUGGGUGUUUCAUAGUAGGUGUAAUGCAAGUAGGAUGUAAAUCAUCUCCAAUUCUUCUCACAUAUUUCAUGCCAUCACUACCAAGCAAGAAGAUUUUGGUGUCAUCACUCCAAAUAAAACUGUCCCAUUGUUCCGCUGUCCAGUUAGCAUGGGUUUUAGCCCAGUUUAAUCUUUUAAACCUUUGUUUGAGAGAUAACAAUGACAUUUUCCUUGGAAUUCUGGCAUUUAGACCAUAUUCCUGCAGUCUGCACCGAACAGUCCUUACACUCAACUUCACAUUACAUUGUACCAUGUCAUCUUGUAUACACCCAGAUGAUUUUUUCUGUCAUGUAGGCACAGUCUCUCAAUUCUUCUAUCAUCACUUGCUGUUGUGCACCUUUUCCUGCCCUUACCAGUCUGAUUUUGUAGUGACCGAGUCUCCUUAUAUCUUUUCAAAAAUUUAGAAAUGCCACCUUUGGUUAAGUUUCCCCAAUUUUUCUUCUAUUUUCUUCAUAACUGUAGCCAUGUUUGCUUAAUAGUACUAUUUUACAUGGCUUUCUGGGUGACCAGUCAACUCUUUGCAGCAUUUCUUUAAUUUUAUUACAUUUUACAAGCUUACCAAAUGAAAGAACACAAAAACCCCAACCAACUUGAUAGCAAUCACAUAACACACUGACAAAUGCCCUCCUCUCAGCUCCAGUACAUAACAUCAAUAGCUGAAUCUUACUGUGACCUGAUUGGAUCAUUGCCAAAACAAGAUGACACCCGAUUGGCUCUCUACACCCUCCUGCUCAUUGGCUACAUUCAAAUGAAGGAAAGCUACUGCAUAUCAACCUAAGCAAGUUGUGCUUCCUUUUUCUGGUUAUUUGGCUAUAAACUUUGAUAGAAUACAGAAAAUUGAACGAACUUUGUUGCAUUACAGUAUUCAUUAAAGUAUCUUUCCAUUGAUAUAUAAUUUUAUGGUAUUACUCCAAAAAAAGGUUGCCACAAUUUUGGCCACUCAUAUCUGUGACAACAGCAGGUUUUUGAGAUACUAUGGAACAUCUUGAUAAUGGAAAAACUGAGGUUCAAAUUGCCUCUCAGCCUAACUGAUAUCACAGGGUUCCUCCUGUCCUGAUUGAGGCUUAAGAUGCACGUGGUUUCAGAGCAGGAUCUCCCUAAAUGUGCUGAGGGGGAGGGGAACAAAUUGCACAGAUGAACUUAAGAGGAUGCCCUGGUGAGUCUCUAUAGAUUACACAGAGAAGGUCAUAAAUAGCCACAUUUAUUGACAGAGAUUUCCUUUUUUCCCAUUAUUACUCGAAGUGUUGGAAAUGGGUGGUUUGGUCAAUCAAGACCAGAAUUAUAGGCCUCUGGAGCAUACUGAAGUGCUUACUUAUGACACUUCAGGUGCUUAGUUGGGUGUAUUAUUCUCCUGUGAUCCUCCAACUUCUUCCCCACUCCUCACCUUGCUGUCAGAAUUUAUUUUGUAAGCUGCUUGGGGCAAAGACCUGCUCUCUUCUGUUCAGUUGGAAGCACAAUACAUAUCAGAGGUGCAGUAUAGAAUCUGUGGAUUCUAAUAUUACUAUAAUGUUCAAGGAUUAUUAUCUCAAUAUGUAAUGAGUGAUGCCUGAGUAGAAGUGCCAUAAAAUUCUUGCAUUUGCUCCUUGGUUGAUGCUGAACUCACCAGAAACCCUUCUGCGCUAGGAGAAAAGGCAGAGGAAUGUGUGGGGUGGCUGAAAACACCCUGCGUCAGUUCUGACAGGAUCCCCGUCUCAGUGUGCCUUACACUUUCCCUACCUCUAUUUUUACAAUAGCGCAAAAGCCAGCAAAGAUACCAGUUUACAUAGAUAAAACAAGAGAAGAGAGAAACCAGUUAUAAUUGAAAACACUAUUGUAACUGAAAAUAUAGAUAUAUAAAACAUGUCUGUAUUUGAGCAUGUAAACCAAUCUCUUAUAACAUUAAAAAGCCACGUUUUGAUAAAGUAUCAAAUUUUCUCUGCAGUAUUCAGUAAAUAGUUUCCAAUUUGCUAAAAAGUUACUUUACAGUUAGCUCCCCCCCCUUACUCUCCUCUUCCUCCAAGGAGCUCAGGGAAGCGUUGUGUAGUGGUUAGGAGCGGUGGACUCGUUAUCUGGGCAACCAGGUUUGCGUCUCCGCUCCUCCACCUGCAGCUGCUGGGUGACCUUGGGCCAGUCACACUUCUCUGAAGUCUCUCAGCCCCACUCACCUCACAGAGUGUUUGUUGUGGGGGAGGAAGGGAAAGGAGAAGGUUAGCCGCUUUGAGACUCCUUCGGGUAGUGAUAAAGCGGGAUAUCAAAUCCAAACUCCUCUUCUUCUUCCUCUUCUUCUUCUUCUUCUUCUUCUUCUUCUUCUUCCCCCUCUUCAUUUUAUCUCUACAACCUUCCCAUGCGGUUGGCUAGAGUGAGAGAUAGAGUGGGUGACCCAAGGUCAGCCCAGCAAGUUUAUGAGGAUUUGGACCUGGAUUUUCCCUGUCCUCUGUGAUCCCUCUAACCACUACUCCAUGCUGGUUCUGCAGAAUGGCCUCCGUCCAGAAGGCUUACAUUUAACAUUAGGCAGAGAAGAUCACUUUUUAUUGAAUACUGCAGAGAAAGUUCUAUAUUUGCUCAAUCAAAAUGUGGUUUUGUAUAUUAAAACUAUUGUAAAUCAAUAAAAUAUCUGGGUUGGGGUCACCAGAUAAAAGCAGCUGCAACUGUCUUCUAUUACUGGCAUUUUUGUGUGAAGGGAAUGUGUGCUAAAUCCUGAUAUUGUUCAAAUUCACUUGCUUCUUUCACUGACCGUUGCAUGACGGAUUGAAACAGCAAUCCCAGUGAAUCGUUUUCCCCCCAAUUUUCUACAGCUCUAGUACUUGAUGCUCUUCUGUCAGCAGCAGAUAUGUACUAUGAAGAGGCCAGCCAUCUGUGAAGUGUUUCGCAUGAAAGAUGCUUGAUAAUCCUGUCUAUUGUAUAAAGAAAAUAUUACCAACAGCAAAAUCAUUUUCUCACAUCAGUUCAGCUAUCUGUAGCCUUUUUUCACAUAGGAGAGGAGAGGAGAAAAGGGAAUAUCCCUGUUGUCCUGUGUCUGUUCAGGGUUUGGAAAAAUGUUAUAUUCUACCCUUCAACUAUUAUUUAUUCAUGACAUUUAUAUCCCAAGGAGCUCAAGGGGGCCUAUAUGGGCCUCCCCAUUCUUCACUUACAACAACCCUGUGAGGGUAGGCUGAUACCACAGAUGCAUUUGCCUAAGCAAUGGCUAAAGGAAAUUCACAGGUAGCAAAAGAGGUAUAACCAGCAUAACACAUGAAGAAACUGUACAUCUGCUAUUUUUGAAGACAUUGUUUGAUCCGUUAUAACGAAAGUAGUACCAGCCUUCAGGCACUUGGCAUCAAGCACUCUCAGUCUGUUGUUUUAGAAAGCUGUUGUGGUGAUUUGAGAUGUUCUGAUGUCAUGAAACGUUCAUCAAAUUUCUAGUUCAUGUGGCAUAAGAGCAAGGUCUGAUCUAUACAUUCAGCAGAAUGACAUGAUAAACAGCUUCUUCUUCAUUGCCCUGGAGACCCCCCAAAAGAUCAAGAAAACGUGUAUUCCUGUACAUGCACCACAACUAAUAACAACUGAUGACAUCCGUAGAACAUAUUAUUAAGUGAUCCACAGGUCACUUAAUGAGUGAACUCUGGAGAGUUUGUAAAGUUAUGGAGUGGUAGAACGAACUGUACUGAUUUGGACUGUAGAUGGGGGGUGCCACUUUUAAAUGCUCUCUUUCAUGUUAAAAAGAAAUCCUUGCAAGUAAAAUAACAGUACUAGCCCACAGGGAGCUGGCUGUCGUGCUUCCUCCUCCUCCUGUUUUACAUAGAGCAAGGUAGAACCGAGAGAUGGAGACAAGGAGAAAUGUGGAAAGAAUAUGAAUUGACACCCCCCCAUGUUCCUCAUUCCUUUCCUCCAUUGUCUUCCAUGUUGUACUUUGGAUUCUACGGGCCUUGUCCACAUGUGCUUUGUGAAGCACUGCUCACCUUCAUGCUCUUACAGUAUAUCAAUAAUUAUGCUACAAGUGUGCAAGAUUCUUAAUUUUACACUUUUUCUUACACCUGCUGCCUCUUUCUGUCAACAGUGUUGACUCCAUCCCUGUUUCUACUUUCUCCCAGAAUGGAGAAUAUUUUGACAUAACUUGCAACUUUUUCACAUUUUAGGGUCAACAGGGAAACCUACAUUUACCUGAUACACUUACAAUGUGACAAUGAACUUAUAAAACACACUUCCCACAGAAAAGUUAAGCAUUUGAAAUUUUUAAAAAAACUUUUCUGCUCCACAGGACUGAUUUUCUCCAUUUUGUUACAAAAAGUUAUUAAUGAUUAACAAUGCUAAUGAUUUAUGAUUUUCUCUGUCUUCCCUCUUCCCACAUAUCUUUUUAUUAGACUGUUUUGAGAAUAGUGGUUCUUGGUAUAUGGGACUACAUUGAAAAUAAAAUAGAGGUAAGCAAAACCUCUGUUUUUAUAUUUAAUAGCACCUCCAUCCUUUGCAACACACUGUGCUGUGUUACUGUUUUCAUUAAUUUACUCAACGUAUAUUCUGCCUUUCCUCUCGAAGAAGCCCAGGGAGGCAAAUACAUCAGUACUAAAAACAGUUUAAAAGGCUUCUAAAAACAGUUAAAAACAUUCUCCCAGCCAGUGAUAUAUCAAGUUUGCCAAGAAGAGUAUCUUUCAGCCAUCUGGGUGAAGAGGAAUAUUUUUAGCUUCCUUAAUUAGCAAUUAAAGAACACUGGAAAAUGAUUAGUUGUACUUAACCUUAUUGUAGUACUUUUGGAGACUUAUUGGUAGCAAGGAAUGCUAAAGUUCUGUUCCAUGUAUGAAGCUGCCUUGUGUCAUGUCCUGUUACUUGUCCAUCCAGCCCAGGAGUGGCUCUCCAGAGUCUUGGGUCAUCUCAUUUGCCACCUGAUCCUUUCACCUGGAGAGCCCUUGGUCCCUCCUCAACUCUAGUGAUUGCCGCAAUAGGACUAGAUUCUGUAGCCCACUAAGAAAGUCCUCUGUCACUAACUAACUAACUAACUAACUAGGAUUGUUUCGUCUUUCUUCUAGUCACUCCUCUCUCAGCCGAGCUUAAUUUCAGAUGCCCUAGAUGCUGACUUCUGAUAUUUGUGCAGUUUAUUAUUAAUUUUAAUGAGUAUAGUUCAUACACUGGUAAUUAGUGGCUGCAUUUGCUCAUCUUACUAAGCCAUCGUGUGAUUUUGAUAAACCAUAGUUUGCUUUCAUCUAGAUCUGGAGAUCUUAACUACGGCUAGUUUAAAUCAGGAGUGGGGAGCAUGUAGAUGUUGUUGAACUCUCAGCCCCCGUCAUCCCCAGCCAGCAUGGUCAAGGAGAAUGGGUUGCAGUCCAGCAGCAGCUGGAGGGGCCACAGUCCUGAUUUAAACAGCCUAGUUUCAGUAAUUAUGGGUUGAAAUUGGCUUGUUUAAAACUCACCGUAGUUAAUGUUAACCACAGUUCGUCUGUCCAAACAACAUGACAAGCUACAGUGAAAUAAAGUGGUAGUGAAAGCUUCUGGAUUGCUCCUCCCAGCUGUGGAACAGGGAGAGCCGCACUAUGUGCAAACAUGGCUCAUGUGGGGUGCCUUUGUUUAAUGGGUGGAGAGCUGCUUUGGCCCCAGAAACUGAGCAUGACUUGACCUUGAAUCAAUAACCCUCUGAAUGGCUUGGGACAAGUGCUGAAUGCCACUAAGACACGCAAACCAUUCUAAGUACCACAGUAUGAUGCAUUGCUGCAUAGUUCUCCAGUGCAAUGGCCCAUUUCAGGAGGGAAACUGUUAAGUCUUAUUAAUACAAUAAAACUCAUUUAGCUGAUCCUCGAUUAGUAUCUUACUGAGAUUCAGGUGCUACUGCAGAUGUUUGACAAAAAGCUUAUCUGAUGCAUCCAAACGUUUAUCCCCAGUUAAAAAUGAGACAGUAAUAAUAUCCGUGACAUCAAUAGAAAAGAAAGAAGCCAGAAGGAGGAGUGGUUUGACUCGGACUUGUGUUUGCUUUGGUGAAUGCAUUUUGAUAUUUGCGUUCGAAAAAGGAGAGAGUAAAAUGCUGUUUGUGAAAUCCUUUUCCUAUUAGGUAUUUGAUGGUGCUGUGAUCAUCUUAUCCUUGGCUCCAAUGGUGGCUUCUACAGUGGCGAAUGGACCAAGCAGUCCUUGGGAUGCUAUUAGCCUUAUUAUCACACUGAGAAUUUGGAGAGUGAAGAGAAUUAUUGAUGGCAAGUUAUCAUUAACUUUUGUAAAGAUUUGUGGAGGUGUAGGAAUUACUUUUUAAAAUAGUCAGUACCUCUUUUCAAGUAGGAAGCCAGAUUUUAGCUGGAUAACCCUCAUUGAUCAGAUGGGGAAAUUACCAGUGUUCCUAUGGCAACUUUUUUUAUAUUGUUCACCAGUUUCCUAGUAGCUGUGGGUUGAGUGGGAACUCUGCACUAAAAUAAUCCCUAAUUUAGUUAGCAGGAACAUUGUGUUGAUUUUUGCAGAGUGUGAAAAUAAAAUGUGUUCAUGUGUAUGUUUUGAAAUUGGGAUAGAGAAUUUUGGGGAAAUAUGCAGGGGAGGGACUAGGGAAGUGUGGGAAUUGUGCUUAACUGUGAAAUCUCAAAAGUAAACCCUGCUGAGUGAAACAGGAAUUACUACUAGGUAAAUAAGUGCAGGGUUGCAGAAUACUAUAUGAAUAUUAUGUAACCAUAGUUAUUAUCUUUAAUGUCCAGUUGAUUUAAAGUAAAGCAAAUCAAGCCCAUUAUUGGAUUUCUCCAACUGAAACUAAUAAGACAUAAAAGUGACCGUUUCAGAAACUUAACUUCUGUUGAAUAGUAGUUGCAUUUAUUAGAUGCCUGACCAUCUUUUCAAAUAAACUCAGAGAUCCCUUUGUUGUGGUUUCUAGCCUACGUAUUACCAGUUAAGGUGGAAAUGGAGAUGGUGAUUCAACAGUAUGAGAAGGCAAAGGUCAUUCAAGAUGAGCAACUGGAAAGACUAACCCAAAUCUGCCAAGAGCAGGGAGUAAGUCAAAACUAUAUUUUCAUUUUAUAAAUGUGUGUCUGUUACGGAUUUUAAUUUGUAUGCUACUUUGCCACAACAUUUUUCACCCAGAAGUGGCUUGCAACACUUCAGAUUAUGCUAGACUCCAACUUUCUCCAACCAACAUGACCAAGGGUUAGAGAUGAUGGGAGUUGUAGUCUGGCAGCAUCCAAAAGACUACAGGUUCCACUAUACAUACUAUGGGGGUUGGGCCAGAGGAUUCAGCACAUGUUUUUCAUACCUGAGAUCUCAGGUGGGAUAGCUGCUAUCUCCAGGUACUCCAGACUUCAGAGGACCCAGAAUAACCUCUGCUAGUCCAUGCAAGCAAUACUGAAUUGGAUGAAGCAGUCGUCUGGGUCAGUGCAAGGCAGUGUCUCCUGCGUUCCUAUGAGGUUUUGCAGAGGGAUCCGAAGGAUAAGAGUGUGAGGCAUCUAUGCCAUUGAAUUGCUGCCUCAUACAGAUAGGAUGAGGGUGAACAAUAAAAGGUGAUUGCAAAGCAUUCAGAGUUAACAGAGCUGUGUAGAUUAUUAAUGACCACCCUUCCUCUCCCCUUCAGUUAAUUCAGGUAGCUUUGUGGUUUUUAUCCUUUUUAAAAAUCAAACCGUAACACUGGAAGUUGAAGAAUUCUUGUUUCCUUUCAACAUGGUAGAUAAUUUGUGAAACGGAUUUUGGUUCCAAUGACUAUACAUUUUCCACUGGCAGCAUUUUUGUUCUGCUUCUUUUUAUUCUUCUUCCCCUUCUUCUGCUUCUACUUGCAAUAAUGUUAAUUUAUUCCUAACAACCAAUCAUUUGCCUGUUUGUUGGAAAGCAGCCCAAAUCACCCUGCCUUUUAUUCUAGUCUAGUUCGCAACUGUCUCUUGGUUUGUGUGGUGUUUGUUUGUUUUUUAAAGAAAUAAUGUUAGCAACAAAGGCCCAAAUUAAUGGAAGUAAACAUUGGAUGGUAUCCCAGCGGCAGAUGAGCAUUCGGGCAUUCCCUCCCAAGAGCACUCACAGAACAGAGCAAAAGGAUGACUGUUGCAUUAGAGAAGAGCAAGCUUCUGCUUUAAAGCUUUCAUUGAUCUCUCCAAGGCUGCGCCAGACAUCCUCUGCCACUGGCUAUUUAAGAGAACUCUAUGAUUCACAGAGAGUUCCAUUCCUCUAUAUAUUUAGUAAAACACUAGACAAGAUGGGGUGGCCCUUUUUAUAUGUCUAGUCAUAAAAGGCUGGUGUUCCCUUGGGUCCCAUACUGGUCCCUGUCCUUUUAUGGGUGUUUAUAAAUAAUUACUUAAUGCAACGCACUGCUGAGGGGGAUUUAUUAUAGUGUAUUUAGUUCUUUGUCUGAGAGGGACUGAAAGCUGCUUCAGAAAAAGGUUUGGGGGAUUUUUGUGUGUGUUUUCUUAUUUAUUUAAUUUAACUGGAUUUAUAAACCAAUCAAUCAUCCAUAACCUGUAGGCAAAGGGAAUACAGUGGUGCCCCGCAAGACGAAUGCCUCGCAAGACGGAAAACUCGCUAGACGAAAGAGUUUUCCGUUUUGGAGGUGCUUCGCAAAACGAAUCUCCUAUGGGCUUGCUUCGCAAGACGAAAAUGUCUUGCGAGUUCCUGUAGUUUUUUUCCCCUUUCCCCCCCUUUUUCUAAGCCGCUUAUCUGCUUAUCCGAUAAGCUGAUAAGCCGCUAAAAGCCGCUAAUAGCGCUAAUAGCGCUAAUCCGCUAAUCCGUCAAUGGGCUUGCUUCGCAAGACGAAAAAAACGCUAGACGAAGAGACUCACAGAACGGAUUCUUUUCGUCUUGCAAGGCACCACUGUAAUAAUAAUAAUAAUAAUAAUAAUAAUAAUAAUAAUUUAUUAUUAUUAUUUAUACCUCGCCCAUCAGGCUGGGUUUCCCCAGCCACUCUGGGCGGCUUCCAACAAAAUAUUAAAAUACAAUAGUCUGUCAAACAUUAAAAGUUUCCCUAAACAGGGCUGCCUUCAGAUGUCUUCUAAAAGUCUGGUAGUAGUUUUUCUCUUUGACAUCUGAUUGGAGGGCGUUCCACGGGGGGGUGCCACUACCGAGAAGGCCCUCUGCCUGGUUCCCUGUAACUUGGCUUCUCUCAGGGCAGCCCAGAAGGCCCUCGGCGCUGGACCUCAGUGUCUGGGUUGAACGAUGGGGAUGGAGACGCUCCUUUAGGUAUACUGAACCAAGGCCGUUUGGGGCUUUAAAGGUCAGCACCAACACUUUGAAUUGUGCUCGGAAUCGUAGAAUAUAAAAUGCUCAUUUUAAAAUACUAGUAAAACAGCAAGUUAUCUUAAAAUUCAGCAAAAUAUAAGUAAAAUCAGCAGUUAUUAAAAUAUACAUUGUAGGAUAAAAUUGCAUAUUAAAAAUAUGUGUCUGGAUAGGCUUGCUUAAACAUAAAAGUGUUUAGCAAGGGCCAAAAGCAAUGCAAAUAUACACACUGCAUAUUAGAAAAAAUGAAAAGUAAAGCAAGCUUGGUUGCAUUUUUGUCUGUUGGUCAUAGGAGGGCAGCAAAAGCACUAUGUUUGUUUCUAUGUGUUAAUCAGCUCACUAUUUUUUAUACGGCUUGUUGUCUCUGACAUGCCAGUGUCUCUAGCACCUGUCAGAAUCGCACAUCUAGUUCAUUGUAUCAGAGGUCUGGAUUUGCAAAAGCAAAAAGCAAAUCAUUGUUUUCUGGAAGAACUCGGGGGGCAUGGCUUGGUAAAACCUGGUUUCAAAGAAACCAGGAUCAAGUGUGUGUAAGUGUGUGCACAAGUGUGUUGACAACAUGGAGCAGACCCCGCUCAGCCACUGUAACUUGUUGACUGGUUUUAAACCUGUCUAAACAGACAUGGAAUAUUCCUGUGCCUGAGGUGGAAAAUCCAGGAGUGGUGAGCAUCUUCUACUGGGCAGCUCACUUGAACAGUCCCCAUGUGUAUACGCAUACAGUAGAACCUCUACUCACGACCACAGUCUGUUCUGGAGGCCCGUCCGGAAGUCGAAACGGGUCGCGGGGAGAGGCGCCGUUGUGCGCAGGCGUGGGCGGCAAUUCCCUGUUCCUGCGCAUGCACGAACAGCGGCAAAUCCGCUGUUACUUCUGGGUUUGCCACGGACACGAGUGGAGGUGGACGUAAGAAGAGGUUUGACUGUACUUGAAUGUGCCUAGCACAGGAGAAUUUUCCAUUUACAUAGCUCCGUCCUGCUCUGCCUCUUGAUAGUGCCACAGAUCCAUCCCAUAAGGCAGCUGUCUCACUUUCCUUAGGGGAGGCUCACCUUGGGAAAUUGCAUGGGAAUGGGAGCAGCCUCUGCAGUGUAAUGGCUGAAGUGCUGGCUUAGAAUGCGGAGGCCCCUGUCAACCCUGAAGCUUUGGACAACUUACUUUGGAGGGUCAUGGGGAAGAGAAAAUGGUUUGGUGGGAACAGUAUACCGCCCUGAACUCCUUGGAGGGUAAAUGGGGUAAAAAUACAGUUAGCAGUGAAUUUCUGAGUGUAAUUAAGUUUAAUAGAGCUUAAAGGGCGUAGGAUUCCAAGCCCCAAAGCGCCUUUUUAAAAAAAAAAAGUCAGCAUAAUCUGUUAUAAAUGUUGGAAGUAAGGAAAACCCCUCUUCCUGGAGGACAUAGACUAGGUGAGCGUAAAUGUUUCAUUUGCCUUUUGACACAUUAAAUAGUUUUAUUUUUUCAAAUGUCCCAUCUUGCUCUGUCCUGAAUUGGGAUUAAAUAAUGCUUUAAAUUUAACAAAUUUAAAAUCAAAUGAAUGUUUUCAGGCAGCUGUGGCAGGCGUGAUUUUGGAAUACACGUUCAAACUUGAAAGUUUAUCCAAUCUCAAAUUUGCUGUGCAUGCAUGGCACAUCAGAUUACAGCUUUCAAACCACACAAAGUGUUUGUUUGAAUUUGUAUUCUGCCCUCGAUCCACAGAUCUCAGGUUGGUUCACAACAGUGAGAUUAUUGGUUUAGUUUUGUUCUUAAUUUUCUUAUGUAUUUUGUGGUUUUUAUAUAGUAAAUUUAUGUUGUGAACUGCCCUGAGAUCUUUGGGUAUGAGGCAGUAUGCAGUCGCCAGGAUUGGUGUAAUAGGCUCAAACCAUCUUGCCCUAGUGAGCAACCUGGCUGCUGAAUUCUGCACCAGCUGAAGUUUCCGAACUGUCUUCAGAGGCAGCCCCACGUAGAACACACUGCAGUAAUCUAAUGUAAAGGUGAUGGCUUUCGGUUUGUAACAUAUUGCUGUUAGAUUUUGUCUACAGGUAAUGCAGCUGUAAAAAAAUGUUCCUUUUUCUUUUGAAUGAUAGUACCUAGAAAUUCAGCCAUCAUUCUGUGGACACCUGCAGUUUCACAUUGUUCCCCUUGCAUUGCAUGGCUUUUUGGUCCCAGUAUUCAGUUUCCCGCCUCUGUACAUGUGUGUGCAUGUGCUUGGGUACGCAUGCACACAUGUAGUUGUAAAUAUACAUCUUCCGACUGAGGGUAUCAUUCAUGCAUCUGAUGAAAUGGACUUCAAAGUCUGCAAAAGCUUAUGUUCUUAACAUUGCACAUUACCGGUUGCUGUGUUUGCCGCAGUGAAACCUAACACCCUGGGCUCUCCACUUGACAGUACAGUCUCUGCCACACACAGAUGUCAAGCUCAAAGCCGAUAGCAUUUGAAAUGUGCAUAAAUCAAGUUGAUAUAACUGCUGUUACACAGAUUAUUAUUUUUAUGAAUUGCAAACAGUGGGUUUUUGGAUGCCUCUCUGUGAACAUUGCCCAAGCACUAAUAAUUCAGAAAGUGUUUUUCCCCAAGCGCAAUAUGCCUCUGUAUCCACCCUUCCUCAUUUUUUGUCUUCCUCGUUCCUUCCUCCCUUUGGCCUCAGUUUGAAAUUAGGCAGCUGCGGGCUCACCUGGCUCAGCAAGAUCUGGACCUUGCUGCUGAGAGGGAGGCUGCAUUGCAGGUCCCACACAUGCUGAACAAGCAGAGCAGCAACCGAUACAAAGUUGUGGCGGCUGGAGGGGAUUCCGACGACGAGGCAACUGAAAACAUCUCAGAAUUGCGGCCGCCUCGGGGUGAGUAGUAGAGCCAGCUGCUUAAUGCCACUGAACACGGUCCAGCUGAACACUGGUGCUAUGCAGUCUUCGUUCAUUUUAGUGGGACGUGUAGAAUCUCCAGGGUCUGGGGGGGUGGAUAAGCAGUUGUGGUUUGCCAAGAUGAAGCUGCCAGGAAAUUCAUAGCAUCCUAGAACUGUAGACUUGGAAGGUGUCCCCAGGGUCAUCUAGUCCAGCCCCCUGCAAUGCAGGAAGCACAGCUAAAUAAUCCUUGACAUAUGGCCAUCCAACUUCUGUUUAAAAACCUCCAAUGCAGGGGAUUCCACUACAUUCUGAGGAAUAAUAAUAAUAAUAAUAAAUUUAUUGUACCCCACCCAUCUGACUGGGUUGCCUCAGCCACUCUGGGCAGCUUCCAACAAAGUAUAAAGGAACACACCAAAACAUCAAACAUUAAAAGCUACCUCAAACAGGGCUGCCUUCAGAUGUCUGUGAAAAGUCAUAUGAUUAUUUACCUCUUUGACACCUGAUGGGAGGGUGUUCCACAGGGUGGGCACAACUGCUGAGAAGGCCUUCUGCCUGCUUCCACGCAACUUCACGUCUUGCAAUGAAGGAACCGCCAGAAGUAGCCCAUUCCACUGUUGAACACAACUUAAUGUCAGAAAGUUCUUCCUAAUGUUUAGUUAGAAUCUCCUUUCUUGUAACUUGAAUCCAUUGGUUUGGAUUGGUUUGGACCCUCUGGAGCAGCAGAAAACAAGCUUGCUCUGUCUUCCGUGUGGGAGCCCUUCAAGCAUUUGAAGAUGGCCAUCAUAUCACCUCUCAAUCUUCUGUUCUCCAGACUAGACAGACCCAACUCCAUUCCUCAUAAGGCUCUGUUUCCAGAUGACCCCAGGUCAUCUUGGUCUCCCUCCUCUGCACACCUUCCAGCUUCCCAAUAUCCUUAAACUGUGGCGCCCAGAACUGGAUGCAGCACGCCAGGUGGGAAUUGGGAACCGGGUUUGCUCUCUCAGCAGCUUUGUUUCCAGAUAAGUCUCUCUGAAAUUUUGGGCUGGAACUCCUACCACGAGCUUCUCCUGGUGAGCAGGGAAAGUGUUCCCCCAGGAAAGAUUACAGUUAUCUUGUUAAAGCACCCAUAGGUGUACUGUCUUCUUUGGACAGCCUGACAUAUAUCUCCCCGGAAGGUUCCUUGGGGAACCUAUAACACUUCAUUUAUUUUUACCUUUUGGUAAAAAUAGGUAUUUUGCUAUACCUGUAUUGCUGCCCACAUAAUUAGCAUUUUAUUCGAGAGCUGCAGGAGUUAAAGUGGGUGCAACCUGGUCAUGACCCAAAACCUCACAUUUUAUUUUUAUUUCCAGGGGGUAUUUUUUUAAUUGACUGGCGUUGAGAACGAAAUUCAACUGAGUGAAAUGGCAGUAUAGUAAAAUGUUGGAAAGCGUGGCCCUAGUGCUAGAGCAGGCCAGCUGCCCAACAUGGUGCCCACUGGAAGUUCUUGGACUCUAACUCCCAUCACUUACAGGUCAGGGCUGAUGGGGGUUGUAGUCCAAAGGGCGCCACAUUGGCUACUUCUGUGCUAAAGUGUGUGAUCAAGAUCAGCCACUUUUCGCAAACAUUUGUUUCAGUAAAGGAAGAUUCUCAGCAAAGACUUUCUCUCUCCCUCAUGAUAGCAAAAUGACCCCCAUUUUUUUUGGAGUCCAUGACAAAAUAUCCAUGCCAAAUCAAUAGGCGUUUUCUGGCUUUGUUUGUAUUUGGCCCUGUGGCUUUUAAGAGUAAGACUUUGCUUUUCCUGGAGCAAAGAAAACUUGCCACCCUUGUUACAGUAUGUACGUCAGGGAUGGGAAACCUGUGACUUACUAGAUGCUGCUGGACUCACAACUCCCAUCAGUCGCAGCCGGGAUUGCCAGAGGUCAGAGGAGAUGGGAGCUAGAGUCCAGCAACCUGUGGAAGGUCUCAGGUUCCCCACCCCAAUAUAAGUGAGCAUUUCAAAAUUGAAAAGUCUGCAGGAAGUGAUGUGAAUUUUGUGAAUUUUGUACAAUAAAUAAUUCCUAUUUGUUUUGCUGCCUGCACACCCCCCUCCCAUGACAAAGGGCGAUUGGAAGAUUUCUCAGCCUACCAGUAAACUGUUGCACUAGUUGGCAGCAGGGAGGUGAACGUGGAUGGGAUGGAGUCCCUCCUGGUCCUAUAAGUAUUUCUGGCACAAAGAAAUUCAUGGUCAGUUUUGUUGUGCUGUAUGAUCAAAUCCCAUUUACCGCAGGCAUGCCACUUUCCAAACUGGGUUUGCAUCCAGCCUCCUUAAUCCAUUUACCCCUUUUUAAUAAGAUUUCUUAGUACCUUCCUCAUGAGGAUACUUUAUAAUUUAUGCAUGUUUUCCUCGAGGGUUACAUUAGGAAUGGACGAGAGUGGUUCACAAUUCUAAGUAGGUCUGCUGAAUUUAUUGUGCUUCUGAGAGUCAGCCUUAAACUUUUGUACUUUCUAGACUUUGUUUUCAGGUUGCCACAAGCACAUAGUGUUCAAAGGCUUGGUCAUGCAUAAAACAUAGCCAGAUAAAUCAUUCUUGAAUGUUGGUACAUUACAUUAGUACACUUAAGCGUGCAGAAGAUUCACAGCCCGCUUGGAAGCAAGUCUGACUAAAAUCAAUUGGACUUAAUUUUCAAAUGUGUGCCUUUUAGAGAUGGAAAAGCAGAAUGCAGCAUGUAACAAUAGGGAGUUUUUCUUUGAUGUAAUAUGGACAGUAUGUCUUCUGAAGUCUCUAAUGGUAUUGUGCAUAUAUCUAGUGUAUGCAUGCUUUGUGAAAGUUUUCAUACACUAGAGAUAGAUUCCAUAACAUCUCUCCUAUUCUACAUUUGAAUUGGAUCUUUUUUGGAAGUAUAAAUAUUGUGCUUUUAGCAUAGUUGAAUAUAUUGAGACAGCAUCAAUUAGCUAAAAUAACUGUCGUAGAAUGAAGUAGAAAUGGGGCCUCUCGUGGGUUUUAUGUCAGCAACACAAAGAAACAUCAGAAUAUAGUAUGAACUAUUUUAUUUUUAAUUCAUUGAAAUAUUUAUUUCCUGAUUUUUACACCAAACUCCUUCCUAGGGCACUAACCGUCUGCGACAACUUGGGACUAGAGAGGUAGUGUGGAGUAUUACCCUAGAUUUGUUUUGUUCAUCUCAAGAAAACCUGGUAAAUAAAAUGAAUCUUUAUGCACGGAGGGCAAUGUCAGAUUUUAGUUCCGUGCUUGCCGCAUAUCCCCACACGAAUUUCACCACCAAUAAUUGCCAAGCUUCUGGAAUUUUUCCCUGGGCAUCUAUGUUGCAUUCCUCUUUCACUGUGACAUGUUGAUGUUGCAGUCUGUGGGCAGAUCCACACCAUGCUUUUAAAGUCCAUCCAUCACACAAUGGCAGCGUGUAACUUCCCACCAAAGAAUCCUGGGAACUGUAGUUUGUUAAAGGUGCUAGGAAUGGUAGCUCUGCGAGGGAAACUGCCUUUUGCCAGAGGGAAAUGGCCUGACACGGAGCCACCAAUUGCAUUUGGCCAUUCAGGCGUGGGUCACAGCAUCAGAAAACUCUGAACCCUUCAUCAGUGUGCCUAGAGAGGCAGAGGCAUAAACCAGGCUGGGCAGUCAUUUCCUGUGCAAAACCUGCCUUCAGGUCUCCUCAAAAUCUUGCAGGUUUAGAGACCUUCAAUUCUGCCUUGAACAAUGGGCUUUUAGUGAGCUGAAUUACCUAAUUCAUGAGAAACAGGAUAUUCCCUCUAAAGCUAAUUAUAUCUCCCCCACCCAUAAGGAACAAUGGAAACAUUCAGCGUGGGCUACUUGACCAUGAAGGGCCGCAAAAUUCCAAGAGAAACGUUAGACUUUUGCUGAUUUCUCCUCCCCUCCCUUCAUAAUGAUAUUUUUAUGGAGCAGUCCAUAAGUUAAAGCUCCUUGGAGAGCAGCUGAAAAUUUCGCUGGUGUAUUUACCUGGGACUUUGUGCAAUGUUGAAAGUCCUCAAAGCCACAGGAUCAUGUUCUGUGUGCUACAGACAUCAGCGAUGCAAGCUGUACUUAACUCUUAAACAGUGAAGUAUCCAGAUAACUUUUCAAUGAUUACAGACAGUUUGCAGUUAGUUCUUAACCCACAUAUUUAUUCUUACCUACACAGGUGAUUGACAAUUGGGCAACUCUGUCUGCCUGUCAAAGUUGGUCCAUGGGGGUGGGCAGGGGGGGAUCUGGCCCACCAGCCAGAUCACGUCCUCCCUCUAGCAUGCUGGGAGCCAGAGCACUUGUGUAAAACUCAGACCCAAUUCACAGCCUCAUAGCUAUGUUGGGCCUUCCUGCAUCUUCCCCGCCAUCAUCCAAAGUGCCUUAUUUGAAUGGUACACCCAUGCAUAGGUGCCUAGUGACAUAGGCAGUGGGACAAGAGCAGCGGGGAGUGACAGCAUCCGAUCUGGAGGUGUGUUUGUGAUCAGAGAGAGGGGGCGGCGGGUUGUGGUGGUGGCAAAUUACUUAAAUUUCAUUUCUCCAGUUACAGAAUGACCAAAAUGGGGCUUUUCGGGGUGUUCAUAGGAAUUAUGUCAAAAAUACUUAAAUAUAAAGAAGAUGCCCAGUCUUUUCUGCUAGGUAUGAAGAAUCUCGUUCUGGCAACCAGGCAGGGAUGUUCUUUGCACAUCUGAGUAGAGUUGGUUUUCAUUUUCAGACUGUUAAUUGUGUUGGAAAUGACUUGUGAAGGUUUUGACUAAUGAAGAAUGGGAAUGCUAAAACUUUAUCUAGCAUUUGGAUGGAGUAUUCACAUCUUUGUAAAAUGUUACCUAUUCGCAUAUUGCUAGCAGAAUGUUCUGCAGAUGCCAAAGAAAGUCUUUGACCAGUGCAGUAUAUGGCAGUCAUACCAGUAUCAACCUUUUUUUCUGUUGAGUUUGCUCCUGUAAAAAUCCUUUUAAAACUUGGAGAUAAAAGCCCCAGUCUUCAUGGCAUGCCAAGAUCACAAUGGUAACUCAUAGUAUUUCCUUUUCAAUCCAUUAAUCUUUUUCUUAAUACAUUAUUAGAAAUACACAUUUCUUUUAACCUUUGCAAGCAUGCAGUUGUUUCCAUAUUAAGGCACACAUCCUGAAGACCAUUUUUGGACAGGUGAAGAAAAGGGAUUGUAACAUGUUUUAAGCAUUCCUAACCAACUACUUCGUUUUUUUAAUGGAGUUAGUUGUGAUCUUGGGGUAGCAGAUUCAUUCUGGUGGUGCCCCGUUUCUCUCCCACUUUUUCCCUUGUGUUAAUUCCUGCAGCCAUAUAGCAUUGUCUCAUCUUCCAUUAAAACAAUUAAUGCUUUGUAGGAAGCCCUUGGAACCUCAGAGCGUGUGUUUGUUAUGCUGUCCCCAGAGAUAGCUAGUUAGCUUAUUAAAUGAAGUUGCAAUAAGGCAGCCAAAGUGAGGAGGCAAUAAUGACAUUAGACUGUCUUUUAUCUGAAGCUGAUCCAUCAGUGACGACUCUUUGCUUAAUAAAAGGCAGCCUGUUUGUUUUGUCAUAUGCUGGCAAAGUUAAAUUGGGUUUAACUAAGAUGAAUGCACUUGCAUUAAAAAUGUUUAAUCAUUCUUGAUCAUAGAUUGAAAUAAUGCAAAAAAAAAGUUACUUUACAGGAUAGAAAUAAUGCAAAAACACUUAUCUUAAAUAAGCUAGAAAUAGAACUAAUAGCAAAAAAGCUUACCUUAUGGUAAAUGGUAAUAAAAAUCUAAUUAAUUAAUUAAUAAGCUAAGUUAGUGCAGACAAAGCUAUUAAUCACUAGGGUAGUGAAUUAAAAAUCUGUUAUGAAAAAGAGCAGAUAAGAUAUUGGUCAAAAUAAUGGUCAAAAAACGUGUGUGUGUGUGAGAAGGGGAAUCCCUCUUUGCUGAUGUCAAGCAUCUUAAAUUUUUAUAAGUACUUUAAAAAUUAAAGCUGUCUAAUUAAUCAGGGCACUUCGUUAUGUGGUCACAAGAUUAAUCCUAUCAUUAGAUUAUUCCAAGUGUUGCACGUGCCCAGUUGCCGAAAGCUCCGUGGGGGAGGGGCAUGUGCUCUGCAUGCAAAACAUAGGAUCCGUCUUUUGGAUUUCUAGAUGGGCAAAGACUUAAUAUGGUGUUAGGUAGAUGGACCAGUUGGUAUAAGGCAGCUAAAGGGAAUAAUGCUACUUAAUAAUAUCUUCUUUUUUAAAUAACAACACCAGACAAACCCACUAGUGAUGUUAGGUGGUGCUGGAAUUGGAGCACUUACGUUUGCUUAGCUAUAAACCUAAUAAAGCUAUCGUCUCUUCCAGUAAUAUUGCUCUGAACAAAGAAUAACUUUAUUGAGAGAAUUGAGUCCCAGCAGGCAGAAUUCAGUAGGAGCAAUGGAAACUUAAAAAAAGGAAUCACAAAUGCUGUUAGCCAUAAGCUUCCAGCUGUGUUCUCUUAAAAACAAAGUCACGAAGUUGCACUGAGUGGUGCCCUGUGGUGGAAGUGCAAAGUAUCGCCAAUGAAACUGUUAAAUAUCCAUCAUAAUGAAGUGGACGAAACUGCCUCUCUCAAAACAUACUGAAGUGUGUUCAUCUUUUGUGGCCAGCAGUAAAAGGAUAAAAUUUAUAUCUCCAGGCUUGCAAGAGAAUUUACUAUUCAAGACCAGGGAGAAGGGUCGAUGGAAGAAGAUUGGAAAAAAUUCAAAAUAUAUCUUCAAAAAUAUUGCAAUAUAAAAGAAUGUUAGAAAGAGGUUGGAAAAAGAAUAUUAGGUCGUUCUGGUAGAUAUGAUAUAAUGGACUAAGCAAAAAUGAGUUGAUGAAAUUGAUGAAAUAGAGGAGGUUUAAUUACAUUAUUUUAAUUUUAAAAUACGUAAAUGAAAAUAAGGUUAGAAGGAUUUGCUGGAAACACGAUCUGAACUAGAAUACAAAAUCGGGAGGUGAGAGGAGGUCAUGGAAAUAAGUAAAGGAAAAGGCUAUGUAAAGGUUUAAUCUGUUUUUGUUUUAUUUUAAUUUAAUGUAUUUUUAUAUUUUUGUUAAGUCUUCUUUUUAUUCUAUCUCAUUGUUCUUUUUUACUUGUUCAUUUUUUGCUUUGUUAUGGCUAAAGUUUUCUUUGUAUUUUGUAUGGUUUUUCUAUUUCUUUUUUGUAACUUUAAAUUUGGAAUAAUUUUUUUUUUUUAAAAAAAGAGAAUUUACUAUUCAUUUCCCAAAUUUCAUAUUCCCCUGAGCAUAAACAUAUAACUUUGCAUGCCUGUACCCGAACAUAUGGUACUCAGAAUCUUGUGUGCUUGUUUGCAAAGCCUAUGACUUGAGCAUAGAUGCUUUCAACUUGUAGAAACACGAGCAUUAGCUAAAAAGACAAAAAUGAACAAGAUGGAUAUCGGUCAUGUAUGAUCUAAGUGAGAUUCCUGCAUUGCAGGGGGUUGGACUAGAAGACCCUGAGAAUCCCUUCCAACUCUACAUUUCUAUAAUUCUAUUAUCCGAGUCUAAUAAGACUUGUGUUUCUCAUACAGGAGAAGUUGCCUAGUCCAGGAUCAAAUGAGGACAGUUUGUUGUCUCUAAAUGCCCCAAUCCCUUACAUUAGGAGAUGCAGUGGAAGAGUCAUACUGUUUAUCACUUCCUAGAAUCAUAGAAUCAUAGAGUUGGAAGAGACCACAAGGGCCAUCGAGUCCAACCCCCUGCCAAGCAGGAAACACCAUCAGAGCACUCCUGACAUAUGGUUGUCAAGCCUCUGCUUAAAGACCUCCAAAGAAGGAGACUCCACCACACUCCUUGGCAGCAAAUUCCACUGUCGAACAGCUCUCACUGUCAGGAAGUUCUUCUGUUGUUUACAGUGUUGGCCUUGGCUGGUACACAGCUUCCAUUUCUCCCCUCCUUGAAUGCAUGUACAAAGAAAUCCCCCCCACCCCUUAAAAUCAGUUUAAUUCUUAUAAUUCUUCCUUCAAAGGACUUUGGGUACAGUGAUUUCCCCCCUGAUGUAGAACACUCAUUUCUAAAGAUCCUUCAUCCCCAUUUACAGUCCAGCAGUGCCAAGGGGUUCUUCUGGUGAAGCCAUCACAGCCUUGAAAAUGGAUUAUAUUAAUAGACUUCUAGUAUAGACUUAAGUACAGUAUCACAUCAGUAUACAUCGUGGUUAAGGCUACUAGUCAUACUUUUGCAUUCCGUAUACCUCUGAAUGCCAGUUGCUGGAGAUCUUGAGGGUGAAAGCGCUGUUGAGCUCAUGUCCUACCUGUGGGCGCCUGGCUGGGAGCUCUGAGAACAGCAUGUUGGACCAGGCGGGUCUUGGAUCUGAUGCAGCCAGGCCGCUCUUGGGUCCUUACGAAUGUUGGCAUAUUGUAUGAGUAUUUGUAUGAGUCUUGGGCAGUGAAUCUAUUAGAGGGUUUCCCCUAGUCCUGCUUUCCAGUGCUGCAUUCUGAAUAAUGGCUCACAGGGAUUUCCAUCCAGCCGUGCGUUGCAGGUUGCCAACCCUUCCAAAAAUGUUUCUGCUCCCUGGUACCUGCAGCACCUUCAGUGUUAGCACGCAGAAGGGUCCUUCACAGCCUCUGAGCAUCCCUGCCCUCCGAAGCAACGUCGACCUAGCUGUGUACGCCAUUAUGGCUACAUGGCAUUUAUAGUAUCAAUUAUGGAUGACUGAAAUGAAGUGUCUUUUAACAGCAGAUAGCUGAAAAGCCUUGCAGUGUAUUCCUAAUCUGGUGGUAUUGCCUUGAGCUACACUGAGGCUUCUUUUUAAACUCAGACAUUAUCAGAAAGCACACCUCUGACUGCAGGCAUUUAAAGAUCAACAGAGGCCAAAAAAGCUUUUAAAGAGCCAAUGAAACCAGGAAGGCAUCCAUGUUCCCUUUCAGUGUCAAGUUUGAUUGCCGUCUUAGGAGUGCAGCUAUUUUCAGGUACCAAGCGCUUAGUGGUUUGGGCCUUGUUGGGUGGAGAAAAUGUGCCACGGAAAACAUCUGUUCCUUUCACCUGCAAACCACAAUGUGCUGUGAAAAAGGCAAGGCUGCAGCCACAGAAACCCAGGGGGCCGUGGAGGAUCUGGCUCAAAGGAAUGAGCAUAAAUUUGUUCUCCCCCCCCCCCGCCCUCCUCCUGAAAUGCAGUAUCAAAAAGAGCACUUAAAAGGAGAGGAUGCUUUUAAAGCAUGUGAUAUGCCUCAAAGUGGGCAGAUCAAGUUGCUUUUCUGCUUGGGUGUUCUUGCACUUAAAAAACACACGUCAUUUUCAUAUCUCCACAGCAGUGUUUUUCAUCUCAGCAUCGUGCAGUAUCUCUCAGCAUCUUACAUUUAUGUUGCUGAAAAAUUGUAGAAUUAACUCUGUUUUCCUACUGGAAAAUAAUGUUUUUCAAGGAAGCUAAAGGGCUAAUCUCUCCAAAAACUGCCCUCUGCAAAGGUUCCACAGAAAAGAGAAAAAAGUUGGCAUAGAAAUCCAAAUUCCAUGAAGCUUUGCACCUCCCCCCAUUCAAUAUAUGGGGAAAUAAAAACAUCUGUAACUUUUCCUUUUCAUAGAAUUGGAUGACAUUUGCAGGCAUUGUAGCCCUCCUGAAUGAAGAAGGCCUGCCAAAUGAUAAGGGAACAGAUGUGUAUUUGUGCUGGUCACCGUUUCCAUUUUGAUUCCCAUGCCCCUCCAAAAAUGGAAUCAUCUAUACGUAACUUGUUUUCUUUUUGGCAGAACUGGAUUAAGCUUGCAGGGAGCCCCUUAGAAGAGCUUGAAUGCUGCCACAUGGAAGGAUGGCUGUCGUGCUUUUCCUAUAAGGGCAAUCUUUACAGUUUGGCUGUCAUUAAAAAGGGAUUCACUUAAUUUGUAGGCAAUUUAUAUGGAUGUAGCAUAGAAGAGAGAGGUGCCCCUAGGGAAACAGCCAAAUUACAGAGAAAUAGGAUCAGGGUUUCUUUUUUUCCAAAUUUUUUUUCAAAGUUUCAAAAAAAACCAAUUUUUUACACAUACACACACGUUUACAUUAAACCAUAAUCCAUAUCAGUACAUUUAUGGGGUUCCCUGAACCCCUGGACUUCCCCCCACCCCUCCCUUGGCUUCCAGAAUUUAACUUCCUUUUUUACUGCAUCUAAUUACAUUUAUCUAAAUUAUUACACUUCAGUUUUAUCCUUUGUUGUUUUAAAUUACAAGUGCUAUGUCAAUCCUGUUAACAUCUUUAAAUGUUUACAGUGUUAUUUAAUAUAUUCUACAAAGUUAUGCCAUUCUUUGUUGAAUUUCUUAUCCUCUUGGUGCCUGAUCUUCCCGGUCAGCCUUGCCAUCUCCGCAUAGUCCAUCAUCUUCAUUAUCCAUUCUUCUUUCGAUGGGGCUCUUUCUUCUUUCCAUCCCUGGGCAAAUAACAUUCUUGCCGCUGUCGUUGCAUACAUUAACAGUAGUUUCUUAGCCUUCGGUAAUUCUUCUAUUAUACCUAAUAAGAAGGCCUCUGUUUUUUAAACAAAAAUUAUUUUAAACUUAAUGUACCCUCUUUAGCUUUACACUUCCGACAUUUGUUGGUUGAAUUCUUAUACAUUUUCGCUAGUCUUGUAGGAGUCAAAUACCAUCGGUACAUCAUUUCCAUAUAAUUCUCCUUUAACAUAUAGCAGGCUGUAAAUUUUAAAUCCUCAUUUCACAACUUCUUCCAUGAAGCAAGUUGUAUAUUAUAUCCCACAUCUUUUGCCCAAUGUAUCAUUACAGAUUUUACUUCCUCAUCUUUUGUUUCCCAUUCCAGCAAAUUUUUACAUUUUCAACAGAACCUUAUCAUUGUUUCCCAACAGUUCUUUCUGUAACCUCGAAAAAUUCUUUACCAGAACCGUCUCCUUUAUCCACCCUAAAGAUGUCAUUUACCGUAUUUUUCAAUGUAUAAGACGAUGCUUUUGGCUAAAAAAAAAAAAAUAGGCAAAAAUUGGGUGUCGUCUUAUACAUGGAUAGUGAGUGCAGAGGGGGCACGUGUGAUUAAUGGCAGCAGCAAGCAGGAGAUUGGCAGCGGUGAUUGGGCGGGUGAUUGGUGGCUGCGGCAAGGCCUGCUGGUGAUUGGCUGCAGCUGUGGCAAUUGGGCAGGCGAUUGGCGGCUGUGGCAAGUGGGUGGGUGGGCUGUUGGUGGCUGCGAGCGGGCAGACAAUUGGCGGCUGAAGCAAGGUGUGCAAUUGGCAGUGGCUGUGGCAAGCGAUAAGCAGUGGUAGGCAGGCGGGUGAGCAGUUGGCGGAAGUGACCCCCCCCCCCAAAAGCUAAACAACUUAAUUUCUUAAUUUUGGGUUAAAAAAAAUAGGGGUCGUCUUAUACAUGGGGGCGUCUUAUACACGGAAAAAUACAAUAAUUGGUGAUGUUGUAGCCAGUCAGUUAGCAGAUGUCUUAUGUCUUCAAACUUGGUAAAUUUUAAUUGGUUUUCCUCCUCGGUUAAGAACUCUAUAUACGUUGCUCAUUCUUUUUCCACAUUUAUUUUUUUGACUGACAACAUUUCUAAUGGUGAUAACCACCAUGGAGUUUUAUUCCCUAAUAAGUUCUUAUAUUUUUCUCAAACAGCAUAAAUUGAUUUUCUAACAAUACAGUUUAGAAAUCCUUAUGAACUUUCGAUUUUCCAUACCAGAAAUAUGCAUGCCACCCAAAUCUAUUAGCAUGGCCUUCCAGAUCUAAAAUAAUCUGGAUUCCUCAAAGUCAUCCAUUCUCAUAGCCAGCAAAGACAAGACAUCUCAAUAUAAUUUUAAAUCCGGAAGGGCGAAUCCACCUCUUUCUUUAGCAUCUGUUAGUAACUUAUACUUAAUCCUAGACUUCUUCCCCUGCCAAAUAAAUUUAGAUAGAUCUCUUUGCCAUUGUUUGAAGUGUCCUGUUCCGUUGACUAUCGGUAUAGAUUGAAAUAAAAAUAACAUUCUUGGCAAUACAUUCAUUUUUAUUACCGAGAUUCUUCCCCAUAACGAUAAUAUCAUUCUUCCCUAUAUUUCCAUAUAUAUUUCUCUUAAUAUCAUUCCAAACCUUUAUAUAAUUAUCUUUAAAUAUGUUUAUAUUUUUUGUUGUCAACCAUACCCCUAGAUAUUUCACCUUCUUUUCUAUCCCCAGCUCUGUUAUCUGUCUCAACUAAUUUUUCUUCUGUUCUGUCAUAUUUUUUACCACCAGUGCUUUUACCACCAGUUUCUUGUGCUGGGCACCUUUGAAGGUCACAGAUAGGGAGUAGGGCUGGGCGAUGUUAGGCUUUCAACAUGGCGAUGUAUCACCAGCCAAACGUUGCAAGGUUGAAACGAGCUGCAUUGGCCCCGUGAGGCGCAGGUGAAGAAAUUGCUGCAGCUCUUGCCAUGGCAGCUGAGGCGCUUUCACCCCAGUGCCUCGGGGGGGGGGGGACAGUGCAGCUGCUCAGCUGAGGGGCAGAAAUUCUCCCACUCCCCCAGCUGAGCGAGCCCAAUGUCUUCAUUGAGGGGCAGGCAGCCACGCACCCCUGAACAGAGGUUUAAAGGAGCCCCCACUCCAGCCCCAGCUCACUCAAGCCAUAGGCAAAGUCGGGGCGCUGUUACACUUGAGGAAGCCCUGUGAAUGCUCCGUUGGCAGGGCUCCCUCAGUCUUUGGGGAGUUGGGGGGCAAGCAAGCUGCCUCUGUAGCUUGUUUUUCCCUCGCUCGCUGUGCACCGGUGGCAGAGGGACUCAGCCGUUUCACCCACAAUAUACCACCAGGUGAAACUGCCAUCGCAGUCUGACCCUCAUACCAGUAUCGAUGCAUCACCCAGGCCUAAUCGGGAGAAUUAAAAGGGAUUUGCUUCCUUCCCUGUGGGUUUGGGAGGUGAUGAAUUUGGUAUGAAAAUGGCACAUAUUGGACAGGUGCCCCUGGGAAAGUAACCAGCAUAAUUUCAGAAGCGUGGGUGUAGGAGCUGGGGUGCUAUGAUGAAUGAAGAGUUAUUCUUGUGUUCUGCUCAGUUGGCACCAAAAAUUGUGGCCCAGAAGCAGAAGGAUUUGCAUGUUCGGCAUUUUCCAAGGCAGCAGUACUAGCACAACUAGCACAGAGAACGGAACAGACAAGAGCAAGGUGGUGCAUUAUUGUCAGUUCAGCAUCCUUCUUCAAAACACAGUGAUUGUAGAAGUCUGAUAAAACAUUCCCUCUGAUUUGACCUGUCAAUCAUGCAAAUGCUCCCCCUCACGCACUGUUUUAUUUUCCUCCUUUGUCAAGAAAUAUUGUUUUGAAGCUGUUUCUCUCGUACACAUCUUGCAUGGAAGUAAUCCUUGUAGUCGAAUAGAUGCUCACCACCAUGUUUGGCACAAGUACUCUUUUGUGUCAUAUUUCACACAUGAUUUGUGCCUUUCUGCUCUCUUUUUUUCUUUUUCUUUUGGAUAACCAAGUAUAGCCCUCAAACAUCACAUGAGGAACUCACAAUUUGGUGUUUUGAAAAUGCUGUGUGAAAUAGGAUUCUGAGUUUCUUCCCAUAAUGGCAUUAUGGGUCCAUGUGCUGGAGAACUUAAUCUAGGACAUGAUUGGAAUUUUUCUGUUGACAUUUCCCCCAUUUACAUUCACAGAGACCAUGGUCAAAGACGAUAUGAACAACUACAUCAGUCAGUACUACAAUGAGCCCAGUAGUGGUAAGUUUGAAUUCUAUAAACUAAACAGGCUUGCUGCCAUUUCUUAGCAAGUGAGCCAGAGUCAGACCACUGGUCUGUCUGGCUCAGCAUUGUUGACGCUGAGAGGUUGGGGGCUCUCCGGGAUUUCAGUCUCCCCCAGUGCUUGCUCAAUCAGACUUGCUGCCUGCAGAGCAGAUGUCCCAGCACUGUGAUGUGGUAACUGAUGCUGAAGCAGGUUUCAGGUGAAUAAGGCUCCAGUGAGAGGCUUAAUUCUAAAACUAGACUCUGUCUCCCUUGAGCUGACCUCAGAAGGGCAUCACCUGACGUCACCACACAGAAUGAGGCAGGUAGCCAAGGGAAAGCGUUCCACAUGUUGGCUUCCUACAGUGGUACCUCAGAAGUCGAACGGAAUCCAUUCCAGAAGUCUGUUCAACUUCCAAAACGUUCGGAAACCAAGGGCAACUUCCGAUUCCAAAGAAUGUUCGCAAACCGGAACACUCACUUCCGGGUUUGCAGCGUUCAGGAGCUAAAGCAUUCGACUUGCAAGGCGUCUGCAACCCAAAGUACGUCUGUAUUCUGUGACUGGCCCCUGGAAACUGCAAACUGCUCUUCUUUAAGCCCUGCUGCCGAAUCUAUUUCUCCUUCUCCUCCCUUCCGGUAGAAACAUUCAUGUCUGCCCAUAUUGGGAAUGGGAAUAUGUUAAUCAGCUCCCAUCAGCCUCAGUCAAUAUGGCCAGUGGUGGGAAUUGGAGUCCUAACUAGUAAAGUGCCACUGAGCAAGCUGUCUGAUUCCAGCAGAUCUUGCAACCAACUUGACCCAACUGCCCACCCACCUUUCUGUCUAGCAGCUUGGAAGAACAGAAGCCCCGUUAAAAUCUGCGCCUCCCUGUGCAAUCCACUCUGUUGUAUUGGCAUAGGAAGGUUUCAUACCAUGUUGAACCUUUCAUCUUCCAGCACAUCCUUACGGAUGCCCUUUAAACAUCUGGUAGCAAUUAUUAUUCAAGGGCUUCAAUAUUACUGAUUUUUUUGUUUUUAUAUUGUUGUAAACUGCUGUGAUAUAUAUUUAUGAUAAAGCAUUAUAUAAAUAUUUUUCUAAAGUAAUUAAUUAAAUAAUUAAAGCUUCAUUUUGGUGACUGCUGGCCAUUAGUAGUUUCUUACUCUUUGUUUGCAAAUAUAUUUGUGGGGGCGGGAGACCCAGCAACGUGAUUCCACACCCAGACGUGCAAGUCUGUUCUCCAUGGAAAUCAGUGGAGGCGGUAUAAUUCUGAUUCCUUUCCAUGGGGCUUGCAAGGGAAGCUUCCUAGUGUGUCGGAAGCUGACUUACACUUAGUCAGACCAUUGGUCCCUGUAGCUCCCUCUUGUGUAUCCUGACUAGCAGCGACUCGCUAGGGUUCAAGACUGAGGACACUUACAGCUCUCCUUGGAGAUGACAGGAUUUGAAUCCAAGACCUUCUGCAUGCGGAGUAGAUGCUCUACCAGUGAACUAUGAUCCUUCCAGCUUGUUUCUGCCCUGGGCUUCUGGAAGCCUUUAGGCUGGACAGCAGGAGGCCUCCCUUGGAAGCCAACAGUAAUGUUUUAAGAUUCAGGUGUACUUUGAGGUCUAAAUAUUUUAUUUUUCCAUCUCAAAUGGAAACGAGGGGAAGCAGCUCCCCCAUGGGGAGGAAAUGGAUGUCCUUCUAAAGGGGUUAAGCUGAAUGAGUGAAGGAUAAAACUAUUUGACCCUAGAGAAGACCAGUGUUAGUCUAGUGGUCACUGGGUCGUGCUUGAAAUGGAUUUCAUUCUGAAACCGCCACACCACUUCAUGCACACAUAACACUUUAUUCAUGUUAUUAAAAAGUAGAAAGCAUAUAUUCGAAACAGCUUUCCUGAUUUGUGGAGCGGGAGUUGGGUGGAACUCCAUUUUUAAAAAGCAGAAUUUUUAAUUUGCAAAUUAACAUCAUAAAUACAUUUUAUUUUACCCUAAAUAAUAAUAUAUUUUAACAGGCACCUGCACCUAUACCUCACAAAUGCAGGGCACGGAUGCAAGCUACGGAAAAGUUGAGGUGUCUUUUGUGUGUUUUUAUUAUACUUGGUAUCAGAUGGAAGGAACCUAUAAAUCUUGCAACCAAAACCCUCAGAUUCUGUUAACUGUGUAAAUUAAGAAAGUAAGAGGCAGCCCUCACAGUCACACUCGCCUCUUUGCCAGGACUUUGCUGAUCCAAAAAUCCCCCCCCCCCCAUGUGUAACAACCUGCCUGUGUUUUGAGGUCUCCAGGGCAAGCUCUUGUGCUGAGGUCCUGCUUGCGGCUCCCCAUGAGCCGAGGAGGCUGGACUCCCUGCGCCAGUGGCCUGGGUCCAGCCAGGAUUUCAGCCAACAUUUUAUGUAGCUCUUUAUAGUAAAAAAAUCUCUUUAAGUGGUUUACAUGUAAAUUUUUAAAAACGUUGUCCUAAAAACUAAAGCAGUGUACAAAAUAGAAAAUUAAAAUGCUAAGAGUUUGAGUUCAGAAAAGCCUGGGCAAACAUUUAGGUUUUUAAGAGGUGUUUAAAAGUCAUUACUUUAGGAAUGGCUGUUUAUUGUUUACUGCCCUGAUACCUUUUGAUGAGGGGUGAUUCAUAAAUAUCUUAAUACAUAUAAAUAAAUAAAUUUAUAAAUCAUCCUAAUAAAGAAGUGAUAACAUGUGACUUUUACCUGUUUGUAUCUCUGUGAAAUCUGCAAUUCCAAAAACAACUUCCAAGUUUCACAGAUCUUCCCUUAGUGGGUCGUGCAGAUGCGCUAUUCUGAAUAGUGCUUUUUGUAGCAUAGAGUUAGGGGCAGUGGGGUGAGUUUGGAGAACCACCACAGGAGGGGGGGGCAGGUGGCCUGAAUAAGUUUGAAAGCUGCUGCUGUAACACUUUCCCCCUUCUGCUGUGUGCCUGUAGACAGUGGUGUUCCAGAAGGAGCCAUCUGUGUCAUUACGACGGCUGCGAUUGAUGUGCACCACCCCAACAUCUCCUCCGACCUCUUCACAGUGGACGUGCCCAUGAAGAUUAUGGGGAGCAACGGGACUUCCGCCAGCGUUGCCUCAGGCAGUGCCUCCAGGUCCACAGACAGCUCCGUCACCCGAGCCCAGAGUGACAGCAGCCAGACCUUUGGCUCUUCCACGGACUGCAGUACAACCCGGGAGGAGUCCUCUGAGUAUUGCCCCUUGGAGAGGGCUUGCCAUGUAGCCAAACGUGAUCAGGUAGAUUCUUCUUCCACCCACAGCAGAGUCAACAAUGCCGUGGUGCAAGAACUGCUGUCAUCCUUGUCUGACGAUUCCUGCUUGACACAAAAAGGACUGGAUCCGGUCAACCUUAAACUGCCAAGCCCAUCAGGGUCUACCAAAGCCAGCCCAGAACUGGAGCACCGGGUGAACAUUUACAACAGGAAGAACCAAGAAAGCUUUGGUAUGUUUCAGAUAAAGCCGGUAAUCCACUUUCAGCAGAAUACGCCUGUGAUCGACAAGUAUACGCCUUUGGAAUCCAAAGAGCAAAAGUUAAACAGGGUCCCAGAUUCAUAGUCCUUUUGCUGCCAUUGGGGUUAUAAAAAAAUAAAGGAGAUGCUUUGCAAGGGAGACAUACUAAAGCUUUAAAUGGGGCUGCCGGAACCAACCCCCGGGUGGGUAUUUUGCAGGAUCGGAAUGAGUUAAAUAUUCUUUUAAAUAGGAAAAAAAAUGCAUGAGUUGUGAGAGAGCCAGCACGGAAAAUUUGACAUUUCUACCACCUGAAGUUGAAGGGAUGGGGGCAGAGACCCAUCAUGUUAAAACAAUGACCUCAAAGAUGUAUAGAUUCUUAAUGCGUUUUUUUUAAAGAAGCAGACACAAAUCACACAGUUUUUAAGGAAUUCUGGACAAUCUUCUAUCAGGUCAGGUUUCAGCAGGGUAUAUGAUACAAGUGGAUGUAAACUUCUCUCCUCCUCUUUCUUACAAUCUCCCUUUAUAUGUGACAACUGCAAACCCCUUUGUAUAAAGAUGGCAAAUAUUUUUGUUCUUCCUGAGGAGAAAACAAAAACAUUUUUCAGGGAGUACUUUGAAUGAUGCAGAUCAAAGAAAUUUUAAAAAAGUGAUCUUUUUAUUUUUAGCAUGAACUUUGGGAAGAAAAUAUUUUGACAAAAUUAAAAGUUGUCGUCUCCAAGACAACAGAGUAAAAAAUGGAC